GAACGGACUCCUCUGAUUUGCCGGGGUCUCCUGUCCGGGCAGUGACUGACAGCCUGGGGGGGGGGAAGACUCUCCUUUUUUUAUGUGUUGCCCCGUUGGACUUGAAGGGGCUGUACGUGACGACUGAAAGAGGGGGCAACACCGCGGAGCAGGACAGUUCAGAAGCGCAGAGAGGAGAGGAGCUGUGCGGGAGAGACGGGUGCACAUCCGUCAGACAAGCCGGAGGAACGCGCACCAACAAACCCCCUAUGGCUGCUUGAGAAAUAACGCUACACCCCCCCUCCCCCUUUUUCUCUUUCUCUGGGACUUUUGGCUAUAAGUUUUUUUUUCUUCUACCCUGACCAGAAGUUGUUGCAAGUCUAAUUAGUUGCUACAAGUUGAGAAAGUGAAUCCACUUGCCGUGGACGUCUCUGGCGGUCAUGGAUACCCAUAUAAGAUGGAAAGUUAAACGGAGGAUAAGGGACGCCCAAAUCACUUUAGCGGUGAUCUUCCUUUUUGUCGCAUCGCGAGCAAGUUCAGGUAAGAUGCAGCUUGGAGGAGCUUUUUCUUUUUUUUUUUUUGGAUACAGUUUGGAGCUGCGCUGCGCUCUAAAGUUUUCCCCCAUGGUUACUCUGAUGUCCGCCCCUCCUCCUAAACACAUCUUUGUGCCUUUAAUGUAUUCAGUUUGGUGAAGUCUCAGAAACUAUGGGAAUCGUCAAAGCAUCAAAAGACUGCAAGAUUUCUGAAAGAGAGUGUUUUAUCUAUGAAAUGCUGCAAAGGGGGGCUGCCAAGUUAAAGAGGUGUGCAGAAAGUUGUGCAAAAGUUUUGGCACUGCUUAAACAUCCUAAAUCUGAUAAACACAGCCUGAUAUAGGCCUUAUCUUCCUCAGUAAGGCUUAUUGUGCUCAAAUUUGCAUGCACAAGAUAAUAAAACGAUAACAUGCAUAAAAGGAAAAUCAAACCAAAGUGCAUAAUCUUGAUUAUUCAGGCAUUUUGCAGAUAUAACUGCUUUCUAGCAUGUUUUUAAAGAGCAGACAGCCCCAAAAAAGUUUGGAGAGGCUUUUUUCUCUGACUUUUUUCUCUCUUUUUUUAACUGAUGAGAGGGAUGAGCAUUAUUUUCAUCAGAGGGAGGGGCUGUAGCUGCUCUGAAGUGGCAGGGUGGAGCCGCCUUCAGGACUCCAACAUCAGGCUGCACAGUUUGUAAUGCACAAAACUUUUUGCUUAGCUUAAAAAACUCACAUAAGUGUGGGUUUUUUUAAUAUGAAAAAUCCUGACAGUAAUAAUACUCAAAGUCUGAUGAAAACGUUUGGUACAUCCCUUUAAUAUCAGUUAAAGUUGGCCCAAGUGCUGAGUUGUAGGAAGAGAUGACUUGAAUACUCAUUAGGCGCUCCUGUGUGGCACUGUUGUCUCCCCUGGGUGUUCAGAGGUCACACAGUGCUGUAGAAAUGGGGCUGGGGUCCGGCGGCCUACAUGUAUUAUUAGCACCUUAAGGCCGCCUGGCAUGGUUGGUGGUCUGCUGUCUGCUGUGACGCUCUGACACAGGACUUUUAGGAGAACAGGUGGCUUCUUCUGUCUCCUUCACGCACAGUUUGGAGGUGUUGAGGAUUCUGCUGAUGGCAUGAACGUAACCGAGCCAGAUGCUCAAUGUAAAGUCAGAAAAAAGCGCAGUUGAUGUGGUUUUUACAAGCUCACGCAGGCCAUACUGUGAAACAUGUAAAGGAAGUGCUGCAGCCUGUUAUUUUCAAUGUUGCCCAUAAACACAGGUUGUUAACUGUGUAACGGUUUUAUCAAGAUCUGUAUGACUGGAGGAGGAGUUGAGUUUUACUGAUGUUGGAGGCUGGAUUUAAUCAGCUCUUAGUAUGAUGGAGAAAAAACAGAGUCUUGUAAGCGUCAGAGGUGUCGGUUCAAAUCCUGAAACUUGACGCCUGACACAUGCCAAAUGGGAAACACUUGAUGAUUGAGUGCUAGAAACAUGCCAGCUACAUGAAGCUGUAUGAACGCCAGCCACAAGAACGCUUUAUGUAAACUAAUUAUCUCUUCCCUCAGGUGUAAGAUUUUUCCUAUUUGAAUAUAUGAUAGAGUUGAAAUUUGCAUCGAAACUUACACUGAUGCUGCUUUUUGGCUGAAUUUUAAAUUUUUUUGCGCAUCUUUCUCCAACUUUGCAGACUAACUGUGAAGUUAGAGAAUCAGUCAGUUUGGCAGCAGUUAAAAAAUCCUCUUGACCCAAACCAGAUGACCCCUUAGCCUCAGGGAGGAGCUGAAUGAAGGACUACUUUCACCUGAGAGCUUGCAGAGGCCUGUUCAGACACAUCAUCCAGGGUUAUCUGGGACUUGUCAUACAUUUACCAGCUUGAAAAGAAGAUUGAUGAUGGGGCAUCUUUAACCCCCAACAAAAGUGACAGUGAAUACUUUUACUACAAUAGACUUUUAUUAUGUUAUCAUUUAAUACUGCUAUUUUGGACCAAAGAAAGAUUGGAAGUAGUGAAUUCAUUUGACUUAAUUGGAAGAGGCCAAACAAAUACCUAUUUUGACCAAAUGACAUUCACGGAUUACCGCUGCAGAAAAAAGAUACAGUUGGUUUUAGGCCAUUGUGUUUAAAGCUCCUGUAAGGAACUUUAGGUUUGAGUCAAAUUUGGCGCCCCCUGUGGACAAAGCAGACUUCACUUGUCUUGUCCUCUCUAGUCUUCAGGAUUGUAAUCUCUUGAAAAAUUUCAUCCUGCUGACGUUUAACAGUGGUUUCAGGCAGUUAAAUAAGAAUGAAAAAAUCAUCAAUCUUACUGCUGAUGGUUUUGUUUGCUUUUCUAUGUCAUCAAAAGGGACCAAUUUGAGUUUAAGUCUAUUUCAGAGACAUAAAAAAUUCCUCAGAGGAACUGUAAGUACUGCAGUUCAGCACAUCACUUCAUAAAACUUAAAACUAGUCAUGAAAGUUUGUCAUUAGUCAUCGUUAGCCAAUGCUAGUGCUGACUGUCUGUCUGGUUGGAAAGCUUUAUCUGUGUUGCGUCCUCCAGACUGUGCUGAAUGUGUGGUGAAGUAUGGACUUCUAGCAUGUCCUGCAGGACAAACUACCCUUUCCAAACCGCACAAGCAUUUUUCUCAGUAUCAGACAUUUAUUUAACUAUUUAUCCAGUUUCAUCUGAUAGUUUCAACUCGCUACAUUUUCACCAUGCUAGCAAAUUAGCUAACUAGUCAAUGUGGCACUGGUCGACAGGAAGUUGAUAAUUCGUCCACGAUCACGAAAUCGCAGUCUCUUAAAUCAGAAUAUGUUAGCACAAAGAUGCUAACUGCUCCCUGAAGAUGCGCUAGACUGUUGGGUUGGAAAACUUAAGUUUGUUAAACUACAGAUACCUUUGUUCCGAUCUGACAGUUGAUCAUCUGAAAAGUUCAGGCAUUCAGUAGGUUGUUUCGCUGACCUUCAAAAGGUGCAAGAAGUCUGCUUGUAGCAUGCUAACCAGCUAUCACUUGGGUUGCUUCAUGCCCUCAGAGUAUGAUUUAUUUUCAUAUUAUGAGAAGUAAUAAGAAGCCGGAGGUCAUUCAGGAUCAGUGUGCUGUGUGUAAGUCAAGCUUUAUUAGACAGACUGAGUGAAGUCAUUGCCCACAGUUCUUAGAGAGGUCAUAUCGCCCUGGCAUUAAUGAGGAAACCAUGCUUUAAAACCAUGUGAAAAGCGGUCAUAACAGAAGGCCUAUAACACACCGAGGUUAAGAAUGAGAGGAGGGGUCAGAGGUCAAGGGUUGGGACUUGGGGUUUGCCGCUGCUGUCAGGUUUACAGUUUCACUGCCUGAAGAAAGGAAUUCUUGCUGUUGAAUCUUCACUUCUUGUUUCAGUAAAUUCCCCUUUAACUCUUAAAGGUUAAUGUGAAAACAAAGUUUAUGUUCAUUGCAUCAGGUUUGAUGAAUUUGGGACUCUACUUACUAACCAGUUAAAUUUGGUGGAGCACCCAGGUCUCCAGAGCUGGACCCCAGUUGUUUAUAUUGUUAUUUUAUGAUCAACGUACCUUCUGUAGUCCAAAUCCAGCCUCUGCUCCAAAUGGGUGUCUUUGUGUUUCUGCUGACUAGCUUUUUCUCCAGAGUUUCCGCAAUCAAUGGACUCUUUUGACAAAACUAAGAAUAUCUGUUUUGAGUCUUUUCUUAGCCGUUUGUUAUCAUUAAUUAGCCAUAAGUUUUUAAGAUGUUUUAAGUCUGUGACAAACAUCCACACAAGACCAGAGCCUGUUCUGGUAAAGUGCUUUAGUCAUCAAAAAUACUGAAAUAACAUUCUUUGAAUACCUUUUGCAAAGAAAACAAGGACAGGUUUUUAGCUGGUGCUAUUGAUGGUAAAAGACGGGGAUGCUAAAGAGACCCGCGGAUAUGCUAAGGAACCAGGAAACUGUGUCAUGAUGGAGGUUUUAGGCCACAUUUAAGGGUCUGAUAUUUGUUUUAUCUUUAUGUACAUUUUAAGGGGAUAAACAGAAGAAGGCCUUUGCUGUUUCACUGAGCGCCUUCACAUCUGGAAUCGAUAAGUUCCAUUGUGCUGUCUGCUAAGCCCUCCAAAAAAGCCAGAAAAAAUGUCUUCCAGAUGUUUUCUUCCCAUUCGUGGUGGAACAGGGGACCAUAAAAAAAGAGAAGUAUUGCAUUUUUUUUUUUCAAAGAAAAUGCACCGUUCGGUGCCGGUUAUAGAGAAGACUCCGAUUCGGAUAACAUCUGCAGCCCUAUAGCUGAGUUUGUUAAAAUAAUAGCAGCAUGCCUUGUGUUUCAGCCAGGUUUGCACAUAGCCUACACAUUCAGGGUCAUUAAAAGGUUCUUUUUGUUUUAAAAGAGCCAACUUUAUGACAGGGUUAAAGGUUGAGUACAGCUGGUCGGCAGCUGUUUUUCAUUUACAGCCUUUUUAUAUCUGGACAACUCCGACUCUGGAGGAAUUUAUGUGGAUAGGAAUUUGUGCUUUUUGUCAUUGUGGAUAAAGUUUUCCAUGAGGCUGAUAAAAAACAGGGUGCAAGAGAUCUACAAAUGCAGGAUUGAAAAACUUUACAACUCAGAUGUGUUGUAGAAUUGAUCAGUUGUUAUGGUGGGUGACCAAUGGAUGCCAAUCAAGGUCCUUCUGAUACUGUCAACAUCACAACUUUACCCAGGGAUUGUGGCAUCACCCACUGGUUUACUACCCACCUUUUGAAGCCUUGAGUUUGUUAUUUGGUAGUUGCAGUUGAUAUGACUUUUUGAAUGAUAUCUCAGCCUAACUGUCCAUGAAUCUAGAAGAAGUGAGUUGUGGUAGGCCUUUAGUCUUCUUGCUAACAGCUACAGUUUGCCUGCCUAUCAGUCAAGUCAACUGUGCCGAUAAUACAAAACUGUUUUAGAUAAAGAGCUACCCAGACCUAGAUCUUGUUCUUUGUACGUGGCAUGUUUAUUUCUGCUGUUAAGAGUUGCUUCUUGGAUGUGGUGUUCUGGAAUUUUGCAGCCAGCCCCUAGUGGAUACUUGAGAAACUGCAGUUUUCAACACUUCCUCAGUUGCCUUAUUUCUGGUACCCAAAGGUUGACACUUGGUCGCAGUGUCAUUAUGGAAAUAAAUGUAAAAUUACGCAAAUUAGGUGAUGGCGUCAUCUAGUGACUUCUAGGACAGCCACUAGCGAGUAACCUUACUGAGGAGUUCGCUACACUGGCAUGCUACCCCUGCUGGCCAUUACUGAUGGAGCAGGUUAAUGACUCAGUGAUGCAAUUUUUAAAAAGGUCAGUUUUAUUGAUAUUAAGAUAUCUUAUAAUGACUUAAAUGAAGUGUUGUCAAAGUGAGACAGUGAUGAUUUUUUUAGUUUUGCAAAGCAACAACACUUUUCAAGUUAAAAAUAAAAAAAAACACUUAACACUCACUUCUCUCAGAAAAAUCAUUGUUUUCAGUAAGAUAGGUAAGUCAUUUUCAGGUCUUAGUGGGUUGUUUCUUACUCACCUCUAAGUGGCGAUCCAGAGGUCAUGUCCAACUCAAUCAGAUAUGUGGCAGUGAGAAAAAAUGGCUUCUUGUGUGUGCCUAUUGCCCGGCGCAGAGGAAGGAAUCUGAGUUAGUUGGACUGUGGAGAGAAGCAGUGACCCUGCAACUGCAUGUGCCACUUCGGCUCUGUAAAUGCAGGCUUUGUGGAAAGGAGUCUGUAAAUCAGCCCUAAUGCCUGAUAACAACAUGGGAGAUAAAACAAAAUAUGCAGGACAAGUUUUUGACCCUGUGUUAGGGUUUAGGAGAGCCUUUGUGCUGCACAAAUAGGGCUUUAUUUGCCAUAUUCAGGCCAGUUUACUGUCUAUUUCCACAGUAAUCAAGGGUCAAAUUGGGCUCUGUACUAAUGACACUGCGGGCUUGAUUUGAAGCCAAAUGGGUUUCUUUUAAGUUGUUAUAACUGCAGCAAAAACAAAAGGACCAUGGAGAUAAUUGCAGUUAUAGAUAACAACUAAAAGGGCUAAAUGUGCUCUGUACUCCCUGGAAAGCAAAAAGGGAAAAAGGCGACAGUUCUGUUGGAAAUAUGAACACAUCAGUGAUGUCAGAGUUGGAUGGUUUGCUACCUCAUGAUGCAACUCCUUCACCUUUAUCCUUUUUUUUUUUUACAGUAUGCUUUGUUGCAGCAUGCAGUGCAUGGCAGAGUGAAAAAAGUAAAGUCUGGUCCAGGCUCACAGGCCGAGUAUUCACUUCAGCUGGGAAACAGUGCUUUUCUCUGUAAUGGGGUAUUAUAAUCAUUGAGCAUGGAAAGCAAUGUAUGACUCAUCCUUUCCAACCUCAUUCCCCCUUCCCCUGCCAGAGCUUAGCCACAGCCUGGGCAGCAGAAAUACUGAGUGUAAGCAUUUCUUCUCUAAGAAGGAGAAAUACAAUGCUUUCUGGUCUCUGCAGAAACUUCAUAGUCGUCUGAUGAUUUCUAUUUUUACUUUAAUAUGUGAUUUAAUUAGCAAGAGCUGGAAUGGAAAGGCGGCAUUAGAAUAAAGACAAGUCUUUGCUUAUUAAGUAGCGUUAUGUAAUUAAGCCUAAGGCUUUAUUAGUUUGGUUUUGUUGCAACAAGGGACCCAGCUCAAGUUUGACAUAAACACUCGCCUGUGCUACAGCAAAGUGAAAGAGACACGAGAGACCGAAGAAAAACUGUCUGUACCAACAGAAAUAAUUGCUUAAACUACACUGUCUUCAAUAUUACAGAUAUUUGGUUGUGAUUUGAUAGACUAACUUACUUUUCUCCAAACUGUAAAACAUUUUUUGAUUUGCAAUGCUUAUUUGACCACUUAAGUCAACACUUAACUGACCAGUAAACUGUAUUCCAAUAUAUUUAGCUGUGACGAUGUGACCAAACCAUGAUUUGAUGAUAUUUCUGCUGCUACAGAACUAGCUUGAGCUAAAGGAAAGAUUCUGAUGUUUGUUUUAGAUAUGAAAUGUAAUAGACAGUGGACUAAAUCACAAAACACAACACGUUCACUGUGUUAGCAUGUAAGCUAAACCAUCUUUUGCUAAUGUUAGCCAAAAUGCUUUUGUUGUAAAAUGCUGACCCCAUGUGGGUCUCACUAAGUAAGUCAUGUUAAAAGCUGGGAGAUUAAAUAUGUUUUUUAAUUUAAUUUAAGUGGCUAAUGAAGAUUACAGGAUUAAGCUAGCAGAAACAACCAUUGUUAGAGAUAGCGUAGCAACAGGAGACAUAAAGAGGGCAAAGUGAGUGAAGAAGUAUAAAUUUUGUUUUACUUCACUGAGUAAGAAUGUUUUGUUGCUAAUGACACAUCAGGUCAGCUAAAGUCUUCACCAAAACAACAGAAAUAGGCUAAUGAUUCUAAAGCUAAAGAGCUGGUGGUCUGUAAAUAUAAGAAAUGCAUGCAUCUGUGUUUGCAGCAGGCUUGCACUAAAGUAGAAAUAUUUAUUGCAGCACAUCUGAACAACUGUAGACAAAUAUAUGGGUAUUUUUAUAUCUGAGCAUAUUAGCAUAUUUAAUUUUUCAAAUAUUCUACUAAUGAUCAACAUUAGAGAAUGUUAUUGGGGCUGCAGUCCAUCAUAGAGAGAGCUGCCUUCAGUUUUACAAGCCACCGGAUGUCCCCAUACUUGUCCAGUUCGAAGCGACAAACAAAGGAAGCCUCAGAGGUUGAUAAAGCUUCAUCCACCCAUCACUACCCUAUACAUCUGAUUAAAAAAAGAGGGCUUUUUAAAUCUAGAGACUGAACCACACAAAUACAACGAGGAGGGGUGAUUAGUUCAGUUAAAAUGACCCAAAUUAAACCCCAUGACCGCAUAAAUUUCUAUAAUUAAAACAAGCAAGAAUUAUAACCAAUGAGAAUUGAGAAUACUGAUGCUACUAAAAUCUAAUUAAAAAUCCACAUGCUGUUACUCCUCAAGAAGCUCAGGAAGGUUUUUCAGUUCACAGAAGUUGGCUCCUUCCAUUUCCUGUUUCAGAAUAAAAGCCUAUCUCAAACUGUUGCUCAUCUUUUGCUCAAGAAAGACAAAACCAGCUACAGUUUACAUUUAAUGUUAAACCUUAAAGCUCUUAAAAUAAACCAAGCUAGCUGCAGUCAAAAAGUGUACAAAGAGCUUAAUCUCAACCAAAAGUUAAUUUCCGGCUGAAGGUUUUGUUUGGUUGUAUUUUAUCCUCAUCUACUGAAGUGGUAAAUUUACUAUAGAGGCCUGUUGUCAUGAAGUCACUCUCUCCUCUCACGGUAGCGCCUGUUCCUUCAUCGUGUUGAUGUUGCUCAAGUAUGACACAGGUUCAAGUGUCAGUGGAUGAAUUGAUGGCUGACUUGGCUGUCAUUGCAACUCAGGCAGAUUCUUUGGCAGUGCAGAUGGGAAUCUUUCCCCGCCUCAGGCUGCAAUUAUUUCAAGUGUAUGUUAUCACUUUCAAAAGAAAAAUGAUUGAUAGGACAGAGAUCCUUUUAGAUUUUUUUUUCCAUUUUGAUGUUUUGUCACUCUUUCCACACCUCCCUGAUGCUGUGCCAGUACUUUUCAAACUCCCAGUCUUUUCCAUUUCGACAUAGUUGGCGUGAUUUCAUGUGUUUUUUUUUAUCAUGAAAGAACAGCUGACACUUACUUUUUGUUUCAAGUUGUCAGUAUUAGUCUGUAAGCAUCACUUGAACCUUAGUGUGAAAAUCUGAUGGAUAUAGUCACUUUUCUUUCAAUUUUAAAGAGGUGUUUUCAUCUGCUCUUGUAUUAAUGUCGUGUAUUGAGUGGACUGGGUGGAAACAUCUUUUCUUCUGAUAUUUAUGGGUUAUUGAGGUCACUCAUGAUGAUGAAACUCCACCUUUGUUAGCAAACAUUGCAUAUUUGGAUUAAUUCCCAUUGUUAGAUAAGAAGCCAACGCCUCUGAGCGAGGCAUGCCAGUGUGACUGUGGCUGGAAAGUCUUCAACAAAUGGGAAAAAAGCUUCAUUAUCAUGCAGGAUUUCAUAUUUAUGAGCUCCAGAUUCAUUGUUUUCAGUCAGUGUGUUGGUGCUGGAUAAUGGCUAUCUGUGAGGGUGGGUAGGGAGGAAAUGGCUCUGUAAUGUCAGCGCUGCAGGGCCCUAUUUUAUCAUAAAUUUCUCUGCAGUAAGCCAUCAAAAAAGUGAAAAAUAAAACGGGCAGAGGGAUAUAAAAAUUGCUAAUGGAGGUUUGAAGAUGACACUGGUAUAGCAAAGGCAGUUUGGUGAAUGAAAAAGAGAUAAAAAGGCAGGUAAGAGUCUUCACAUGUGUCUGAAAAGUACCACUCCUGCAGUUUUCGUGCUGUAAAAUGAGCAUUUAGAGGUGCACCGUGGAAUCUUGACUCAGUUUUUCCAUCUUAGUCUGUGGUGGACGGCAGGCGGUGAUUUAUCUGCACUGCUGUGAGCUGCAGCAGGGAGACAGUGAAGUAAACCAUCUGGUAUUCCCCCUGUUAAAGCAAUAAGAGUCUGAAGGCUCAGGCUCUGAGCCUCAGAGUACACAGGAGAAGCUCUGGUCUGAAAAUCUCUCUGUUCUUUGGAUCGUCUUUCAGGUCCGAGUGUUUGUGUUUGUGUGGGACAGGACAUUUGUGGGUGUAGGGGUGAGUUCGGAGGACUGUCUGCACAUUCUGUCUUGGCAUAUUUCAGCUGGACUGUGUCAUCUUGUGAUCAGAGACUGUGGUAAAUCUGACAAUCCUCCAUUAUGAGCUUCCAAAUGAGUCGAUCAUGACUUGGAGAACAAAGGCAUAAACAAAAAGAUCCCUCUUCCCUGUUUCUUUUCCUCUCUCCUCCUCCUCCCUGCGGCUGCUUUCACAUGCAGCUCUAAGCCCAGGUCACUGGGUCAGUGUCCUGCAAUGUCUGGACUAAAACUGACUGAUAAAAAGAAACCGAAGUGAUACCGGCACAUGAGUUCAUUUACAAAACACUGUCCUCAGUUGCCUUUUGGAGUUCUCACCCUUCAUAGUCGCAUACUUUCACCUGGCUGCCGUCCAGACUUCAUCUUUACUCAAAACAAAGCAGCUGACAACAUAAUUGCUAUUGCUAAUGCUAAUACUAGAGCAUUACAGUUGUAACUUUAGCUGCAGUACUCCUAAACUGUGAUGGAAACAAACCGUAAUAGCUGAUCUACAAAUUGGCUAUUAUUCAUAAGAUUUUUCAUUCAUAUCAUCCAACCCUUUCUAGAUAACAUCAUAUUUCUGUUGAAGCUUAAGCCAUGCUAACUGAUUAGCACCAUGUCACAUUUACACCUUUGUGACAUUUAAACUGUGACCUAGUUUUACAAGAAAUUCAAUUAAAAAUAAACAGUAUUGAUAAGGGCUGUGCCAAACUUUUAACUCAGCAUGAGCAGCAACUUCCCAGAAGUGUGCUCAUUUGUUUUGGAGGUUGAAGUUAACUUAGCCGAAGAGGUGUGUGCUAGCUGACAUCCCAGUACUGAGCCAAUUAUUAGUUUACUCAUGUGUUGCUGCUCUGUUGUACUGUGUGUGUGUGUGUGUGUGUGUGUGUGUUGCCUCGUUGCCUCUCACAGGAUGUCAGUGCAGUGUGUGUAUGUAAUGAGCUCAAUCUAGCAUGUGUAAUGCCUGCAGUAUGAUUUCCAGGUCUGGUCACAUGGAGCAACAACUUAAGGUCAAUGUGUUGCUGGAAGUGUGUCUCGGAAUUUUGCUGGAGUUACAUGAGGUAAACACUCGCAGGGAAAAAAAUAAGUCGUAUUUCAGCCUGUUGAUACAGUCAGGGUUCUGGAAUGUUCUUGUAGAUUCCAGAAAGUUCUUGUAGGUUCCAGAAUUUUCUUGUAUGUUCCGGAAUGUACUUGUUGGUUCUGGAGUGUUGUUUUAGGUUCUAGAAUGUUAAGAGGAGAACAUUCUAGAAGGGUUCUGAAAUAUGUCAGGGCUGGUUGAUAAAGUCUGUUACAGGAACCUUAAAACCACAGUUUACCAGUUUUCUUUAAGGACACCCUUCCUUAUACUUUCAGACUGUAAAGCAGGUUCUUGUACUCUUUCCUUAAAGUGGCCAUUGUGGCCACAGGUGGUUAAUACUGGAUAAAGAUAAUGCUUAGAUCAAGUGCAUUUAAAAAGGUUAGGUUCCAGAUCAAGAAAUUUUUUAGUUGAAGAACAGAAAUUGACCAACUAGUUUUAAGGUAGGGGAAUAUCUACAAAAUUGAUUAUCGAGCACAAUUUAUUUAAUAUUGCUAAACACUAUAUAACAGCAUAUGUGGUGAAUCAAUGUUAAGGAUUUUAUGAGUGUGACAAAAUCUCUGAUAUCAGAGCUUGUUUACAUCCAGUUAGUAGAGCAUUCAAGCAUCAUGGCAGCCACUGACCAUAGCUACAACCCAGGCAAAUAGCUAGUAGCUUUGCUAGCGAGGUUGACAUUCAAACGUUUAGUGAACUAAGCACCCACACCUCUAAUUUAGGGAAAGAGUUCGUCAUACUCUUUAGCCAGUACAAGUUUUGCAAGCGUAAAGCUGCUGUGAGUGGCUUUCCAUUUGCGUUGAUUCUGGCGCCCCCUGUGGACAAGGCUGUACCUAACACAUAAUUGCUAAUUUUAAGGAGUAUUUCCUGACAAAAUAUCUCAUCUUGCUUCCUCGCUGUGGUGAAAUGUAUCCCUCAGCAGUGGGAAAAAGUAAGAAAAGCUGUUUCUUUAAGUUGUCUUGUUGAACAUCUACCCCCUCACAGUUGAUCCAGACAUUAAUAAUGACAUUACGGGAGGUCUUGUUGUUGAUGGUCUUUUAUGCUUGUUUAGGUUAUAAGAGACAUUACUGUAAAGUUCAGCCUGUUUCGUAACCAGUUAACUAUGCCUUGCCUUGCGAUGGCUUUAAGCUAACGAGAGCUAGCAUGGUAUGUUUAUGCUAGCUGCACACUGAAUUGAAAAAAUGAUCCCUUAUGUAUUUUUGGAGCAAGAGUUUUUUUUUCUUGUGAAUUUUGUGUUUCAUUUCAAAGAAGUGAAGUGCCUUGACUUCACCUGGUAAAGUCCUGCAGUUAUUCUUUGAGUAAUUACAGUCAGGGCCUCGACCGUAACCUUCUGUACUCUGACUGAGGCUCCAGCUUCUCAAGAGUUGGCCCGAGUUAAAGUUUUAUAACAGCAUCAGGUGAAAAAACAACAAAAAAACUCCUACACCCUCCCUGUCUGUGAUGCUCUCUAGGAGGGGGAAGUCUCUCAUUGGGCAUUCUUGUUUUUGGCUGUGCCGGUUUCCAAGAGUGGUGGGGUCCUCUUUAUGGCUGCUAAUUACUCCUUGUCCUCAGCGCCAGGUCAAGCAUGUGCCUGGAGAAUCAGGCCUCACUUCAGGAGGGGUUUGAGGAGGAGAAGGAGUAGAAGGAGGAGGAGGAAAAGGAGGAGGAUAGGGGGCAGGGAAAGAGAGAAGAAUGUUAAUCUCCCCCCUCCAUGAAAAAGUCCUAAUUCACUGGUCCGGCACCCCUCCUCCUGUCAAACCAAAUGGUGCCGUCUGGAGACGCUAAGUGUUGCUACAGAGCGUGUGUAUGUACGGGUGCCUUUGUGGAAAUCAGGAGUGGAUGGAUAAGUCAGUGGAAGGGGAUACACCACAGCUUUGGCACUGAGCCACCACUAGGAUUAUGAAUCUGGUGCUCGAGCUACUGUUCAGAGAAAGGGAGAAAAGAGGUAAAGUGCAGUGAACAGGGAGGAGAAGAUUACCGCAGAAAACCACAUCAGACCCUCUUUCCUCUAACAGAUGUUGUAAGUUUCACCACACAUUUUAGAUAAUUCACAUGUAAGCGGUAUACUUUUAUGAAUUCAUUGCACUUUACUGUUCUGCAGCCUCAUGUCUGACAAACAAACCUAUAAAAGACUGAGAGCAACCCUCUGUUACAUCAAAGAUGGCUUUGCUCACUAAUUUUGGGAUCACAGUUAGAUGUUCCACUGAGCACAAAACAUGGGAGGAUUAUACUCUGCGAAUAAAGGUAAAGCCUAUACACCCUGUCUGUUAGAGAGGGGGUGUUUUGGGGGUUGAAAACUUUUGGAAAAAUUGAACAUCACAGCAAAAAGCAGCUUUGAAUCGUGUCGAGUUUGAGGGAGUCUUGUACAGUUUUGCAGUUUCAAGUGAGUCCUGUGAUUUGUUACCAUAUUAAACUUUAAAACCCGCCCAGCUUUAUCCCCCUUUAACAUUAUACGUCCUUGGUUGCACUAUUUCAUAUUUGUGUUGUAAAUGCUUGUAGACAGCAGGGGCCCUUUGGCUGAUCUGAGCCUUACACACAUCUGGAAUAAUGCCACGCUGUGGUUUUGGAGGCAACAUAAGGAUAACACGAGACGCAAUGGAAAGAAUCUGUUUUAAUUUAUACAUGAAAAAGCAACUAAUGCUGAACAAAUGCUCUGCGUUUUAUUCAUCUUGCCAAAGUAUUUAAAGCUGUCGAAGAGGAGCAAAUGUACACAAGACUGUGUCGUAUAAACAGUUUCUGUGUACCUGCCUCUUGGAUGAGAGGGGCUGUGGUCAGAGGCGGAGAGUAUUUUUAGAAAGGAGAGUAAGAGGUGUUGGUCCCUCGAGGGGUCUGCCAUGCUAAGUGGGUAAACAUCUCAGCUUAACAAGGUGGGACUGAGCCAUACCUGUGGCUUGGGAUGUGGUCAGUAAAGCUUCCGCCCAAAGGUUGGCUGCUGGUGACAGAAAUCCCUGAAUGAAGGUGUGUGUAGGAGACGAUAAUGUUUGUGCUUGCCUGACUGCCCCUUCCUGCACUCAGACACACCUCAGCUGUUUUUUUCUUUUUGCAUGAGACUUAUUAAACAUUAAAUGUAAUGAUUUUCUGAUAUGUUUCUGAUUGGGCUUUUAAUUUUUGAGCAGAGAUAUAUCAUGGUGUCCUUUCACCUUCCUGCUCUUUUCCUGUAAGCUGCUAAUUGCCCCUCUCCCCCUUGGCUCACCUCCAGGUGACCCUGCAGAGGCCCUGUGGUCACUUUUAGAUCCUUCUGGGGAUUUCAAAACAUCCAUGGAAAAGCUGAUAAAACAGAUUAUGCCCUAGGAAAAAGGAAAUUAGAAAUGAGAGGGUGGAACAUUUGGAUAACGUAGUGGCUGAUGGACGAAAAGAGGGGUUAACAGGUGUGAAAUGAAAGGCAUCCAGAGAGCAAUCUACAACUUUUAAAGCAGCUUUUUUCCUCUUUAAUUUCACCCUUAGGAUGAGAAGUUCAAAUGUGGUAAUGCUGUACUGCCAUGCCAAAUGUUCAAAGCAGCAUUAAGGUAAAAAAUCUGAAAAAUUAAUUGGUUUGCAAAUAAAAAGAAAUCUCAAAAUAAUGAAAAAUUAUGGAAAUGAGGCCCAAGGAGCAUUUAAAGCAACAUAUUCAGCACUCCAUUUGCUACAGGUAGGCUAAUUAGCAUGAAGCCACUUAUUUGCUAACACUACAGAUCGGUAGAAAGUGAGAAAUUCUAAUGUAACAUGGCCAUUAGAUAAUAGAAGUAGAAUAGUAGAAGAGCAGUAAUGUGAGCCAUUAAGAGUCUCACAUUACUGCUAUUCCUCCAUACCUCCUGGCUAACAGUAUCAUUAGCUUGGAAGUUGCCAGCGGCUCAGACAGUAGCUUAUCAAUUAUGCUUUAAUUAUGUAAGAUAUGUCUAGAUGUCCUUCCCCACAGAGUCUCCCCCAUCCCUCCUUAUUAUACACAUCUUAAUCUUUCUGGAAGGAUUAAAAUUAUAUCAACUAUCAGAUAAACUUCUAAUUAUAACCACAGUCGUAUGUUAUCAUAUGAAGCCACAGAUCUCUGACAUGAUGAAUUAUUUCCUCCUUCAAAUAGCCGCUGAUCUUCAUGAGAUUAGCUUUAUGUCGGUGUAGAUUAGCAAAAACAACAGCCCGCUCCUCACUGGGGGGUUACGAUGUGAUAAACCUCGACCAGCUCACAGACUUCUCAUUUCUAUGUGGUGCAGAGAGGCCUGUUAUUAUGACGCUGUUAUUCAUAUUGUGACAGUCAUAUUGUUAUGAUGGUUAGUUUGUUGCCUGGAGGAAUUUCUUUGAAUCAUUUAUUACCAUAUUGCUCGUGUGUUGCUGUCAUCUAUAAAUUAAUAAAACAGAGGUUGCUGGUUGGAAACAUCUGAUAUAUGGAGCUCGUUUGCACUGAAUGUCUAUGCACCAGAGAAGGUUAUAACCAUGCCCAAUUUUAAAUUGCUCCAAAAUGCUACAGCUUUCCCUGUAAUUAGGAUUAAUUCAGAGUAUUUUAGCAUCUAUAUGAGUCUCACAGUGAGGGAAAUCCUUUUUUAUAAUUUUAGGUAAUAUGUGAUGUGAGUGUUGGUACCUGUCACCACCAGUAAUUUGCAGCAGCGAGGCUUAUGCAAUGUUAUGUCCUUAUAAGGAAGGAGGAGAUAGGAAAAGGAGGCAAAACCACAUGAAUGCGAUCAACCAUUUGCAGAUUUUUAUACUGCAGCGGGGUUAAUCUGACAUGUUAGCUCCAUCCUGUACACAGUGGUUGCUGUGUUGAACUGUAGGACGGUGAGGUGAUUUCCAUGCCUUGUACGGGCUCAUCCUGUUGCGAACGUCAGAGAUUGAUUGAUCUACCUCCCAAGGAGUAAAAUGCUGUUGGAUGUUGGCAGCAAUGAGAGAAUGACUGUAGUGUAGCAGCACUUCAGGGUUGUGGCUUUUUGCAGGGAACAUUUGUGGCUGUCUGAGUAAAGGGAAACAACCGGUAGCUUUGCUUUUGGUGAACCAAGGUCCCUGUUAAAAUGGUAUUAAAUUGAAAAGCGUUUUGUGCCAGUGUGUGUGUCACCUACUUCUCUUAGAAACUGUAGCUUCCUGUGUCUGGAUUUGAAGGAUGGUGAAGUGGAGGACUUUUUAUGUUGUUCAGGAGUAAAAAUGUGUGAAUCUGGAUGGUUUUUUUCCGCCUUUUUUCAUGAAUUCACUGAACAUUUUCUACGCAAAAAUCCAGACCCUGUGAUUAAUUUCUUGUGUGCUUUAAAUACCUAACACCCUAAAUGUUGUAAAUCUUACACCUUAAGCUCUUUACAUAUUUACUGUAGGUGUUAAAGUGUUGGUUGCCGAGCAGUUUAACAGAUAAUUUCUCGUAAAAUGUGAGGUUUUUUUAAAUCACAGCUGCAGAUGGCUUUCUAAUUUUAGAGCAACAACUUACAACAUAGAUUUUAAGCAGUGAUAGGUCAAUCACAGCAUUUGUAACAGAACUACAUUUCCCACCGCUUGACAUCCUGACACAUUUUUACACUCCUCCUUUGAGAGAGCUCAUUAAAUAAGCCUGAAGCAUGGCGGUGAAUGAUAGACAUCUUCUGGCAUGUGGGUGAGAUCCUGUCCGUCUCUUCAUUAUAAGCUGAUGACAGACAAAAUUUGUCUUUAUGUGUAGGUCCUCCACUCGCUCAUAGGCUCUGUCAACUUGUGGUAUGCAGCUCUUUCAUAUGAAUAUAUUGUGAUCUCUUCGACAAGAGUGUGUUUGCUGGACCAGGUGGGUUAUAGGUGCUUUGUUUUGAUCCAGUUCAUGUUUUACCUAUAAGAUAUAUGUUUACAACAGCUGCCCUUGUCCAAAUAAUCCAACAUUUUCACCCUACUACUUUCUUAAUGUUUCAAAUAGUAUCUAUCAGCAUUACUGGAUCAGAGAUUUGGGCCAAACUCAGCUGGCAGCCCCCAGUUUUAAACAAAACUGCCUGAGUCUAUAAAUCUUCUAGGUAAAACCUUGUGAAGGAUGUACACUGAUAGAUUCAAACUUCAAAAUCAAGCUGAGGACCUCAGCUGCUGCUAGUUGCAGCUCAGCUUGCAGCACCCAAAGAGACAUUAUUAUAAAAUAUGAAGUCUUUCACUUUCCUGGUCUGAACCCUGUCCAUUGCACCAUUUAUUCAGUAAUGAAAUCUGAUUUUAUAUCUAGCUAAACACCUAGAAAUAAAGCUAGUGGCAGCUCAGCUUGCAGCCCCCAAAGUGACACUUUUUGGACGAGAAGAUGCAACAAUCUUUUCAUUUUCUCCUCAAUUUCUGGUGAACGGCAUUUAGAAAGGGACUCCUGACACAAAAAAAACCUAAAGGGGGCACUGUUUUGGCCCGGGGGGUGAAAUUGUAUGCGUCCAUAGACUGCAGGUUGCCUGGGUUCGGUUCCAACUUGCGGCCCUUGACUGCAAGUUAUUCCCCAUUCUUUCUCACAGUUUCCCAUAGGAAUAUAUUUUCUCUGGUCAUGCUGGGACCACUGAGUAUUAUUUAAGUUAUGCCAAAACCCCCCUGGGAAAAGGGAACACUUUACUGUUUUUCUCUAUUAGGGUCCCUAACAGCAUUAGCGUAAGUGUUGGAUAGUCUUCCUGGAGAACACUUAGCCACACCAGGCCCCACCUUGAAAUCCUGAACUACUGCAGUUGGCUUUUCCUUGAUCAGAGUUUGUUUUCUAAGAGGUUGGCAGAAAUUUAUUUUGUUUUUAAAUGUAGUUUCUUUAGUUAGUGCUUUCAUUUGUGACUUUGGACAGCUUCUUUUUGAGUCAAGCUAAGAUUAAACAAAGAAAUAGCUGUGUAAAGCUGAAACAAAAGUUACUAAAAUUGAUAGUGAGAACAGAAAGGUUAAGUGCUUUUGUUUUACUUGGGCCACCCCUGCCUUUGUUGGUGCCCCAGUAGGGCCACUCCAGUAAAAAGCCCAGACACACCCCUGCAAUUAAGGAUUAUCAGUUACAUUAUUAGCCUAUUGAUUUGAAUGACAAUUGACAAAAUGUGACUUGUCUUUUUGGUCUUGAAUAAUUUUUAAAAAAGCUGUGUGGGGUAGAUUACAACAGUUCAUGUUUUUUUGUUUACAGUGGUAUCAAGUGCGUUAAAGUCUAAUUUGUAUGUCUGUGCAGCAAACAUGAAUAUUUUGUGAGUUGGUAGAUUUUUGUUGGUUAAUAAAUAUUUAGCUCGAUCACUCCUUGUGCAUUAGAGAGGAUAUCAACGCAGGUGUCGUGCAAUCAGACCAAAGCUGAUGAGGAGGAAGUUUUUCCCCUAAAAUCACGGUGCAGCUGUGGAUAAAUACCUGCAGCCAAAGUGCUCAUAAAUGGAGAGCUUUGUUUGAGAAUGUCUAGUUUUUUUUCUGAUUGAUCUUUGCUGCACGUGAGUCAUGUGUAAUGACAUCCAGCUGGAGGCUGUUGCAGGGUAACACAGAAUGUAAAAACACUGUCGCCCUGCCCACUCCCCUCUCCACCUUUCCCAGCCUCCUUUUGGCUCUCAGAUGGAUGGGGCUAUUGAGUGUUUUUUUUCUCCGCCUGAACAGUGUGUGUGGUCUUUGUAGCCUGACACUAGCUCUGCUGUACCUGUGUGUGGGUUGCCUUUGACAGCCCACAUUCACAUAAUGACACACACACACACAAAAAGCAUCAAGUGGGAGAAUACCAUAGCAUUUUUGCUUUUGUCUUGUUUUAUUUCUUUAACUCCCGUGCCAUAAAUCCCCCCUCUAUAGCCUUCUUCUUUGCUUUAGUGUUUACUCGCCUUUAAAACACCCUGUCCCUGUCCCUAUAGGCAUGACCUAGUGUCCUUUUUCAGUCCAGAUCAGUACUGGGACAAGUCUGGAUGUCAUUGUGCAGCUUGUUUUGCAUGCAUCUGGCUGCAGGAACAGCUGUUUGUCCUGGGUGGUUUUGGCAUGUGAGAGGUGCGGUCCAGGGUCAAACCUCAUGUCACAUUGUUCUGACCUAGUGUUCUCCUGCGGUGGCCUGGUCGCAGCCGGGACGACCGGUCUGAAAGUGUGCUAAUUGCAUGUUUGUGGCCAAAGGGAGGCAGCGGUGGGUUCAGCAUUGCAGGGAGCUGUAUGGAAGGAUGGGUUUCGCUGCAGCUGUAACCCAUGAUCAUGGUGCUCUAUAAAUGGGCACAUCUCUGUUUAGAGUCAAAAUGGAUAACUGAGAUCUUCUGUGGACCACAACAGCAAACUCUCCUGCUGAGUAACUAGAGCUUCUGAGUCAGCACAGCACAGAAAAUGGAGGGAAUGGUCUGAAGAUGGGCCAUAAUUUAGACUCAUUUGAUAAGCAUAAACUAGAGGAUGCUUUAUCUAUAUACAGGAUGAUAUAUGGGUUUGAAAUGUAUACUUUUAGAGCUCAAUUAAAGUGGAAUUUCAUUCUGUUUUUAGAAAAAUCUGACAUCCUGUCUUCUUCUUCUCCCUUUCUUUCUCCACAGCGGAACCAGCAGACCUCUUGAAGAUUUUAGAUUUUCACAGUUUACCCGAGGGUGUUUCAAAAAUAACGGGUUUGUGCGCACAUAGGAGGUCAACACAAGGUUCAGAUGUGGCCUACAGAGUAUCCAAAGAUGCCCAACUCAGCGCCCCCACCAAACAGCUGUAUCCAGGUGAGUAUCGGACCUGAAACAUACAUUAUGUUUUUCUAUCUGAUCAUAAUCUAUGACCUUGAUAUAAAAAAAAACAGGAAGCUGCGCCAAAUGUUGGAUUUUUGAUAGGGCUGGGUGAUAAACCGAAAAUUUACAGAUACCAAAAUUUACGAUAAUAACUGAUGUCAUUUUGCCGAUGUAAAUAUAUUCAGUGUCAAAAAAAUAAAUAGAUACAAGUUGGUUUGGAUGUGAGUAGAUAGGCUAUGGUCUCAUGUCCCUUUAAGAUGCUGUCCUACAUCAGAGACAUGAUUCCACCCCAUCCAGUCCAUAACAAAGAAGGAAAGACAUGUGAGGAGAUGGAGGACGGUUCAAAAGUUGUAGCAGUGGCUGAAGUAGAUGAAGUUAAUGUGGGAGGGAGUGAGCAGCUUGUGGAGUAGUUAUCAUCCAUUUAUCGUUAUUGAGGUGAACUGCUCAAUAUAUCGUGACAUUGAUUUGAGGUCAUAUCGCCCAGCCCUACUUUGGAUACAUGAAUUUUCAAGAGAGCAAACCUAAAUUCAUAAGGUUCCCUGUACUACACUCUGAGGUUGCUUCUCCACAGUUAUCUUACAAGUUGCCUCUUCUUCACACUCUUGCCAUCUGGCCAUCUCUGUGACCUUUCACCCUGCAUCGUAGUAAACGUAGAUUAUAACAUUUCCACUUAGCAGGAAAGCAAUUUGUAUUUGUUCCCACCUGGCCUGCUCCUUUCCUCCCCCUCCAGGUAGCGCUUUUAUUGGCUCCUGUAACUUGAUUAUUUAUGUCAGCUCUAUCUUCACUUUAUGAGAUUUUCAGCAGGGUGCGCCUGCUGUUUCAUCCUUCACACCCCCCUGUAACCGUGUUUACCCCGUUACCAAAGCAUACACUGUUUGUCUGCGACUUUUACUCCAAGCCUUGUGUUCAUUUUUUAGUCAUACAUCCAGAUGUUGAAGCAAAUGAAGGGCUGAAUUAGGAUAAUGCAUGCUGUCUCCACUUAGAAAACACAGUCCAGAUGCAUGAGAAAUCCAGCCCUGUAAUAUUUAAAGCUGUAGGAGGAGCUGGACGAUGGAAAAUCAGUGAAAAUAGGGGUGGUAAAGAGGAGGGAAGUCUGGGGUUCCUCUUCUGCCUUGUUCUAUUGUGCUGACGUGGCUUUGGGUUUCUGCUCUCUGCUGCUCUGCAGAAGCAUUUUCCUCCUUCUCCUCCCUCUCCGGCAAUCCUUCCUCCCUCCUUCUUCUUCUUUUCUCUUCUUUCUUUUCCCUCUAGCGCCAUAAUCUUUCCCUCUAUGAUUUCUCUGCUGCCCUGCAGUGUUUCUUCCCUCUUUAGUGGAGAUACUUUUUUUCCUUUUUUUUUGCGUUACAGUAGAGAAACACAAAACCAUAAUUCUCCGACCCUAGAUAACCUAUUUUUGACGUGAUUGUGAUUGCAGAUUAAAGACAAAAAGAGGAGCAUGGAUGUGGUUUAGGAGCAGAAAACAGGGGGAACUAAUAACCCUUCCUGUGAGUAAAUCCCCCUGCAAAGCUUGGGUUGGAUGACAGCCCCAUUCAUGGUCCUUUGAGGCGUUGCGUUGGCCUUAGUGGACCUUUGAUGCAUGUCACGGCUCUUCUUUGGGGCUUAAAGCCGGCCUGCAUGCCCUAUCAUGCUCCCCAAUCAAACAAAUACUCCUUACUUUGAAGCUCAGUGACAGCAGAGUCUCCGUUUAGAUAUGCAUGCAGUAAUUACACACACCACUCUGGCUCAUCCAAAAUAACAGUCCACAUAAAACAAACCGGCUUGGAGGAGUUCAUCAGAGGCACCACAAAGUCUUGAGGUGCAAACUGAAUAACUAGCCGUCUGUGGCUGGGAGACCUUAAAAUCCAGGCGAGGCGUCUGUGAUGUGGUCGCCCUCUCGCCUCGAUGUUAAGACAAUGUACAGCUCAUAUAUUCCACAAGCUGAGCUCAUUUUAACCAACACUUCUCCCCCAUUAACAAACUUUGCUACUGAGUUAUGACUCUGGCCGGGAGCCUGGAGGUUCAAUUUACCCAAAUGAUCAGCACAGCAUCCUGCCUCCUCAAGCCAAAACAACACCACGUACAGAAAAGUAAAGCACACUAAUUUCUCCUUUUGUUUUGACUCUAAUGUUUGUGAUUAAAACCGCAGUAGCUCCCAUUGAGAAAACACUGGCCCGUGACCCCGUAACCACAGACAGUCUGUGAUGAUGUGCUGGAAAAGGAGCGAGUGCAGACAUGCAAUCAUUAGGCAAACAUGUGGAAGGGAUGAUUCAUUUGAGACUACAGAGGCGCUGCAAACAGAAGGGUCCUUUCUUACCUUUAUUAAGUGAAUGAAAAUUGAAGGAACAGGAUGAUGAAGCCGUCUGCCCUCAUUUCACUUUAAUACCAACACUUCCCACGUCUUACAAGUCUGUCAUAAAACUCCCUCUGUAUCCUGUCAAAUCUCAUGUAUGAGUGCUCAUUAUUGUCUGCGUAGAAAGAUGGAUGAGGUGUCCCCUGCUCACCCCUCCCAUUGAUGAAGCUACAGUGGCCUCCGAGGACAAGAAGCUCCUGUGCAGUCUGAUUUGUAUGAUCCUCCGUUUGUCCGAUUUUUACUUUCAGCCGCUCUCUUUCCUUUAGAACAAAAGGCAAAUGUUACUAGUUUGUCCAUCAUGUGCUCCUGUAGAAACCCAACUGUCCAAGUUGACAGAAAUAAAUGUAUUUCUAGGUGAUUAUAGACCAAUCCACAGACUGAUUCAGUCACGCUCGAUUGGCCACAAGAUAGCUGUCAAUCAUUUUUACAAUCAAAUACUAAACUUGUCAUAAACAUGAUCUCUGAUGUUAAAACACAUGAUGAAAAAUAACUUCAAUCAUAGGAACCGUGUUUGAUAAAAAGAUUUUCCUGCAAGUUUUUUGAUUUUAAAGUUCGAGCCAUGUCCCAUCUGUUUACAUGGAGGAGGCAGGCUUUAAAUCCUAUAUGCUGCUAUAAUAUUUUGGCAUUACUUUUAGGGUGCUGUCAUGUUGUCCAUCUUGUACGUAUGUGUCCAUGAUAUACAUAUACUGAUUUAAUGUUUCAAUAUUAUCCAUGUCUGUAUUAUUGUUAUUUCAGCAUAAACUACUCCUUUUCAAAGUCUACAAAUCAGAACAUUUUAUGAAUACAGACACCAAAAUGAAGUAAACUUGAUAAACUUCACUGGAAUUACACUUUUUUGCUGUAAAAUACAGAAAAAUGACAAUUGCAACCAUAAGAUUCAGCAUGACAGCAUAAAACAGCUAUGCAUAAUAAAGAUUUUUAUCAUUAUAGUCAACUCAGAUAAUAACAGCAGUGUUCGCCCUCUUAUGUCUCUGUAGUAUCAAUUAAAAAGAUUAUAUUCUGCAUUUUAUCCUGCUUUUGCCCUCUCAUUACUCUGGAAUAUGAUACUUAUCACCUCUGGAUCGUAUCAUUUUGGCCUUUAGAAAAGGAAGGUCGGUCAUUAACAGACGCAGGAGUAAUCAGAUGAAAAGCGUCAAGAAAAAAAAUCCCUAUUUUUGGUACUUUGAAUGUAAUCCCCCCUAAAAAAGCUGUCAUUAAAUUUGGCUUUUUAUCACUAUUUUCACCAGAGAAAGAAAUCUUAGUCUCUUCUCUAGCACUGCUCUGACUCAGGCCUUUAGCUUGUCACGAUUGUAAUUUCAGUCCAAGAACAGUUUGGAUCACUAUCCUGCACAAAAACACACACAAUAAGAUAUCACAGUGGAUGAAUUUUGUCUCUUUUGCUCUCUUUGUCCACAAUCUUGCGCUCCAGCAGACAGCUCCUCUUGUUAUCUCUGCAGCGAUGCUCAUUCCCACUGGAAUGCCGCUUGCCUCAUCCAUAAGGGGGGAUUUGGACACAGCGAUGACUGAAUGACCAAUUACAAGACUUUCUACCCCAUUUACCUGCUUGUAUGCACACUGACAGAUGGAAAGAUGAUGUGCCAAAGUGCUGGCAUAACUCCUGCCCCUCCCUGACUUCUUCAGCAUUCUUCUUCUUACAGACUCUUUAAGAUUAAAAAUGAAGGUGCAGAUGUCAAACACUGGGGGAAAUUGAAGACAGGAUUUCUAUCGCCUCUUAUGCUGUAGUUAGUCCCCACACAGAAACUUGUGAAUCACACUUUUCAAAAUGACAGAAGACUGUAGCUGCUUAUUUAAUCUUGAGGAAAUUGUUGGGUUGAUUGGCUGCUUGAGAUUUCUCCCAGACCUUUUUUUUCCUCUGAUGGCUGUGGGGUUGCCUGAAUAAACUCCCAGGACUUCUGGCACCACGAGUCUUUCCAUUCCCACGUGAGGAGUGGAGUAUCUCUCAUCUGGUGGCCUGGAGUCGCAGUUUGAAAGACACAUUCCAGAGAAACCCGAGCUUCUCCCCUUCUCAUACUUUACCUGAAAGUCCUUAAGAGAAAGUAUCCUCAAUUUUCUCCUUUCAUUACCCUUCCUUUACUUGUCCCCUUGAGGCAUUUCAGACUUCGCCUUGUUAGGGAACAUUGGGACACCCUGCACAAGACUGAGAGCCCUCACAAUGUGAAUACGACUCAAAUUCGGAGACAGUUUCUUUCUGCUUCUAGAAAAAGCCUUUAAAUUCCCAAAAUUAGUCAUUUUAACCCUCCUUUAAACCCCACAGCUGACCCUUGACCUCCACGCAAACGGCUUUCCCUGAGCCAGCGCUGAGUCAUUGUCUCUGCGACAGGAAGUUAUAACAAACCCUCCAUCAUCACGCUCUUUUGAUCGGCAGAAUAUUCAUCCCUCUUUAUUUCUUGUUCAUCUACCACCACACUCCACCAGACAAGAUUUUUGAAGGCUUGUCUGAUUUUUUUUUCCUCCCUUUUUUUCCUUCCCCCUCACACCUUCCUGUCGAAGCAUCUGUCAAUUAAAGCGAUGCUUCUCAUAUGAUGCCAAGCUGAAUUCCUGUGGGAGCACGCUGCCAAGGCAUGUGCUCUCCGCAUGAUGUGAUCCGAAACCUGGCAUUAAUGAAGGAAUCAUAGAAAAAGGCAGGAAGACAAGGGAGGAAGGCAAACAGACACACAGAUGAAGGCUGGGUGGAAGUCUCUCAAUUAAAACGAGGGUCAGUGUGGAAUUUGGUUCAGGAGCUUCUUAUCUACUUUAUUUUUUUAUUUAAUUUUCCUUUUACAUCAUCUCUUUUGACCCCAGAUCUCCAAAUCUACUAAAAAUUACUUCAAAAUUUCAGGACAGCUCACACCUUAAUUUUUUCCAAAGGUGCCCGUUCACACAUGUCCCCCACUUAAGGAGAUUUUUAGUAUUCAGAUUACAAGUGAUUGAGAGGAAAAGAUCAUGCUAGUGAGCAGAUAAGCAGAAGAGGGUAGUUGUCAGCUCGCUACAACUUUUGGGGGGGGGGGAUUUCAACACUGGGCCAGCAGUAAAAAUUGAGGUAAAAUCAGGUUAAAAAAAAAAAGCUGCUUGUGUUCACACAUGCAUCUAAUUUUGAAAGUUUUAGGCAAAUUUUAAAAAAUUUUCAGGAGUUAACCCUUUAAUGCCUGAUCCUUAUCGGCUUAGCUGAAAUAUUUAUUUAACUUACCACUGAAAACCAAAAAAAUUAAAAUGUCCUUAAAAUUUACAAAUAUAUUUAUUCAUCUCGUUUGAUACCUUAGAUGUUUUUGAAAACUGAUAAACUACAAGAGGACAUUUUUUUUAAUCAUUUAUUCGACUGUAUUCAGGUGUUUUUUUUAGUAAUUUGUUGAUCAUAUUGAUUUGGUAGAAGUAUAUAAAAGUAUGUAUCAAAUAUGAUACAAAAGGCAAUGAAGGGUGUGAUUGUGAAAGACAACUUUUACCAUUGACUUCCAUCCAAAGUUAAAUUCCUGCUACCUAUGAUUAGGCUUUUUGGCCUGUUUAUUUUAAUGUUUGCCUUUUGUUAUUAGCUGUAGAGAGAAAAAAAGUUGCAAACAAAAAGAGGGAGGAGGCAAUUGGCAAAGAGACAUGGCUUGGGGUCAAACCAGCUACCACUAAAACAAGGACUGUAGCCUCUGUAGAUGGGGCGUUCACUUUAACUGCUAGGCCAAUCUUUUGACAUCAAAAUGUUUAAAUUUAAUGCCUGAAAUUCAAUUCGAUGAUGACUCAAACUCACUUGCAAAGAAAUGUACCUUUGAAUCAGUUUGUAUUAGACCAUGCUGGAAGUUUUUAGACUCUGCCAAGUGACUUUUUUGUAUCACAGCUUUUCCUCUUUUUUUCCUCCUUUUAUUUCACCAUCAUCACUCCAGUCGAGCAAUAACUUUAAGAAAUAGUUUUAUUUUCAUCAUUUUUGAUUUAUCUUUGUAGAUUAAGGUGAUUCCAGUGAGUUUUUAGUCUUGUCUUUUCCACUUUCUCCCCUUAACCUCAGGUUUCCACUCCGCAUUCUCGUUGAGGCGUCUUUUCCUUCACCGCUCCUGAUUGGCUGAUUUAACCAAAGUCACUCCACUCUGGCAUUUUCCAGCUAUUAUUCUGAAAAUUGUGGCAGAGGAAAGGGGGCUCUGAUGGCUGCACGAGGUGCUACAAAACCACUGCAGCCACAAGCCCUGCCUCUCUUUUCCGGUCGCCUGGAAAUCUUUGCUCUGCACUCCCUGAACACCAAAAAUCUGCUACUGGAACCCCAAAGUUUUUCUUUGCUUAUACUAAGCUUAAUCCAGAUAGCUGGUUUCUCAUAACAAUAGUGGUUUCUGUAAAGUCAGAUAGUCUUUGUUUCCUUUUUUUCCCAAACCUCAGUGAUCAGAGCGCUUUGUUUGCCUCAAGUGUAGUCUGACCUCCACAUCAGAGCACAAAAACAGUCUCCUCAGAUGGCUGGAAAAGGCCGCCCUCUUUCUGGGGUCCUGAGAACACCCCACUAAGGGAAUCUGUCUGACAGAUGUGCCUCAUGCUGCAGCAAAAUGGAGGAAAUAGUUGAGACUGCUCGCAGAAGCAUACAGAUGGAGGCAAACACGUCAUUUUCACUCUUUCCUCACUUUUGAUGUCUAAAAAUCCAAAAGUUCUCCCCAUUUCCACACUCAUGUAUCUGUAACUUCUUCUGAAUACUUUUUACUCCUUUAAACUCUUUUUCAAUCUCUGCUGGAGCGUCUCAGCGCCUGUUAGAUCAAUCAGCUGUGGAAAAAUGACGUGGAGAAGAGGGACUUGAAGGAUAGCUCGAGAAACUCUCUCAGGAUCACCUGCUUUAGUCAUUAUGUGUCUCAUCCUGUGAAGUACUGGAAGUUCUCUGUGUUGCACUUGGUCUUCAGACUUCUUUGUAUUUCUCUCUCUUAUUGGCCUCUAGCCUGCCAGCCAUCUGAUCAGAUUGAUCCUAUCGGCUUACCUUUUUGGCAAACCACACACUCCAAAUGUUUCUUUUUGGUGCUUAAAGGCCAUCUUCUCCAAUCUUCCAAUCUCAACGAUCAGUUUUGACUGUUUUAGAAGUAAUAACGACCGAGUUUAUUCUCUAGACUCCAAAGAGAACAUCCUAUCUCCUAAAAUAAUAAGAUUACAAAAUCCUGAACCCAAACACAAUUCCUCCUUUUGAUGAUGAAUAGUUACCGCUGCCUUAAAUCUACUGACUGUUUCUCUCUCUCGGUCCAACCCACCAUCCGCCCUGGCAGGUGAUGUGUUCCCGGAGGACUUUUCCAUCAUGGCUACAGUGAAGCCGAAGAAGGGCAGCCAGUCCUUCCUGCUGUCUGUGUACAAUGAACAGGGCAUCCAGCAGCUAGGAUUGGAAGUGGGCCGAUCUCCAGUGUUCCUGUAUGAAGACCACACAGGGAAACCCAGUCCCGAGGACUACCCUCUCUUCAGAGGAGUCAACCUGGCUGACGGAAAGUAUGUGCACCGUAGUAGCAAUUAAUCUUUUUGAUUGCACUUGUAUAAGCCAUUUUAAGACUGCUUUUUGUUUAUGUGUCUCCCCCUGUAAUCAUAGCCCAGAUGGAUGUGUUGGGCUUUGAUGGAAGGUUUAGUUUCUUGAGCUCCAUCUUGCCCAUAGGGUCUUUUAGGACAGGCAACCCAGUUAGUAUUAAUUUGCCAUAUUUAGAAAUCUGUUCACCAACUGCAUCCUGGUCAGUGACCCUACACUCAAACGGCGGCCUUGCAGAUAUCAAUAUAGGUAAAAUUCACACAUUACAACGGUUAGGCAUCGUUUGAAUUUCAACGAUUCCGCUUCUGAUUCUGACUCCUUGUUCUGAUUCCUCAUUGCGAUUCUUUAUUCCGAUUCUUUUAAAAGGCAGAAUAAAAAAGUGCAAGUUUUAAAUAUGCUAACCAGGAUUCUUUUCGGAUGAAAUGUCUGAACUUCUCCACGAAUUUUGCAAUCGAAAACUUGGAAUCGUAAUUCCAAAAUUUGAACAGUUCCAGGAGAAUCGGAAUGUUAUUCCUGGUUCCCAUCGAUGCUCGAGACUCGAUGCCCAACCCUACACAUUACAUAUGCAAAGUCCAUUUAAACUUUCAAAACUAGGAGUCUAGGUGAUAAACGAAAUAUUUUAAUUUCACUUAGGUUUUCAAAAGAAAUCUUAAUGUGAGAAAUUUCGUGUUGCAGAAUAGUCAGCUACAUGUGGUAUGGUCAGGAAACGCCACAGUCUGGUUAGGUUCAGACCAAAAUUUUUCAUGAUUGGGGUUAGGAGAUGGAUCGUGGUUUUGGUGUCAAUGACACAAACUACUGAAUAGAGUCACAUAACUUAAACCCAUUACUUUCAACAGUAUAUAAUAUCAUGUAUGCAAUGCAGCCAGGGUGUGCUUUAUAACUUUGUAAGAAGUUAGCUUCAAUGAAUUAAGGACAUCCUUGAAAAGCCAGAGUUUGUUUGGAUUUAGAAACCAAAUGUAUGUGGUCAGGUUAAAGAAAUCAGUCAUGGUUUUUAGAGCUCUUUAAGAAAAUCAGAUCAUCAGUGUAUUGCAAUAUGUCUUUCCCCGACAAUCUAAGGAAUCAACCAAUCCUUAAGGGUUGGCUUUUGACCAAACAAGAAACUACUUCUACCUUUUCUAAUGUUGACUUCAACCGAAAAUUCGAAAUGAAAAGUUGCUACUCGCCAAUAUAAAAGCACUCUCCUCCACUCAUACUGAUAGCAGCACUAGAGAUGAUUUCAAAAAGCCCAAAGCCGUUGUUAAAAUUCAGACAUUUCUACAGUGUCACGGCCUGCUUGGAUGAACACUACACUCAAUUUUGUUCAAUCAAAAUGCAUUUCAAAGAGUCAAAUGUGAUUGUAUUCCACUCCAGAAACAAAGAUUUUGUUUAAAUUAAAUUUGAACAAGAGGUCCAAAAUGAAAAAAAGUUUUAAAUAUUGUGUAAAAGUUGGUAGCAUGUAACCAAAUUUUUGAGUAAACUGACAGCAACCCCUUUUAUUUUCUUACAGAUGGCAUCGAGUGGCCAUCAGCGUACACAAACAAACCAUCACCCUCAUUCUGGACUGUAAAAAAAAGACCACACAGAAGCUGCUUCGAAGCCCAAACCCAAUCAUUGAUACCAAGGGAAUUAUAGUGUUUGGAACUAGAAUACUUGAUGAAGAAGUCUUCGAGGUAAGAAUUACACCCUAACUGCUUAUCUGAUUGUGUUUUUCUCUUUAUUCAUUCAUUUUACACCAUUUAGGGCUAUUUUAAUUUUCACUUUUUACUUUGUCCAGUUUGUGCUAUUGAUCAGCUAUGAUUGACUGAGUGGAUCUUGGUAAAAAUCCAAUGAGAUCCUCCUUUCUGACUACAGUAUGGUCAUAUUGUUGGUCAUCCCCAAACUGAGCUUCAUUGCAUGAAAUGGAGAUAGUGGUAGCCACCACAUUCUCCAUCCACAACAUCUGAUCCCCCAGACCCCACUGUCCAAGCAUACACAUGCACACAAUCAUAAAUCAAAUUGAAUAUCACGCGUCAUGUUUUCCAAAUCUGCCACAUAAGAAAACAAAAUUGCCUUGAAUUUGUUUCCAGCUCUCCAACUGCGCUGCAUUUGUUUGCUGUUCAUUCUGCAUCUGUUUUCUGCUAUUCUUAAGGCUUGCCUCAUUGUGGCUAAUAUAGCUUAAGCCUAAACGUUGGAUUUGUCCUUGUGGUUUCCUGUCUGGAUUCUCUUUUAGAAAUUUUGGUUUACAUAGAUUAUUCAUCAAGUGCUGACAGGUUUUCAUUAUAAGAAUAAGAGCUCGCUUCUUACUUCCUCCUCUUCUCAUAUGUAUGAAAGCUUUGUGGCUGUAGAUGAAAGAUUGAUGGUAAUCUGACUAAUUACAGGAAAACCUUGGUGGUUUUUUUCACUACUUGGUGAUACCUGAUGUGCAUUGUAUCAUAGGAUACUUGCUGUUUCUUCCCGAAUCACUGUGAAGAGUCAGAAGUAGGCUGGUUGGUGCCCAAAAUGGGCUUUUGUGUGGAUAUUUGUGCCUCCUAAACAUGACCCUUUUGAGGGACACGCACACACACCGCACAGAGAGGCACAAGGAAUAGUGUUGUCUUUGUCCUGUCAGAGUUGUGCUUGUUUAAAGGGGGAUUAGUCUGUGAGGCUGAGGCCCUCAAUAAUAAUUAGUAACAGAGGCUGACUGAUGUGACUGAUGCUGAGCCAGGUGACCUUUAACCUCACUGCUGCUCAACGGGAACACACAAAAAGACUGAAAAAUGACAUCAGCGUCCCUAAAGUCGACCCGCAAAGCCAUUAGAGAGAUAUGUGAUGAGGUAUUGAAAUCAAACGUCACUUUUUGCCCUUUUUCCAAACCAUCAAUCAAAAGUGCUCGAUCAAAAUCAGAGUUUACUUAUUCAGAAAGGACAAACAGUGCGAUAUAUAUGUUCACCGUGUAUGCAGUAGUUAUCAAAUUAUAUCUUAAUCGAGCUAAGUGUAACUUAAUUACUGCUUAUCAACUUUUACCUUUUACCUUCUAGUUAAUAUUACGCAUAUUUCCAUUUUGUCAUCUAUCUGCAUCAACUCGGGAUAUCCAGUCAGUGGUUUUAAUAAGAAGUUAUUACAGCUAUCUAUACACUCAAGUCCUUACCAGCUGAAAUAUUAAAUAUCAAAACAAACUAGAUGAAAAUCCAUUUUAGAUUAGGUUUCCUGUGUCUUAGCAACAAAAAGUCAUCUUUUACCAUUGACUUCCUUUCAAAUCCAAUUACAGAUAUAUAAAAUGUAAGUGUUAUUCAUUUCCUCUUCAAAGCCAUUCUCAUUUUUUGAGAUUUGCGAAUUUUGCCAUUGACAUCCAUUCAAAACCCAUUUACAGAUGCUGACUUGUUUUAAGUUUGCAUUGAGGGGGCUCAAUUUAAAAAUGAUAACUACUAGAUAAUUUUCAAUAAUAAAGAUAUUAUCAUCAACAAAUUCCUUCUGUUUGAUUAAGGUGAUAGAAGAGAUGGGAUUCAAUGGAAGUUUUUUUGUCACAGGAUCAUUUAGAUGAACAUUGGCCUACCACUGUAUUAAUAUUCAUCUACAAUUCCUCUCAUCCUGGUUGAAUGUUCACUUUAAGUAGGUAUAUACUGUUUACAUCGUAAGAAGCAAAAGUCAUUUUGUACCAUUGACUUCCAUUCAAAACCCUGUUGCAGGUAUUUAAUUCAAAUUAAUGCUAAUUUGAUUGAUUAUACUGUUAUUUUGACAAGGUCAUAGUUUAAUUGUGGUUAACUACAAUUUAUUUCUCUUUAUUUAUCAUGUUUUUAUCAGCAAUGAAAAUCUCUCUAAUUUCAGAUAGUGGUAAGAAAGAAACACUAUGAAUCACAACCAGCUAUCAGAACCACUGUAAUGACCUCUUGUUACCGUGGGAACAGACAGAUAUUUAGUGAGUGAUGUUAAAAGCCCUCCUGCUGUGUGUCUGCCAGUUGGGAGACAGGAUAGGCUCCAGUGAGUGCAGAAAAUGGAAAAUAUGCCACAUAGUUUCCAAAUUGUGCUUAGGCUCUGCUCUCUGUUCCCACUCGUACUCCUUUCCCCCCCCUCUGAAGGUAAAACUGAUGCUGUGUUGACUUUUGCCAGAGUCAGUUACCAGAGAGAGGUGUUGAGCAUAAAAACACACGAAAAAAUGUUUUUGAUGUCACUGACAGGCCAAUUAAUUCAGUUGACUUAGAAAGCCUGCAGUUUCUCUUCAGAGAAAACAGCAUGUCGAAUGUAGAAGCAACAAAAAGAGAAAAGGCUCUCUGAAUUUUGUUUUAAAAGAAAGCUGCUUCAACAGGAAUCACUUGGUUUCUUCGAGUUAGAUGUCUUUGGAGUCUGUAUACAAGUUCUUGGAGAGAGUUUGUUGCAACAGAAGAGGCUAUCAAAGUUGGGAAGAGUUGAAAAGUCCAACAACUGUUGGCUACAAAGACUACAAGGUACAUGCUGUUCUUAUUCUAAUUAAUUAAAUCAAGAGAAAUAAAGGUUAAAAUGUUCACAAAAAGUUAAAAAAGUUAAAAAGUAAACUUUACCUUUACUCAAAACCGGGUAUCAGAAAAAAUAAAUCAAAAUAGGGAACUUUACUGACUCUUUCUGAUACUAUAAGCGACAAUGUGCUAUAUGUAUGGAUAUGAUACCAUAUGGUCUAACAUAAUGAGAUCUGAUAAGAUGUGAGAUAGUGUAUGAUACGAUACAAUUGGAUUUAAAGGGCCAGAAACAGUGUGGUACAAUGUGGUGGAUUACGAUCUAAUACAACACGAUACAAUACUAUAGGAUAUGAUACGUUAUGGUAUAUUCGGUGGGUUACGGUACAAUACUGUACAAUACAACAUGAUACAAUACAAUAUGAUAUGCUAUAAUACAAAACAAUAUGUUACGAUACAAUAUGUCGUGAUAGGAUACGUCAUGAUAUGAUACAAUAUGAAACUAUGCAACUAGAUAUAAUAGGAUAUGAUACAGUGAUAGUGUAUGGUAUAACCUGAUAUAGUACUUGACAGUAUGAUCUUCUUACUGAUUUAAUUAUAAAUCAGCAUUUUAAAGUCGGAGUUCUUUGGACUUAUUAACAUCUGCUUUCAUUAAUAUUUUGACUUUAUCCCAGAAUUCUGUUCAACUGUCUUUAAGUCCAUUAAAUCUGUCUGUAUCAAGGUCAUACAAAAAAAAAAAAAAGACAUUUCCUCUGCUGAUACAUUCCUUCCAAAGUCUGGUAUUGAUACUGAAAGUUUAAGUACACAGUGUAAUGCAAUAAAAACUCUUUUUCCUGUAUGUCUUGCCCCAGUCGUCUUCCAUAUUGCAAUCAUAAUUUCUCUGCCUGUAAACGUCUUCAGUGGAACUUUUUUUCUGUGUAUGCGUCAGUCAGGAGGCCAGUGGCACUUACUGUAUGCUGAGGUGGUUUGUGGUUUGGUUUCUAGCAUGGUUAUUGUGGUCAAAAAGAGAGUCUUUGCCCUCUAAAGCUGCCAAAGUGGCUUUUUUUCAUAGUCGUUUGAAUAACAGCACUGUAGAAUGAGCUGGUAAAGAGUAUGAAGGUAAUUAAGGUGAAAAUUAUGCUAGGGAAGAAAUGUACUUUACCUGGUAAUCAGUGCUCAUUUGUUGCCAUUGAAACAGUUAUUACAGCAUCAGAAUGACCGUAAUGUUCAUGUUAAAAAUCAGUCAUUAAAGUCAUCAAGUUCAGGACUUUUUCUUGUUGAUCUGCAGGGUGUGCAUGCCAGGUUAUUUUAAUCCCUGUUGUCAAGUAGAAAAGGCCCACAUGAGUUUGUCCAUCUGCAGAACAUAUCCUCUCACUUCCGCCUUCACUGUUGUUUCCCGCCUCAUGAGUGUGCCAAGAAUAACCAGAGAUAAUUUAAUGCCCGUCCCUCGGUUCUAAGUAGCGUUCAGUGAAACAAAUGGCUGCGGUGGGUCUCAGGGAACAUGUAAAGGACAGGCAGACGGCCUGGCCUCCCUUAGAGGUAAUCCGCCGGGGACUUUAGGUGGAGCUUUGCAAACACAGCACUUCUUGUUUGGCCUCCAUUGUUGCAGUGAAAGCAGGCUGAGUGCUAUCUUGUCUAGUAUGAAUGCAGCUCACCAUAAUGUGGGCACUCUUAAGAAACUUAUCCCAUAGCAUCGUCCCACCAGGUGGUACUUUAGCUUGAGUAAUUGCUUAUGUUGAGCUCCAGUCUAGUUCCAGUGCGGUUAUAAAAAUGUAUUAGUUGUAUACAUACACCUUCCUAACUGUAGCCCUGCAUACUGGUCACAUAGUAGAUUAACUGGUGGACUGCAAAUGUUGUCUGACUGUAGCUAACAAGUAAUUAAAGGCAUGGUUGACGAUCUGAGAAGCAGUUGAAAAAAACUGAGCCGUUGAGGCAGAUUUGAAAAAGCGUCCCACCCCCCACACACAAACCUCUACCCUCUGUGCUCCACGAUAACCCCCCCCCCAAACCUGUAUUGCCCUCUCCACGACACACCCACUCUGGCAGAGCAAGAAGCCGGCUGGCAGAAGAUCCUACACUAGCCUCAAAUAGGAUUCACCAUGUCGGAUUGCUAGUGGCUAGCGGCAGUAAAUGCUUCACUUCUGUUAGCGAGCACCAUCUUCAGCUGCCUGGACAGCUACCAUAUUGACAUUGCAGAGAUGAAUAAGAGUUAUUUAUGUAACAUGUGCCAUGAUAAAAGGCAAAAAUUACCUGUUCAACAAAAACUCUGCUUUCUCAGCAUCUGUUUUCAGGCCUAAAUCCUGGCAGAGCUGUCUCCACCACUCAAAGGAUAACCCACUGUUUAUUCGAGUUAGAUUCCUCGCUUGGUCACAUUUUUUCUUCGUCUCUGCCCUUUCUUUUUGUGUUGUUCUCCAUCGCAGCUCCUGUAGCUAGGCUGCUACGCUACUUUUAGCCGCUCAGAGCUCCAAUGAAGGCCGGGAGAGUGGGAGGGAUGAGUCGGAGCUACAGGAGAGGGGUGUGUCGAAUAUAGCAAGGUGAAUUGGAUGGAGAGACGGAGCAGGAGUUUGAACACUAGGAGCUGUCUGGAAUGCGAAUUUUCUUUUUGUAGGAUGGUAGGGGAAGGUCCCGCCCUCCUUCGCCUCUGAUUGGCUAGAAGUGCUGGGCUUCGAUUGUAUAUUCCUAAUGGCUGUACAAUGUCAUCGUCUGUCGCUUUAAGGAAGUGCGAUAAUGUUACGUAAUGUUCUGUUCGAUGUACAGAGCAGAUAGCCCGCAUUUGGCUUGAGCGUGUGAUGACGUUUCCAACUUUUCUAGCCAAUCAGAGGCAAAGGAGGCGGGACUUUCCCCUCCUUACCCCUACCGUCCUACAAAAAAAAAUUCGCAUCCGGGAUGGAUGGCUCCCAUUGGUCACUGUUUUUGCAGCCCUGCACCUACUAGGGUGAACAGAUUUUUCCAUUCUUUUUUCUCUUUACUUUGUGGAGAUCGCACUAUAGGACCACGAUCGCCAUAUAAACGAGGUUCAUAAAAAUUACCGAUCUCUUCAAUCCUCAACCAUGCCUUUAAAUGUUCUAGCUUGCAUGUCUACUAUGCACAGCUGAAUGCUAUUGUUAGCUGCUAUCUGACUGUAGCUGGAGCAUUUAGGGCUCAUCUUGAUAUAGACUAAAGAUGAACAGCUAUGGUGCAGCUUUCAAAGCUACUGUUGAAGCAGAGAAGAAGAUUUAACACUGACGUUUAUUUUUCCAGGGCUAACAGAUGAUGGUCCUGCAUCCUUACUCACUUAAUAUCUCAUUUGAGGCAGUUUCUGAGGUUUUUCCAAUACUGAUUCUGUUAUCGCAAUGACUCGAGUUUUUGUCAGAGACAUGGUUUAACUUGGCGUGUUUCGAGUAAGAGGAGCAGAGUACACUGGAAAUAGUCUGGGUGUUGUGAAAACAAGAUGUUGAGCGUGUGGAGGAGCGGAGAAUCUGGAGCCGUUGGUUUACGGUUGAGCAGCCAAGACUUUGGGUCAUACUCUGGAAAGAAUGAGGAGCUCUCUCCCCCCCCCUCUGAUGUCAGUCUUGGAACAGCGGUUGCGCCACAUGACAUCAUCCAGAGGUUUCCUUGGUAGCUGCUGAUAGGCCGGUGGUCUGAACAAGUCCAGGGGUUGUGUAUGUGUGAGUUGGGGGUGAUAAGUUGAGUAGCAUAGGUGAGAAAGAAUGAUGGGCUUGGAAAGAUGAGGUUAAGAGGAGGUGAAUAAAGGCUCAGGGAUGGAAUGAGUGUGGGAGUCAUUAUGAUAAGAGGAGAAGUCUUUGGAUGAGGCGGGUUUGGGAGCCCCCAGGCUGCAACCAGGGCCAGGAAAAAGUAGUAAAAACAUGCAGCACAUGAGCUUGAUGCUCGUUAAGAGCUUUAAUGUUGUGAUGGCACGAUGAGAUUUACACAUCCUGUUUUCUCAUCUUUUGCUCAUGGGUUUUCUUAAUGUUCACUCGGCACCCACAAAUUUAUCGUUAUAUGUUUCAGUAAUCUAAGGUUAGGAUUUGUUCAUCCCCAGUGCUGCUUCAGAUUUACAGCUAAUGAAAAGGAGAGUGUACAAGUGCUGUGGAUAAAGUAGAAUCCAGCUAUAUAAUUAUACAGGAAACUUUACUGUAAGGUUUUCUGCUGUACACCGUAAACAUCUUUAUACAGUAAUCUAGGAUAAGUUUUGAUGUUAAUACAAUGUGAAAAAAUGAAACAAUACAAUAUGAUACUGUUCAAUACUGUACGAUACAAUACAAUGUGUUAUGAUGCAAUACAACAGAACAAUAUUAUUUGGAGGGAUACGAUACAAUGCGAUAUGACAGCAUGAUCAAAAGGAUGCUAUAUGAUAUGAUAUGACUUAGUAUGAAACAGAACAAUACAAUAUAACACAAUUUGAUGCACUACCGUACAGGACAAUACAGUAUGAUGCAUUAUGAUACAAUCUAAUAUGCUAUCAUCUGACAUAGCACAAUAUAGUACGAUAUGAUAUGAUGCGUUACACUACAAUACAAUAUAAUGUGGAAUGAUACAAUACAACACGGUAUUGUACAUUUUGAUAUAAAAUGAUAUGCUACCAUACGAUCAAUACAUUAUUAUACCUGCAAUUUCAUAUGACACGAUACGAUACAAUACUAUAUGAUAUGAUUUAAUAAAAUAUGAUAACAUAUGAUAUGAUAUGAUACGAUACGAUAUGACACUACAUGACACAAUAUGAUAUGGUAUGAUAUGACGCAAUGGGAUAAGAUGAUACGAUACACUACGAUAUGAUAAGAUACAAUGUGAUAUGACAGGAUAUGAUACGAUACAAUACAAUAUGAUAAGAUACGAUAUGAUAUGAAUAGGUUUACGAUGCCUUGUGAUAAGAUAUGAUACGUUAUUGUAUGAUAUGAUAUGAUAUGAUAUGAUAGCUUGUUAUACUAUGUUAUGGAACAUGAUGGGUUAUGAUGUUAGAUAGGCUAUAAAUUGGUUGCUUUAAACUCCAUGUUUGAGAACCACAAGGCAAAGAACACCCCCCUAAAAGUUCCCAUACAAUCUUCGCCAGAGCCCUUUUUAAUUGAAAAUUUAAAGUGUGAGGAAUCAGUCAAGAGAGAAAUAAGAUAGGUUAUCAUGAGUAAUUGGGGUUCUCUGGUGUACUGUUAUUUUCCUUCAACUCUGUUUUGAACUGCAGUAAAGUUCAGAACAUGUUCCACAUGAGCGUUCCAAAAUCAGAAUCUACUUUAAUCCAUUUUGGCUCAGGGUCUGAGGGAGAACUAAUAUUGAUAUUACAAAUUAUUCCAGGUUUUGACUGGGGUCUAAUAACACUCAAAAGGUCAAGACUUUCAAUCAUUAAGUUCAAGAGUGGGAAACUUAGAGUUAUAUUCUUUCAUUUUUAUUGUAGAAAAAGUACCAAAAUCAGUAAAAAGCCUAAAUUAAAUGGAAAGAUAAUAGCUUCUCUUGAGGAUCCUCUUGGAAAUAAGAUACCCCUCUUGGGUCAUUGUGACUGAAGAGGGGUAGAAAUGGGGCUGUAUCCAAAAAGCAAUUGCAUUGAGUGGUUUAAGUAAAGUUUUUUAAGGAGUUUCUCAUUGUUUAAGAUCAAUAAGGUGGAUUAUUUUAAACCUAUUCAUCAGUGUGAACACAAAUGAGUCAUUAAAAGACACUUACAGCCACCCAAACACAGUAAAAUUAGAUACAGAGGAAUGGGGUCACCAUGGAGAAACAGAGUCAGGUACUUAAGUGGUCUAGAUGUCAGUCGGGUUAAUGAGUCUAUUGUAAGAGGUGUUUCUUUUAGUCGACAUCCUCUUACAUUUUCAUUAGCAUUCAUUUGGAGUGCAGGCUACAGAAGUACCAUAAAGUUUAAUCAACACCUCUUUAAACUGUUUGGAGAAUUACAAGACUGCCUUAAGGAUUGCAUUGGUUUUCAGUGAAUCCAAUAAGCUUGCCGCUGAGCUCAUUGUGCUGUAAAAUCAAGAGCAAAUGUGUUUUUUUUUUUUUUUUUUGUGGAACUACAGUUUUCCCACAGAUAAAGUCGAGUCCGUAGGGACGGGAUGCAUUCGAGAUUAAUUUGAGAGGCAUUCUGGCUCGAUGUGUGAACUGCAAUCUGUCCCAGCUGGAUACAUUAAUCCAUCUUGGUACAUCCAUUUUGGGAGCAUUAGUCAUCCUGAUAAUAGGUUAAAGCAGAUUUGAAGAAGAAAACUUGUGGCUGUGUGAAAAUGUAGCUGUGUAUGUCUUUUAUUGUGCCUUAGAAAGAGGAUAGUUUCAAUCCUAAUCCUUAGCAUGCGUCUGCUGUGGUGGAUCUUGCCAAACUUAAAAUGUCAUGCUUGACUGUCAAAGCAUACUACAUACAUACAUCCAGACUAAGGAAAGGGAUAUAGACUUCAGUCACUUUAGAGAAGAUGGAGUUUCCAACAUGGAUAAUGAAGAGAAUUUCCCCAACCCAUGUCAGAUGUUUGUCUUUCGCCUCCUUAUUCCUUCUGUUAUUCCUUCACUGUGUCAGCACGUCCUAAAGUGUGCCCUCAGCACUUUCUGGGUAACGUAAAAUUCACCAAAUGGCCAAACCAAACACUAAGAGUCUACGUCUGUUAGACCUGAGGAGACGCUCUGGUUUCCAUUCCCCCCCUUGAAUGAAAGGGUAAUGGGAAUAUGGCUGCCAGGAGUCCUCAGAGACGUUGAAUUAAAAUCGUAUACAGGAGGGAGUGUGAUGGGGGAUGGGUAGGAGAGAAUUGGAGAAGAUGGGGGGGGCAAAGACUGGAUCCAAAAACAGGACAAUGAGGAAGAGGUGAGGGAAGGUGCUGUGCAGAGGAUAAGUAGGGUGGCAGACGGUCCUGUUGCUCUUGGCAGCUGAUCUGAAUGAUGGGAUUUAGCUACAGUCUGGAGGGGAAAGCGUCUGAGGGUGAAAAUUUACUCUAGGUCUGGUGAAAGUGGAGUUGAAUUCAGCUGAAUGCAUUUCCAAAAGUGUUCCUUAACAUGUUAAGUGCAUGUUCAUAUCGUGCAGACAGCAUGCAUGUCUUUGGUUUUCACGUCCAUGCGUGUUUUUGUGCUGAUUUAUUGCCCCUGUGUGGCAAAGCUGACCUCCGCAGUGUGUUGUUUGGUUUUCGUGGUCAGAUUGGAGGUUGCCCAGGCUCUGAGGCUGGGAGUGUGUCAGUGUGGGCUGGCAGUGGGACCAGGUCCUGGCUGGCUCCGAGCUCAGGGGUGACUGUGUAAAUAUGUUGUGAAAGUAGCUCGCCCCCUUUAAACGCAGCCAGAGCUCGGACCUCCCAGAGUCUUAUCCUGCUCUGAGGGGGCCCUCCUGCCCAAUUUUCCUGUGCUGAAAUAUGACCAGAAAAGUGAUGAGAAAGUGGAGUUUUUCUCUUUAAAGCUGCCCCCCUUAAGCUUUCGGCGGGGCGUUAAAUGCAAACAAAGUCGUUAUCAGGUGUCCCAGUGGACUUACAGGAGGAGCAGGAGUUGGUUUCUGCUGUUUAUUUCAUGCUUUGGUGCUCUAAGCCAAGAAAGUGCAAAUUUCAUGCGACGCUGAGCCCGACCCCCCUAAACUGACAUCACUCUGAGACCUCUCUCUCUCUCUCUCUCGGAAUAACCCUUUGUCGGCUCGUGUCUCGUCGUACUUUGAGUGCAUGUGCAUGCGAAAGAGUGUGAAAAAAAACAUGGAUCCAUGCAGUUAUGUUUCAGCAAAAACCCUCCUUACAUUUGAGAGACAUCUGCAGAGUUUUGAUUCUUUGGAAACACACUGAUAUUCCUCCCCUUUUCCAUGCAUGAAAUCUUUUUAUUCAGAAGGGGGAACACAAUGAACUCAGUCCACCCAGCGUGAUUGUGGGUCAGGUUCAGAUGGAGACAGAGUUUGGCUCCAUGCUCUUUGGAGCACUCUCCUGCCCCCACCUGGACACUUCCAGAACAUCCAUCAGGGAUAACUGUGAGUGUAGGGGGGAUUAAAAGGGUGAGGUCCUGGAUUUGAAGCCAGAAAGUUGAUUUCACAUUUAAACACAGGAGGAAUUGAAGGAUUUCUGAGUGCUGUUCAUACAUCUAGAUGCAGGCUGCAGCAUGUAAACAGCCGUGGAUUAAUGCGAGCAUUCAACAUGAAGUAUGUGAAGUGUGCAUGGUCGUUACUCACAGCCACAGGCAACAGUUUCAACUCCUCUCCACCAGAGUUCGACACGAGGCGAGCGUUGGCCAGCAGAAGGGUCGUAUUUCAGCCCAGGCAAGGGAGAUGCUGACAGCAGCAGCCCUGUUAUUGUCUGAAAACUCUCCCUUAAGCACCACUCUGAUAUGCCACAUGAUGCUCCAGAGUGAAAAAUGUCACCAUCCCCUCCUGAAAAGGAAAGAUGAUUGCAUGUCUUUUAGGGUUCCCUGCGGCGAUUGGGUGUGAUUGUAUAAUUUCAGGGAUUUUUUUCCCAACGGUGUGCUUUUUUUGGGGUGUGGGAUUUGGUGUUCCAGUUUGCACGUGUUGCUGUAUGGUAAUCAUUCUGCAUGCGGCACUUUUUCAUGCUUGCCUCCCUCGAUUCUGCGGUGAGGGAGGAGCUUUAAAUUCCUGUUCUUUUGAAGUCUUUGGUUAACCGAUCACUUUUAUCGAAUCCUGAAUCCCUGACUUUGCACAAGCUGUAGUUUGAGAGCAGUUUCAGGCCAUCAGAGUAUAAAGAAGUAGCCUCUGUAUACAGUAAUGGAGAAAAUAUCUCAUGCAUUAGUGCGCUGCAGGACUGAGUGCACCAUCCAGCGCCAGAAUACUAAAUGAGAAAUUUGGCAUUAGCAUACAGCUGGAGUACAGUAAAGGAAUAUUUAGUGCUUCCUUACAUCUGUAGCAGUGGUUUAUAUAAUCUCAGUGUUUGGCACCUCAGCUCGUGAAGUGAUGUGUGGUGAAAAAAGAGCAGCUCUGGCUCAAAGAAAGGAAAUCAGAACCAGCUUUAGUGGUUGUCACGGUGGAUCAAGACUUUGACAAUAGCUUCUCUGUGUAGGUGUGUGGUAUGUCAUGGCUGUAUGUUUAUGUGUGCGGAUGAAGGUUGGAAAGGAAAUAAACAUUUUUAAAUGACUCCUUGCAGGUUGAGGUUUUUUUUUUUUACCAUGAUCCGGUUUGGAAAAAGAAAUUUGAUUCUCAUAUAAUUUACUUUCCUCACACCUGCAGCAGAGCCAGUAUAGCAGACUUUUAAUUCAUUCAUCCGUUAGAAAGGCCAUCUGUGAAUAAACGGUCAAUACAAAUAAUCCACUGAAUGCAACAAAGCAAUGUUAGUUUUGCUAAAGGCAUCCAUUAGUUGGUGGAUUUCUGCUCUAAAGGCUCAUGGUUAUCAUAUUUUAUGAUAUCAUUAAUGUGCUCCGUCGUCGUCUUCAUCGUUUUCUUCCUCUUAUCUGGGUCCGGGUUGCGGGGCAACAGCUUCAGGAGGGGAGCCCAGACGGCCCUCACCCCAGCCACUUCCACCAGCUCCCAAGCGCUCCCAGGCCAGGUGAGAGAUAUAAUCCCUCCACCUGGUCCUGGGCUGGCUACGAGGUCUCCUACUGGUGGGACAUGUCCAGAACACCUCUAACGGGAGGCGUCCAGAAGGCACCCUAACCAGAUAGCCAAGCCAGCUGACUCCUCUCGACGUAAAGGAGCAGUGGUUCUACUCUGAGCGCCUCCGGAGACGUGCAUUUUACUUACCAAUUAAAUGCCAGUGAUCCCUGAGGCUUUCACACGUGUCUUAUUGUGUCAGUUAAAAAAAGAGAGAAAAACAAACUGGAGAAAGGGAUGUGGAUGGGAAACCUGUUGCCCCCAGUUUGUAGACUGCCCCUGUAGGGAGAAAAUGGAGAGAAAGGCACUGGAGAAUGAGAAGUAAAUGAGAGCGCUGUUCACACGUGUUCCAUCUGUUAACAUGGAGGACCAAUGCUACAGCUAGCCACCAGAGGGAGCUCUUGAAGUUAUGGCUUCACAUGAGAUAGGCGGUGAUCUGUUCGUUGCUGUAUACAGUGGAUGGCUGAAAUUAACCAUAUUCAGCACACGCCAUUACACCAUAGUUGGUCGCUGAGCAAGAACUUGUUGACAACACAUGCUAACAAAGCUUUCAAUGCUUUAUCGUCAUGGGUAUGGAUAUAAAACCAAAGAUAGAGAGCUUAAUCUAACUAAUAAAAAGUUCCCAAAAGUUAUAAAGAAAAAGUGUGAUAACUAUCUCAUAGACUUACAAUGGGUUCAACCAAUUAAUUGGCCCCCUUCUGCACAUUUUUGAGUAUGCAGGUGGAGACACUUCCAUGUUGGCCUGACAAAUUCAGAUAAUUGUUGAAAAAAGUUAUCAUUUACUGAACGACGACUCUAAAAAGUUGCUUUAUGGGAAAUGCAGGAUAACUUUUUGACACUUCUACUGUUGAUCCUAAUCUUAGGUCCCCGUUUUUAGAGAAGAUGUUUGUUUGUGGAUAACCUGACCAUCUAUGACACUGAAAGUUGCAUCUUGGGUAAUGUAGGCCAAUAAUAGAAGUAGACAGAUUAUCAGCAUUUAAAAGUUUUAGUUUAUAAUUUUUCAAUUCUAAUCUUGACAUAUUUUUUUUUUUUCAUUUUUGCCGACGAUGCAAAAAUCAGUCAUCUGUAUCGGCCUUAAAGAACUGAUAUCAGUCGGCACAUUUAGGCCUCAGUGUUUUGUUGAUCUUUCUGGACUACAUGUCUCACACUCUGUUGCUUUGACUUCAACAACUAAAUCCUAAAUCUAAGUUUCUACUCGGCCUCUUUUAGAGAAAAGUAUUUGUUUCAAGCUUCUCUUUCCAUCUGCUGUUGGUUUUAUAUAGAGCUGUGUUCCUGGCCUCCAUUUUUAUAGAGUUGAAUUUUUAACACUGAAUAAAACUUCUGCCUUCAAGAACUAUUUGUGCCGCAAAGUCCAGCUCAGCUCAGCUUCACAUUCCCUCUCUGGCUUAUUCUUCUUCUUCGUCUUCCUCUCAUCCCUUUUUCCCUUUCUCUCACAUGCCUCCGGCUAUAGACUUAGCACAAUCAGAUGCAGCCAUCAGCUUUUUUCCAGCCUCAAAGAGAUCCUCCUCGCAGCGUACUUUUUUCUUUCUAGGCAUGCACACGACUCUUUCUUCACUGUGUGUACAUGCCACACAUCAUUAAACACAUUCUGCUGUCAGUCGCUGCGAGGAUGUUCUCAUUAACGCCUAGGUGUGUGAUUAAUCAUCUCAUCUCGACACAAUUAGGAUCACACCUCUCGCGGCUCGGGAUCUACCCUGACAUUCCUCUCGGUUGCUCUGGGAGAUGCAGAAAAAGAGAGUGGUGGGAAAAAAGAGGAGGAAUAAGCAGAGAAUGGCAUGUGAAUAGGGAAGCAGUUGCACAGCUCGAGAUGUUAGGGCUGUUUUGUUGUGCAGCGGGCUUAUUCCUUAUUGAACGUGACCUCAUUUUAAACAUUGAAUUCCCAUCAUCCUCUUUCGGAGCAGCUGCGACAGGCAGUCUUGCCAGGAGGAGAGAGAGAGAGAGACACUUAAACUGAUAGCAAGUUAGGACUCUGAGGUAGCCGUUUAAAAGUUUCCUGGGAGAUCUGUAAUGGCAAUUCCAGGUUUACUGCCUCGGAGGAAGUAUUGGGGAUUUGUUUUCCUGUAUCCCCCACAAACCCGGCCGAUAUUCUCAGCCAAGACGACUCGAGCUUGUGGGGUGUUUUGCAAGUGUUGUUAAAGGAGGAUUCGAGAAGGGGGCGUUCUGUGUGGUGUGUUGGAGUGUAGAGCUAUCAAUGGUUAGACCACAAACACAAUUCGUUCCUGUUUGUCAGUAAAGAGGGCAAUCCACGGAGAAUUGAAGCUGGGAAGACUUUUUUUUUUCUUUUUUUUUUUGCGCAUAAUUAAAAACACUUACUGGUUUGUUCGCAUAGCUGCGCCGCUUCAUGAUUGUCAUACCUCCCUGAAAAUAUAUUUGUUUCGGCUUCACUGACAUCGUGUUUGAUUGAUGUGGGAUGACGACACCGCAUUUGGAUGAACAUGUUUGAAUAGAUACAACACAGUCUUUUCAGCGCCAUAUGCAUGCUAGCUUGAAAACAUGUGGCAAACACGCACACACCCUGCUCCCUGUGUAGCCCGGGGAUCCUUCUGAGCCGUUUCCUCCUCACUCUUGUUCUCUCCUGCUCUUCUCUGUCUCCUCUUUCCUUUCUUUCUUUCUCUCUCUCUGCCCCAUCCCCCGUCAAGUGGACUAAGUAUAUGUAAACACUCCUUUAUGUCGAACAGCUCAGGUCAGCGAUCUGUGAGUGCAGGUCUGCUCAUGUUUUUGGAAGUUGAUCCAUCCGUUUUUCACCGUUGCAGAUUGAGGUCAGGGUUUACAGUAUGCAGCCCGUUCCAAAUAAUUCAUCUGUGUGUGUUUUGUCAUCGUCCGCAGCUAGAUGAAGUCAGUUCUUCCAUGUUCUCUUGUUUGCUGCAAGUUUUCUUCAUCGCUUGUUUGCAGCUAUGAUUUAAAACGACACUUUUGGACGGCGGACAAAGUUCUUCAUCUUUUAGUCAUCCUCAACUUCCCUCUGGCUUGACCUACUUUCCUCUACUGCCUGUUCUGCAUGUGCUAAUGCCUCACACAGCUGUUCCCCCCGCAUCUUUUAUUUGUUUAUAUACUGUCAUUUUUUCCCCAUCAGGUCACAGAGUGUGAGAAGGACAGCCAUCUUCGUCUCUGUUUGUUUGUUUGUUGAUUUACAACUAUGGCUCACGUCCAGUCGGUCUCAUAACCUCCUGUUUCUUCUGCUUUUCAGGGAGACAUCCAGCAGCUAAUGAUUGUAGCAGACCAUCGUGCUGCCUAUGACUACUGUGAGCACUAUAGCCCGGAUUGUGAAGUGCCAUCACCUGACCAGCCUCAGAACCAGGACCCCAACACAGAUGAAUAUGUGAGUAACCAGACCUUUGAAUCAAAGUUGAUAACUAUUAUAUGGACAGAAAGACAGUUUUGGGACCAGAAGAUAAGAUCAUAAAUCUCCCUCAUCUCCGCCAUGCUAAUUAAAUCAAUAAACUUGAAACCAAAUUUACAUUUUUACUCCUCGAAGCCAUAUUUCCUGAGGCUUCCCCCUCCAAGUCAAGGCUGUCACAUUUCCUGUCACACGAGGCGAGAUAAUUUUUCUCAUGGCUGACCCCACCGAAGGAAGUACAUUUCCCUUAAUCCAUAAUUUUCUCUAAUACUUCAAAUCAGAUCUUUGGAUCCUGAGCUAGGAAACAGCUUCUUGGCUUUAGCGAGAGAGCCGCGCUCUGCCAGAAGAAAGUGCUGAGUGGGGGAAGAACGGAGUUAUCAGUUAGUUAAUAAUGUUCAGGAAUGAUGUGGUGCCUGCCUAAGCCUGCAUCUUUGCACCCUCGCUCGCUGUACACUCUGAAUACCAAUCAAUGUAUGCAUGUUAAGUGAAGGAGUGUCAGAGAGGUGUGAAAAGAUAGACGGGAAGCUCUUCCUCUUGACCUUUUCCUCCGCCUGGGGCCUGUCAGUGUGCCUGAUAGGUUUACACUGAUGUGACCUAUUUUUCCUUUUUUUCCUCUUAAGAUGAAUUCAUUAAUAAAGAAGAGGAAAAGCUAUUUGUCAUUUAGUUGUAACAAGUUGUAACUGGGAGAUACAACAGGCGGUGUCCCCCAAGUGGAAGGCAUUCUUCUGCUGAUUGUGAUCGAUGGUCGGCAUGUUGCACAUUUAUCAGCUGGACCCAGUAGCAGCAGCAGCAGCAGCAGAGCAGUAUUCAUUGAUAACUUUUUGUCCCUGCUGAGUGUCUGUGUUUUGUUUCUGUCCUUUAGACCAACAGGGAGGACAACUACUAUUACGAAUACCCUUACUAUGAUGACGUUGAUGGCAGAUCUUAUGAUGCUGAAACGGAGACGACCACAAAAGUACUCAAGGUAGCGUGGCACACAGACUUUUCAUGCAUGUUCACUUGUUUGGUUUCACACGCAACAAAGACAAAAAUGAUAUCCCGCUUCCCUUUCAGGAGACGGAUGGAGGCCGUGUGGUGUCUACAGUUGAAGAAGUUUUGUCUGGAAUCGGCGGCACCGGUGGCAAAGUGACAUCCGCCUCCACUGGCUCUUCCUCCAGCAGCUCAUCGUCAAGCUCUUCAGGUACGGCGGCGGGUGGAGGAGAAGCCUACGGAGAGGAGACCGGCACCUACGACAGCUAUGACGGCUAUUAUGAAAACUACUACGAGGAGUCCACAGCCUCACCCGACGGCGACACCUCCAGACGCAUCACCAUCACUAGCACCGGCGCUGGCACAGGAAGAGACCUGGAUCUGGGAGUAGGGGGAGAUAUCAAGUUGGAUGCAGGGACUGGAAUCAACAGGGUCAUCACCAGCGGCGGAGGAGGAAGUUCAAUAACCCUCACCGGCAAUAAGACAUCAGUAGGUUGACACUGAUUACACAGACAGCCUCUCUUACUUAGUGUCAGAGUUGGUUGAUGAAUGUCAACCAGAUUUAUCGAUUAACUGUUGAAUUACAUUUCAAACCCCAUUCUUCACAUGCCAUUCAGGCUUACCUGCACUCAGAAUCUUUAAUCCACCAAUCAACAUUAGGGCAGCAUGAAUUGAAGAUGAAUGUAAAUAUGGAGGAUAAGAAAUGUUUUCCAACAUAGCUAAAAAAAAUGCCUGUUUUCUUACUCUGAAAUAUGGAUGUACGAUACUAUGCCGACAGAUGUGGAAAUUUCUCUAGAUAAUGAUGGAUUAAAAUGAAAUACGUCAAAGUGCAAAGAGGUCCAACAUGUCUGCUGUAGGGAAAUAUUUAAGGUGUUGGAAACACUUUCACCAAUUUCACUGUUUAUUUCAAGAACCGUUUAACAAAGCGAAGAAAUACCAUAGCAACCGUUUCUGUGAAUUAGGGCUGUCAUGAUACCAGAUUUUUACAUCACGGCCAUAAAGUAUCACAAUCAAGAGGUUUCAUCCCCGUCCUCUUGCUAUCCUGUAAACCCUACGCUCAAUAGAAUGUAAAUCCAUAUAAAUAUCUGUCUUUUUCUAGGUUUUAGGAGGCUACGAUGACUAUGGCGAUGGAUAUGAGUAUGGCACGGAGACAGUCCACAUCGGCGGAGGUGGCAGCAGCAGUAGCAGCACAGUCCACAUUGGUGGAGGUGGCGGCGGUAGCAGCAGCACAGUCCACAUCGGUGGAGGUGGAGCAGGUGGUGGCGGAAGCAGUAGCAGCAGCAGCACAGUCCACAUCGGUGGUGGAGGAGGCAGCAGCAGCAGCAGUACCAUCCAGAUUGGAGCUGGAGGAGGCGGCAGCAGCAGCAGUUCUACCAUCACCCUUGGGGGCGGAGGCGGUUCUGUGUCUGUCGGAGGCGGUUCUGUCUCCAGGGGAGGAUCCUCCUCUGCUGGUGGCGGAUCUGCCAGCGCCGGCACCGGUGCAGGAGGAUCCAUCGCCACGGGAACAGGUUUGGGUAUAGACGGUGAGGGCGACUACACCGAUCUUGAUGUGUUCAAGGAGGAUCCCAUCACCGACUACAGCGACUUGGACAUCUACGACGCCUAUGGAGAUCUGGAUUAUGCCGACAAAGAGGACAAAGUUCUGCCUGCUGAGACCGAUGAGUACUACGGACAGGUGAGAGUCACCGCAAGGAGACACUUGAGAGUGUGAUGAUGAUGAAGAAGAGACAGUCUGAUUGUGUUUGCCUCUGUGUAUUUGGCGUUUAGGUCGACGGCGCUCGCGGCGAGAAGGGACAGAAGGGAGAGCCUGCUGUUAUUGAGCCUGUGAGUAUCACUAUUUCAACAACAUACUAAUGCAACAGAUGUAGGCUGCGAGUGCACAUGGCCGCUCUGCGCGCACACGGUUGUUUAGAUUUGCGAGUACAUACGAAUGAGCCACGUGUAAACACAGUCCAGCUCUCGCUCCUGAAUGAAAAUCCCAGAUCCAAACACUCUUUAAGGCCUUCAAGACUCUUCAUCGUCUGGUCAUCAGGACGGCAGAAUAAACAUUUGGAGAACAGCCAUGCAGGGAUGGUCAAUAAUCCCUAAACAGAGUGUGGGUAGUGUGUAAACACAGGAAGAAUGAAAGGAUUGACAGAAGCGAGCAAUAAAGACGAUUUCCCCCCUCUCUUCCAAAAAGUAAAGCUUUCAUAGACGGUAACAGGUGGAAAAGAUCCAAACCUGAAUACAGGUAACAUAGUAAAAAGAAGAAAUACACCUUCUCAAACCACACACAUGCAGGCUUGAUAUCUCUGAUUCAGCUACAGCUGCUUCACUUCAAACAAGAUGUCACUGAUCUCCACUCGCCAUUCAAGCCUCCAUGACUGAGUGUGUCAGCCUCCUAAGACACCCUUGUAUCUCAUGUGUGCAUAAGCAUGUUCAAAGAGUCCACAUCACCACUCAGUGUCUCUUGUAAACGUGCAAAAAGCAGACAGACUCACAAACAUUAACACCUCUCCCCCCUCCUCCUCUUUUUGCUCUUUUCACACACUAACACCCAGGGAGUUUUAAAGAUCAUUUACAGCCUUCGUAGGUAAAAAUGCUCAAUGAGUGCAGCUUGGGGAUGAAUGGGAAAAGAGCUGAAAUCACAUUUUUUAAAUAAGCUUGGGUAAAGAGUGGGUUCCAGUCCUCGUAACAAAGCAGGAAACCAAAAUGUCACCACAAGAGCAAACAAACAAAGCAAUAUCUCUGCAGCCGCAGAGCUGCAACAAUGCCUCUGUGAGAGCGCUAUGAAGUGAACUCCUUUUGUCUGUGCAGUAAAUGUAAGAAAUACUCUUGUGAAAUAUAUAGACUGCAUAUAACAAGCCAGCUCCCAAAGGCUUGAAAAGCACUAUUAUCUGGGAAAAAAGAGACCAGACACUGAAGAAGAAACAAAGAAAGCUAAGAAAUACACCAGUGUGAGAUUUUUCAGAGUCCAAUUCUGUAGCCAGGGUAUCAAAACCAGGGCCGGAUUCAGACUUUUUUGACAGGGGUGGUCCAGCCCAGGCACUGACUUCUGCAGGGGAGGCCUAAAGUAUGUGUGUAUACACAGGAAAGCAUUUAUUCACUCUUUCUAUUUUAACUAAUACUUUGUACUUUGAGAACUAGCAUUAAAGCAUUGUACAAGUUUGUAUUCCCCUGUAGCUGUUUUUAACUUUAUAAAAUAUCAAGGCAUACCCCUUUAAAGAUGUCUAAUGUGACAAAUUAAGGUAACAGAGAUGCCGUUUUAGCUAAGCGAGUCGAGCAGACGCCUCAUGUAUGAAGGCUUCAAUUUUUGUUGCGCAACUAAUUCUAGCAGUUAAAACUUUGAACUAGUUUAUAAAAAACGCUCAUUAAGUUAAAGGAUUACCUCCAUAAAUGUAUAACUUCUUACAUUCCUGCAUUAUUUGCUAAUUUAGGUAAUUCCAUAGAGUACUUUUUGGGUAUAACUGAUUACUAAAAUUUCAGAAUUAACCCCAAAAAGUAUGAAAAAGUACAAAAAAAGCUAUCUGACAAAGCAAACAACUGGUCAAACUUUGGAUUCUGGGGUGGCCUGUCAGAGGGGACCGGUGGCACCCCUGACUGUCCCUUUGGAUCCGCCCAUGAACGUGAAACUGCGUAAGUCCAUUUUAACAUAGUGAAUUCCCCACUUUUCAAAAAAACUGGUAUUUUUCGAUUGAGGCUGAUUCUAAAUUCAAAAUAACAUAACUUUAAUAUUAAGGUAGUUAAACACUUAAUGACACCUACUUAUCAUCUUUCUUUCUUUCUUUCUUUCUUUCUUUCUUUCUUUCUUUCUUUCUUUCUUUCUUUCUUUCUUUCUUUCUUUCUUCUGUAUUCAUCUCAAACUUUAAGAACAGCAAAGAAACCCAACUAGAAACAAAAACACCAAACAAAAUAAUACAUAUGUACACCAAACAACUGUACAUGUCAAAAAUAAAUUUACACAACAUAUGUAUGUCAAAAAAACAGUUUGAGAAGGAACAGAAUGAAGCAAAGAGCUUAUCCAUUUCUACUAGGUCCAUUUUGCCAAAUGCUGCUAAAUUCUACGUAUUGCACCUUUAUUCACUACAAAUGCACGAUCAAAGACGUGGUUCCCUAGUGUGAACAAAUCGAUUAUUAGUUUAGUUUGAGAAGUGCCUCCUGCAGCUAAGUUAGGAAAGAUGAAGCACCUCCGGGUGUCUCUAGCCUUUGUGGUCUCUGUGAAUUCACUCCGACUGAAAUGACAAGCUGGAAUGUACAUUAAGUAAGCCAACAUUGGGAUGGAAAGCUGAUCUGCGUUUGUCGGGGCAUGUACGCUUAUCUACUUUGAUCAAAUUACUCUAUUAGCGGGCCAGCGAGUACAUUAGGUUCUUAGGUAUCUAUGAAUGAAGUCCUAAGGUGGUUAAUGUGGGAUUUAAUGAUGCCUGUGUUUGUGUGUUUCAGGGAAUGCUGGUGGAGGGUCCGCCUGGGCCUGAGGGGCCAACAGUAAGUCAAUCUGUCUUAAAUUAUGUGUCUUCUUUCUUUCUUUUUGUUUGUCUUUUUCUCUUUAUGACGAGUUGCAUGAUUCUUUGUGAAACGAUAAGAAGUGAUAAAAUUUUAUAACCUCCGCUCUUGCAGUCAGUUUCUUCUUCACAUAUUGGAUAUGAGAAAAAAGAAAGAAAAUUCCCUCUCUGCCUGUUUCCUCAUGCAAAGGGAGUGUCCAAAAACAGUCCCCCUGAAGAGAUAUGGACUCGCCCAGAUGUUGGGGAACUUAAUUAUUUAUCUAGGACGAUUUUUCAGACACAGUUGCUCUUGACACCCUGCAGAUGGAGUCCCACAGAGGCGAGCCAUUCAAGCAUUGAGCUAUAGACAAAUAAAGAGCGCCUCACACAAAGGAUUUACAACUCAACAAGCUGUCCCAUAUUGCCUCAUGCAUUCCUUUCUCCCAUGUGUGACCACUUUGCGAGAUAAAGGCGAGAACUUAAGCAGAGCAAACAUGACUGCUCCUUUGUGCUGCAUUAUGCAUGAGUGUAUGCAUGUAUGUAUGAUGUGUGUAAAAUGAGAUGUUUCCUCCUCGAAAUAGGGUCUCCCAGGACCCCCGGGUUCUUCCGGCCCACCAGGCAGUCCUGGAGAUGUAGGCGAGAGGGUGAGUGUGUAUAGUAUGCUUCACACAUGAUGCUUAAAGCUGGAAAAAAAUAGAAAUUAAGCUCAUUUCUGUCUGCAUGUGUGUACUCAUGUAAGUGUUAUUUUUCAUCUUAGGGUCCUCCGGGUCGUCCCGGUCUUCCUGGUGCUGAUGGUCUGCCAGGACCCCCUGGAACUGUCCUGAUGCUGCCUGUAAGUUGAAUACAGUAGUUUUAUUUUCGAGCUCUCUAAUCUGAUUGGUUAAAGCACCCCAACAAUGGUUAUUAAUUUUGAUUAGCGAGUGCAAUACCAAUGAUCGCGAAAUCACACGAAUCAUAUCAAAUCAAUCAAUGCAGAGGACGGCACAGAUCCAGUUCAUGCUCUUCCUGUUGACAAUGUGACAAAAAUGUUGGUUUCUGUUAGCAUUAGCGUGAAGGAUUUUCUGGUGUUACUUUCAGUUUAUUGGAGAGUACAAAAUUUUGAUUAUUGGUGAGAGGCUGACUUGUCAACAGAGGAUGAGAAAAGCUAACAAGAGGAAAAACACAGUGAAGGAAGUAGCAUAAGAUGUGGGAGAUAUCAACCAAAUUGAAGAAAACAGACCCACAGUUACCACAACAGGACAGGGGCUUUGGCAACAUUUCCAUAUGUGGAAGUUUUGCUUAUAGUGGGCAGCCCAGGUUCAACUCCAGCUUGUGGUUUCUCUUCGAUUAGUCUGAAGCGAAUAAAACUUGAGAUUACUGGUGAAGGGCUGACUUAUCAACAGAGGAUGACAAAAGAGGGGGAGAGUAAGAAAGCAGUGCAGAGAGCAGAAAAAUUAAAGGGGCAUCAAACAAAUUGAAGAAAACAGUGUUUUUAAAACAACUUUAAAAAAAAAGCUCACGAGAACACAGUUGCCAUAGUAGCUUUAUUUGUAAAUCUUUCAAUUAGUUAAAUCAUCUCUCAAUCGAUACUUGGUGCAAACUUAUUUCCAUCUUUAGUUGGUGGCGAGCUAAUAUGUGGGAUGGGUAAUGGUGAGAGGGUGGUUAUGCAAAUUAGAAUCCAGACAGGGUGAGCUACACAUCCCAUACUUGAAUUCCAGUAUGUGAAUCUGUGCUGUUGUGCCCUCUUAUGGCAUGUUACUAAUUUCUCAUUUCAGUCUGUAGCUCAGAUCUAUAUUCUUAAAAACUUCCUCUGCCUAUAUAAUUCAGCAUAUUCCACAUUCUCUCUUGAAAAGAUUUCAGCUAUGUUCUCACGUAACCUUCCAGGAAGUCGUUUUAACUUCAGACGGGAGGAAAAGCAUAAACGUUCCUCCAAUGAUUCGCCUGCAAUGUAGACGGCUGCCUCCACCGUCUAUGUUUUUUUGACUUUGUUUUAGUUGAACUUGGAAAAUGUACCAAACUGCCACUGCUGUUGGAGCUGAUUAGUUGCGCAGAUGUGAGGCUGUGGUUUCGGGGGUCCGCAGAGCCGUCUGGGUGAGCCAUGUGUCAGGCUCCGUCUGGACAGGAACUCCAGUCUCUCUGCUGUAUCCACUGGCAGAAAGCACGACUUGUAAUCCGAUGCCUGAGCUCCGCAGCUAAUGAGAAACAUGCAUUGUUGUUUCACCCCUUCUUUCACCAGCCAGCUCUUGGACUCUCAAAAUGACAAAUCUUUGCUCUGUGCUUUUCCUUAAACGCUCCACUUAUAUUCAUCAACUGGCGAUGCGUCUUCAUUUUAUUUUCUGUUGACAAAGCAGUUCCAAUCAGCGUGCUUUUUUUUUUGCUUUCUUCAGCUUUGCCAGUCAACAGUUUAAUGUGGGGGAACAUUUUGUUCAGGUUAAGCAGCGAAUGCAUGGAAAUGUCAGUAGAAGAGGAAUGAUAAAAGUGCAGAAAGGAUGCAGAAGGAAGGAGGAGAAGACAGACUGGUUGGCUCACAGAUUGGCAGGCAGAAAAAAGGAAUAGCUGCAUAUAUUUGAUGAUGACUAAGAUAGGGAAGGGAAGGGCCAAUAUUUAAUCAAACUUAGACAGAGAGUAAAAAACCGUGGGAUUCUUCAGACUCUGCACCGCAGUCUUCUGACUCAACCCUGAUGUUCUAAAUCUGUGUUUGUAUUUGUGCUUCUUGGUAACAACAUUUCUGUGAUGAAAUCCGGCGCUGUAUUUCACCGCCGCACUGCUCAGCAUCUGUAAACCCACCGACAGUCGGUCUCUCGAGGGCUGUGUGUGCUGCGUAACCCAACCCAAGAUGCCUGGCCUGAUCUAAAUGUGUUGCACCACAAGCUUGGAUAUUAAAAUAUGAUGCAAUUCAGGCUUUUCACCACCAGAUGUCAGUAGAAUGAGAAGCUAUGGGCCUGCAGAUGAAGCCUUUUGGCAGCCGGGAGCUGGUGCUAAGUUUAACAUCUGUUGCAAAGUUUCGAGAUAAGGACGUCACAUCAAAAUAAUCCAAAGACACUCUGGGGUUUUGUUGUCAGUAUUAAAACUAAAAUCUUUAUUUCACAGUGAGAUUUUGUGUUUAGUGGUGGUUAAAUCUUUCCUGAAGGAGAAUGUCUCAUGGAUGUACGAUUCCCUCCACAGUUCAGAAUGAGCUCUGGAGGUGACUCAGGACAGAAGGGACCUGCUGUAUCAGCACAGGAGGCUCAGAUGCAGGCCAUCAUGCAGCAGGCCAGGGUAAGAGUACAGCACACAAACACACCCAACUGAACGAGACUGUUCGCUCUGUACGAUCAGGAAUCAAUGAACAUAAAACUUCACCUUUUUUAACCCUUUUUGAUUUUUUUCUUUUUCUAUCACAUUGUAUUUUUUCUUUCUUUCAUCUUUCUUGACCCUUUUUGUUUUUCAUAUUAAUUUUUUCAUUUAUAAGUUAUAUAUAUGUUUUCCAAUUCAUAUGUAAGUUUUUGUUGUUUUUAUGUGUUGCUGCAUUUUUUUCUAUUUUUUUUUGUUCUUAGUAGUUUUUACUUGAUUAAUUCCUUCUUUUCCUUUUUUUAUCUGUUCUUAUCCUAUGACUUGACUAUUUUAUUUUUCCAGUUUGACAUCUAUAUUUCCUGUUUUUGUCUUGUUUGCCUCACUUUCAUACUUUUGUUUUUUGACAUCUUUUUUUGUUUUUAUUUAUUUUAUUUUUAUUCUUCUUUUUUUCAUCUUUAAAUCAUGACUUUAGAGUCCUGUUUGCCUCCAAAUGUGAAGUUUUUUUAUGGCUUUGCUUUUUUUCCUUCUUUUUACUAUAGUUUUCUCAUGAUUAAUUCUUUAAUUUUAUUUCUUUUUAUUUAUUGAACCAAAACACAGCUUUUGUUUCUCUUCUUUUUACCUCAUUUGAAGUUGUUUUUACAUUUAUUUCUGUCUUUUUUAAACUAUUGUUUGUUUAUCAUCUCGUAAUUUUUGUCUCCUGUUUCUUUUUUCACUUUUACUUUUUGUGUUUUCUUCCUUUUUUCUCUUCAGAUAUAGGAAUUAACAACAUCAGUAUUUCCUCCUUUCUUAAACUUACAUAGUCCAUGUUUUAUUUUCAUCUUCCCUUAUGUGACCAAACAUUUAUUCUACUUGACAUUACUCUUUAAUACUUCACGUUUUCUUGUUUAUUAUAUACUUCAUCUCUCACUGUUUUAUUUUAUCAGCCUACAAGCUGCUCUCAAUGCAUAAUACAUAAGUGCGCAAAUACUCAGAAAACAAAUGAACUGACACAAACACACUCACUGCAAAGUCGGAUCAUAAAUAACUAAAAUGUACAACUUCUUCACUCUUUACCCUUUUUGCUGAUCUCUUCUCUCCAGCUGGCGAUGCGCGGCUCAACAGGUCCAAUGGGUUUGACAGGCAGACCCGGCCCUCUGGUGUGUAUUACAAAUCCAUCUCACGGCAUUCACAAACUCAAAAUCAAUAAAAGUUUCAAGUUUACAAAUUUGAUCAGGAGUUAUUAUCGUGGGCUGUUUACAAAAAUAAAUACACAGAAGUUUGUAACCGAGUUGAAAACUUGCAUCAGUCUGGAGUCGAAUCUAAUCCUGAACUUUAUUCCUCCUCAGGGUCCUCCUGGUGUGGCGGGACUGAAGGGAGAGUCUGGAGAGGCAGGUCCUCAGGUAUGGGGUAUAAAAAUGCAAAUUUGACUUUUACCUAAACAAGAAGAGCUUUACAUUUGUCACUCUUGAAGGCAACUUUUUUCUUUAUUACUCUUGUUUUUUUUAAAAUGGGAUUACAAAGAAAACAACAGAACAUUUCAAUCCAAACUCAAGUAAAACUUUUUCUUUCUAUUUAGGGACCACGAGGACCUCUUGGAUCACCUGGACCCUCAGGAAAGCCUGGCAGAAGGGUAUGUUUUUAUAUACCUAGGAGUGCUGAAAAAACACAGAAUAUUCAGCUCUUCGUUGUGUCAUUUGUGCUGAUAGUGUGUGCAGACAUGUUGCAUAACUGUUGUUAUUUUUACAGGGUCGUUCUGGAGCCGACGGUGCCAGGGGCAUGCCAGGGCAGUCCGGACCUAAGGUAGCUCAUCUAUCAUAUUUCAUGAUGCGCUUCAAUGCACCAUAUUUCAUCAUCAUGCACUUUCAAAGUGUUUCUUGAAGCCUGCAAGUGGAGGUAUGUGACUCCGUUUUUUUUAUUAUUCCUCUGCUCCACAGGGAGACCGAGGGUUUGAUGGUCUGGCUGGUCUUCCUGGUGAAAAAGGACACAGAGUAAGUCGUCUUUUCGGUGCCAGAAUAAGUGUUUGGAUCUGUCUGUUUGUGUGUGCUGAUGUUAAAUCUACAUGUCUGUUGUUGUAGGGUGAACCCGGACCAAGUGGACCUCCUGGUGCAACUGGAGAGGAUGGAGAAAGGGUAAAUUAAAAAACAGACAAUUUCAUUACCUCUCUUUGACAUUUGGCUUGCUCCUAAUUUCCCUCACCGAUACAAUACUAAACGAGAUGAUACAACUGGAUACAAACUGGUAGGAUAUGAUACCAUUCAAUUAUAAUAUAACAAUAUACUGAUUCUGCAGCAACCAGUAAUAUGCAAGAUAUGAAAGCUACUUUUUCAUAUGCCCAUCUUUAAAUUAGAUGGUAUGUCACUGUACUGUACAAUAAAGUACAAUAUAAUCGGGCAGAUUACUACUCCAAAUGAUAGGGUAUUGUAGAGUAGGAUAUGAUUUAAUGCUACUGUAAUGCUACUAAUCUAAUAUACAUGCCUAAAAUAUAUGAACUAAGCACAAUGAAGCAAUUCUGCAGUGACUGAUCUUAAAACUUUUAUUUUGGUCGAAUUAACUGUUUGAAUAAUAUAAUCAUUUGGAAACUCACAAUACAGCCUAAUAAAAUAGUUACGACGUGACAUGAUAAGAUAGUAAAAGAUAGGAUACCAUAUAAUAUGAUAAGAUAUGAUAGGAUUGGAUGAUAUAUGAUACAAUAGGAUAUGUUUUGAUAUUCAAAACCCUGCCCAUCCUCUGAUCUGCCAACUUUACCCUCCACCAAACUUCCACCCAUAAAUUGCCAUCCACUCUCAUCCUUUCCACCUCCUCUAACUCAAUCUUCUCUAUAUUUCUGAUCUCUGGCACCUUUAUCGCCUUCUAAUCUCCCUCCUCACCCUCAUUACCCGCCGCUGACGCAACUUGAUUCCCUCUUCGCCUUUUCCUUUUUUUUUUUUUGUUCUUUGUGCCUCCCCAUUAUUUCUCAAUCCACGCACACACACACACACACACACACACACACACACACACACACACACACACACACACACACACACACACACACACACACACACACACACACACAUUCUCACUUUUCCUCCGCCUCCAUUAACAUUCACAGCCUGUUCCACAUCCUGACCCGUUCUUUCUCUCUCUCUUUCCCAGGGAGAUGAUGGAGAGAUCGGACCCAGGGGACUUCCUGGUGAACCAGUGAGUGAUCGCAUGUGUUGCUUUCCGGCCCUUUCACUGAGAGAUUGUAUGAUAGAGCGUGUCAUUUUGAUAGCCAACAAUCAUGCAGUCUUAUGAGAUCAUGUAUCAUCUGUACAUGUUCAUAUAAAUGGAGAUUUUUCUAGCCUACUGCUGCUGGAAAGUGUGUGAUUAUUAUGCUGGUGCUUCAUCAGUACAAGAGAGGCUUUGGAGGUGCGGAUUGCAGGCAGCUCACAUCAAGCUUGUUAUAAUAGCCUCCCUUUCUCCCAUGUAGGAUAUUCCCCACAGAGCAAGCAAAGAGCCCUUGAUAUCCGCUGUUGUGACUUUUUUUGUCCACCAGGGUGUGCUAAAUAGGUUUGAAUUCACACAGCCGGGGCGAUUUGCCUUUUCAGGGUAACUGUAGCUGCAAGGCAGAGCACAGAGAUUCAAAGCAGUGUUUGAUAGACAUAGCUGCAGGGAAUUAACGUGUAGUAAAUUAUAAAAAAGAGGGUGAUUCAGUUUUUCUCUCAAAUCUGACUCUGCAGAAUAUCCUCAAGGACAUUUAGGAAGUCAGGUUGUCUCCGCAAGAACCAUUUGAAACUUGACAAAGCUGAAAAUGUUUAAUUAUUCAUCAGUUCUGUCGCAGGUUUGAUAUCUUUCUCAAUCUCAUUUCCUUUCUGUUUCUCCCCCUCAGGGACCACGCGGUUUGCUAGGACCAAAAGGACCUCAGGGACCUCCUGGACCCCCUGUGAGACCCCUUCCUCACAACUUUUCAUACCCACACUUUUUCAUCACAUUCACCGUUUACGCAGCAGAAUCAAUUUCAUUCUAUCUUUCAAGCAACAAGAACGAAACACAGCGCACACAACACCCACAGGGAAAUACAAACACAAUAUGUUUCAGACAGCAUACACAAAGAGCAGAAUAUGUUAUUGAGUUUAACUCCAGCAUAUCAGAGUAAUGUCUGCAGCUGAGCAAAGCUUAAACCUAAUGUUUAUAUUGUUUCAACUGAUUUAAUUUAACAUGGACAGAGCACAUCAAUCACCAAGCUUAUUUUGAGCUGAUGUCUCUGUGCAAGAUGUAGAGAUCCCAAAUCCAAUAAAUCAAACUCUUAAAUUCAUGCUGUACAGAUCCAAGAGCCAACGUCUGGUCCAAAGGCAGCUUUUUCUUCAAGUUUGUUUUGAGCUUACAGUGGGAUUUGAAAGCUAAAAGUUCACCCGAAAUACAAACUUUUUCAGUGUAUUACACACUUCUGCCCUGGCCUUGUGUCCACUUAAUGUUGUUUUCAUCUCCUCUGUUACAGGGCGUCACUGGAAUGGAUGGUCAAACAGGACCUAAAGGAAACAUUGUAAGUGAAAUUGAAAUUGAUUAAAUUGCCAUUAAACUGUAUUGAAUGUUGUACUUUUCCAGAAUGUAUCGUCGCUGAGUCAAGAAAAAGUCUAAAAACAGGAAAAAACUUCAUCACUUAUACAUUUUAUUACACCUGGAUUUAACUAACCAUUCGAAACAGCUGUGGUAACUGCAGAGUGACCCAGAAUAUGAUACUCUAAUAUAAUAGGAUGAGGUACGAUUGAGUACAAAAUGAUACAUUACAGUACUACUUUAAUAAGGAUAUGAUACGACACUAUAAUCUAUGGUACUGCACAAAACAGCACAUAAAGAUACAGUAGAAAACAAAUCCAUAUUAUACAUUUGAAUAUGAAAGCACAUGAUAUUGAAUGAUACAGUAAGGAACAGAUGGUGUGAUACACAGCUGUAGGCUAAUAAACAACACAAGACAAUAGUGUAUGAUACAAUACGGAAAUUUUAUAAUACAGCAAUUCUGCAAAAGUUUCACAAAUAAUGACAUGAUAUGAUAUAUCAGUGUAAUAUGAUACAAUAUGAAGUGGUACAAAACAAUAUAAAACAAUACAACACAACAUGAUCAAUUAAUGCAAUAGGAUAUGAUACGAUACAAUGCGAUAGAAUAAAAUAUGAUAUAUAAUUAAACAAUGAUACAAUACAAUGUAAUACAAUGCAUUAUGUAUUCAUUCUAUAAGAUACAAUCCAAUACUAUACUGUGAUAACAUAUAUAAUUUCAUAUCAAAGGAUAUGAUACAAUGCAAUACAAUAGACAUUGAUGCGAUACGAUAUGAUACAAUUUAAUGGGAUACAGUGCGGUAUGUUACAUUGUAAUUUGAUAUAAUACGAUACAGCAAUAUAUGAUAUGAUUCAAAAGGUUAUGAAUAAGAUACAGUCCAAUACGAUAAUGAACAAAAAGAUACUAUGAUACAAUAUACAUAAAUAUAUAAAAAUAAGAUGCAAUGCAGUACAGUAAGAUAUGAUACAUUUUGAUACAAUAGGAUAUGAUAUGGUACAAUGAAGUUGGAUAUGAUACUAUUGAUGUUAUACAAUGUGAUUCUAUACAAUACAGCAAGAUACGGUAUGUAAGGAUACGAUAUGAAACAACAUGAUAUGAUAAGAUACGAUGUGAUACGAUAUACAACAUAUGAUAUGUCACUUUAUGAUAUGUAGGACACAUGUAUGAUAGGGUAGGACACAUAACGAUACGAUAGAUCACGAUAUGAUACAACAUGAUAUGAUAUGUUCCUCUACGAUAGGUUACGAUAUGAUAUGACACAUUACAAUAUAAUACCACAUGACACGAUACAACAUAUGAUAUGUUACAUUCCGAUAUGACACAUUACAAUAUGGUAUGGUAUGAUAUGAUCUGACAAGAUGACCACUAAAUUUUUGACAUGUAUGACCAAGACCUUUGGAUAAUAUUUAAAUUAGUUGCUGAAAACUGCUGCCUAAGAGUCAUAAAAGCCUAAAAGAGAAAUCUUUGUUUCAUCUGCUCUACGACACAGCCUUUUAUGAGCCUUCCCCGCAACAUCCACACUCUAAGGCAAAACACACACACACACAUAUAAGUAGAUUCAGAGAAUAAGCAUUAGGUAAUAAGGUAUACAGCAGCUGUGCUUAGAUCCAUUCCCGCGGCCUAACUAUAACCACUCCAGGUCAAUUUCUCACAGCGCCUGUUCAUAAUGAGAGAAUACCCGUCUGCAGCAGCCUGUCUGCUCUGUUGGGAUUGGUCCAACUAGGUAGAGAUUGAAGAUCAAGCGCUUUCCCACACUCCUGCACCUCGCCAACAUGACUGAUUGAGAGGAAAGGUGUUUUGUGUUUGUGCUUCAGUGGUUUUCUUUACUCAGGCAGAAGGCGUGACUAUACGUGUGUGUGUGUCUUCUUUGUUCCACUAAAGCAUGUGAUAUAUGUGUAGAAAUGACGGCUGUUCAGGUGAAAGACGGUAAUAAUGCAGUGAUACGUUGUUGGACAGCUUCUAAUUUGUAUCUGCUCAGAGCAACAUUUCACUUUUAAUGGACCAUAUGGAGCAACAAAUCACUCUUUCCUUUGUAAAUAAAGCAAUCAGUCUUUGUGUCGAGUAACAAGGAUUUUAAAUUACCUGAAUCUCUUACCAGGGACCUCAAGGAGAACCAGGACCUCCAGGACAGCAAGGCAACCCAGGUGCUCAGGUAUGUGACAAACAGGUUGUGUGACAUCAAAUUUGUCUCCCAUCCAUCAAAAGAAAUGUUCUGAGACUUCCAUUCCCCUUUCACAGGGACUUCCAGGACCCCAAGGAGCUAUCGGACCUCCAGGAGAGAAAGUAAGAAGUCAUAUGAUCCCUGAGCAGCAAUAAUAUAUUCUGAAAUAUGUCAUUUUCUGCAACCCCACAGGAAAAGAAAAAAAGUGCCAGCUUGAUAAAAUGUUAAUAAACAGGGGCCGCAAACCUAUAAAACUGCAGGAAAUUGUCUCUUUCAUUUGCAUGAGCUGAAGCAGGGUUGCUAUCUUAUUCAAUUCCAAAUGCUUAUCACGCCAUUAUGCAAACACGUCCCCCAACCCCAGCACAGGCCUAAAUACUGCCUGGUAGACAGAUAGAUUUAAAUCCUGAUACAUUUUAAUCCAAUUUCAGCUAAAUCACAUUUGUCAGGCUUUAUAGAGGGGGUUCAGUUUUUAUUGAACAGUUGGAACGGGAGACCGGCGUAGGUGUUCCUGUGAUGUUGGAUGGAUUACAAAGGAAAAGAAAGAAACUGGAAAUACAAAAGCAGUUUAAUAAUGAAGCACUCUGUAAUGAAAGUGGAUCAAUUUUCAUGUAAAUGCCCCUCAUACUCGAUUAAUACAUCACCAAGUCUUUGACACAAAUGACCUAAAAACUUUAAACUCAAUUGAGAUUAACUUUGAUUAUUAUGUACAUCUGAUAGCAGCUGUGAUUUCCUGCAAAACUAGUUUCCCUUUUGGUAAAACUUAUGCCAAGCUAAGAGGUCAGUGUUGAUGUAUAAGUCUGUGCAAGACAUUUUGAUUCUGAUUCUGAUUUGAUUCUGUAGACAGAAUUUAGACAUUGCACUUCAACCCGUUAUUCAAUAACUGUUUAUUUCAAAAAGCAACUGUGAGUUGCAUAAUUGAUCUCCAGGUACUUAACCAAAAAAAUUAUGGUAGCCGUUGAGCAAUAUACAGUGUAGUAUAGUAUGGCCGGCUAGUCUAAACUUGGUCUCAAUUUAGACAUCUAAAAAACUUUCAUUUUUAGACCUGUGGUAGUCUGAUUUUAGACCAGUCAUCUCGGCUACAUUAAGACGUCUAUUAGACCUCUUUUAGACCAAAAAAUGCUCAGUGGGUUGCUGCGUUCCAGUAAACAAGUCGGAAAACCCAGAUGGACGCCUACUGUUAGCCGUUGUUAGCUGUUGUUUACAAUUGUCAGCUGUCGUUAGCCGUUGUUAGUUGUUGUUAGCUAUUGUUAGCUGUUGUUAGCUGUUGUUAGCUAUAGCAGUUGUAAACAACACAUAGCACAGUAUUUUACUCUUACUCCUUUUACUAAAUAAGUAUUGUCGUAUUUUAGUCUGUUAGCAUGCUAGCAGAAGCAUUCUAUAACUGUGCCUCACAGGAGCUGUAAAGUCCUUGAUUCGUUUGACCUUCAGUUUCUACCUCUUGACUCAGUUUCUCAUUUCUUAUUUGCUUUGUCGCCUUGUCUCCUAUUUACUUCAGGGUCCUACUGGAAAGCCAGGUUUGCCAGGAAUGCCAGGAGCUGAUGGUCCACCGGUAAGUUUAGUAAAAAUCAUUUCUUUGUCAUACUUUUGUAAUUAUCAUCAACACAGAUGGAGGAAAAAUAGCACUUUAUAUGAAAAUCUUCAACACAGUUAAUUAUUUAGCUAAAACAUUUGUAAACCACACAUUAGCGCAGCUGUGUUAUAGAGGACCAACCCGCCCACACGCAGACAUGUUCAGCACAUACAGGCUUUCUCUCUUCCUCCCGUCUCUGCACACACAGCACAGAACACACCUGUGCUAAUGGCAGCUGUGCCUUAGAUGGCGCCAGGUGGCACCUCAGAGAGACGGAGACAAGAGAUGCUGUGAAAUAUGAAUAUCUGAAAUGAAAGGGAAAAGAAGGCGGAAAAGGGGAUUUAGUGGAAGAGAGGAAAAAGAGGAAGAGGAGGAGGAGGAGGAGGAGGCGCCGAGCAAACACUGCUAGAUGUCCCCUGGUCUUUUAAUGGCUUUCAGAGUCUUCAUGGAAUAGAAAUAGCUCUUUGCCAUUUACACACUCAGCUUUUUUUAUUCAUCCAUUUGUUGAAUCUUCCAUCAACUGCAAUAUUCUCCCUCUCGAUCUCAAUGCUCCUUCCCUGCCCCUGAUUUUUGUCCUCUUUAGUGUCUGUUCCCCCCCUCCAUCCUCUCCCGCAUCACGAAAAACCCAUCAGAGGCUUUUGCGAGGCUACUUUGUCUCCUGAGAAUGCAAUCAAUUUCCACACAGUCUUUUUUUUUUUUUCUUUCCCCCUUCUCUUUUUCCGGACAUUUGUAUUAGCUGUGUGGGUUUCUGUGUGUGUGUCUUCUGGAUUGUGUGUUUGUGCACAUGCAUGUACAGUACGUGUGUAAUGUAUUGUGAAGUCCCAAAAGGGCAGUUAUGGCUUUCAGGAGCCGGUAAUAGCCGGUAGUGCCUCGUUUAUAUUGUGCAUUAAAGAUAAAACUCCCAAAUGAAAGCGUACUCUACAGGAGCUAAUUCUAAUUUUCCAUUUUGAUACGUCCUCCAAUAGCUUUAAAACUUAAUCUCCUGCUUAAAGGGACUGUUGUAGUAUUUAAAGAUGUAAUUAUACUGAAAUGAGAUGCAAUAAUAUUUCUUUUAAUAAUUUACAGGGUCACCCUGGAAAAGAGGGACCUCCAGGAGAGAAAGGACACAUGGUAUGCUCGCUUUUUCUGAGUCUCCUCUCUCUUUUUCUGCAUUAAACAUUUCAUUUGAAUAAAAAGCGUUUGCUUCUGUACAAUCCUUCACCAAACAUCUCUCUCCUUAGGGACCUGCUGGGCCUCAAGGACCCAUUGGUUAUCCUGGACCCCGAGGCGUGAAGGUAGCUCUAUGAAAUACAUUUUUUGAUGCCAUAACCUCCAAAUAGCACUUCUUUAUGGGCUAAAUAUUGCACAUUAACAUGUUUUAGAGCCUCAGGGUGAAGAAACACAGUUCCAACAAGCAUAUGUGACUCAAAAAUGCACUUAUUUUCAACAAAUUCAAGCUCACUCCCUCGCUAGAUUGCUUUUCCUAAAACUGUCUGGAGUGAUUUAGUGGAUUCAGCUUUUAAACAGUGAUCUUAGUGGUGCAGAGAUAACAGGAGAGUCACCUUUACAUCACUCUGUUUGCACAAGGUGGACCCCCGGUUAGCUACAGGAGCUGAUAAGAGCUCAAGAUGCACAGCCUUUCACAUGUUGGCUGCCAUGAGUGGCUGAUAAAACCCCAGGGGGAAUAAACUCCCUCAAAUGAUUCUUGCCAAGAGGUUGUGAUUGAUCUGCUCAUUAAGGCGUCUGCUAAGUGAGGAGAUCAAACAAGUGGCUUGACUUUGAGACUCAAGUGUCUGUUCUCUCUUGGAAGAUCAGCGCCUGACAUUAGUCGAGAAGAUUUCAAGUGCUUUUAGAUUUAAUUACACCUUAAAUCCACAGCCAAAUGCAUCCUCGAAUGUCGUCUUUGUUGACAGAGAUAUCGGUUACUAUCUGACUUUGUGCCACCUCAAUAUGACUUAAAAUGUUUACGCCCAUACUGGUUGUAAAUCUCCCGGUUGCAUGCUCUACAUUCAGCACCUUCUCUCUGUCCAGUUUGCACUCUGUCGGCUUGUAACGUCUGUCUGUCCUUGCAUCACAGGGAGCCGACGGCGUACGUGGUCUCAAAGGAAACAAGGGUGAAAAGGUAAGAGAGAGUCCGCUGUUUGGUUUGAAAAAAAGUGACGGGGAGAGCAAGAGGAAAUGAAUCAUACGAAACAUUACUUCUGGGCUUGCAUGAUGUGAUUCACACUAAUGAUGUUCUCAAUGAAACCCUGUAAAAACUGAUCUGAAUGUAGCUGGUACUGAAGUAGAAAAAAGAAAAAAACAGGAUCAAGAGUUUCUAUGGCAACAGCAGAUCUUGCCAAGAGUCUACAACUGUGUGUGUGUUUAAGUCUUGGAGUGUGUGAACGCCACACAAACGGUUUUAACAUCUGUAUUAUCUCGUUCUUUCUCCUUUAAUUUCUCCUCAUUGCCCUGUCCUCUUUAUUCUCUUUGUGUAGGGAGAAGACGGCUUCCCGGGCUUCAAGGGAGAUAUGGGUAUCAAGGGCGACAGGGUAAGGAGUCUUUGUUUGUGUUGUUCUCAUCAGCACUCAGCCAAUCUAUUCAUCGAACUACUCCAAUAAUUCCACUAGGGGUAAUUAGUUCGGAUCAGCUAGGAUGAAAGUUUAAAGUGAUCAGACGUGCCGAAGAAUAAAAUGAUUAUUACAACAUUUCAGGCUCGAAACUCUCUGUAUUUCAGCUGUGAAAUCUUUCUGAGCUAUAGUUUGACCCUUGCGGGAACUUAGUGAAAGUACCAACAACUCCUAUCAAGUUAGCCUCCUGUGGCCUAAGCCCCUGUGACAGCUGUGGAUUGUGGGUAAUGAGCAAACAUAAGGUGUCGUUCCUAUCGCCAGCUGUUGGCGUGCGCCUGCGUAUGCGUUUACAUGAGCAUCUCCCCCCCUCUUUCGCUUUCCCAUCAGCCCGGAUCUCUAAAAACUUUUGGAGAAAAAUCUCGAGUCUGACAGGUGUAACCGGGUCUUGCUGCAUGAGGGAUUCACUAUGUCAAACGGAGGGAAAACAAGUCUUUUACAGUGAGAAACAUAACUCUCCUUAGCCCCUUCUUCAAGCAUCAAAACCCCCAAUCCCUGACCUGGUUGUCUUGAGCCAAGCACAGAAAAGGAAAGAGAAAUCAAUGGCACUUUAAACCCUUCAAACCCGAGAGAGAGACACACGGGGCUUCAGCCUGUUUCUCUCUGGAGAUGUAGCACAUUCAGAUGAAAGCAAGGAUUUGAGGAGGCCCUCUGCUCUGGAGGAGACACACAUGGACUUGAAUGUAAAUGAAUCUUUUUUUUUUUUUUUCAAAGUACGCUCAUGAAAUGUCUGAGUGUGUGUGUGUGUGCUCGCUCAAGUUAGAGUGCUCUCUUUGAUGAGCUUGCAAGUGUGUGUGAGUCAAGUACAGUUAGCUUGAUGCCGUUUUAUGUGUACUUGAGUGUGGGCGUGCGCUUGUGCAACUCUGCACAAGGCUUUAAGUAGAUACCUUUCACACACCAUUGGGUCCCCGCAGCAGCGACUGGUUGUCAAGGCGAGUUUGUAUUCUGUCAUUUAAGUGUGUGUCCUGCUAGAAGGCGAGCGCACGAACAGAGAGAAGCAAUAAUAGGAUCGCUAACAGCUUAGAGAGGCAGGCGGCGAGGGAAAAUAACCUCCUCUGAUUCUUUAAGCAACUUCACAGUCACAGCAGUUUUAAGAGGGCAUGCCGGGGUCACUCAGGAUGGACUGACUUGUUUGUCGAGCGCCGGAAACUCUUUCCACUCGUGACACUUUUGAAAGUGUGGAGGAAAAUGAAGUACAUUAAAAACCUAUUAUGUGUCAUACAGGAGGAGUAAACAGCAGCUAAAGGAAGUCAGCGCGGUUGUCAAGAAAAUACUUGCACGAUAUUUUAAAAGGAAGUGCGAGAAGUAAGAAGUUUAUGUAGACAAACGACAACAUGACAGCUCCACAGAAGUGAAGCCAAAACAUGUAGAGCUCCCCCUAGACCAAAAAGCCGGCCUACUCCAUGUAAACAGAUGGGACAUGGGUCCAACUUAAAAAAGACAUGUUAAAUGUUCGGGGUGGGAGAAAAAAUCGAUUCACAUAAGUAUUACAAUUUUUUGUUUUACAAUUACAAGACUCAUGUUGAGGCGUAUUUAUCAUAAACUAAAGCCAACAAGUAAAGUUAAGUUUUAUGUAUUGUUAAAGUAAAUACCUGAAACUGGUGCAAGGAGGAGGGUAGGUGCCGGUCAAACAGCUAAAAUAUGUGAAGGACAAGUUCAGCAAAUAAUUCCUUUGUCAAACAAAAAGUUCGUCAUUUGAGCUUUAAAUAAAUUUUUCUUAAGAUGUGUUUUCAUCACCACGGACUGUUACUUUAAAACUGAUUUAGUUGUACGUCUAAUUUUUCUAUAAAAUUCUCACUUCUUAAUGCCUGCGCUAAAGAAAAAGGUUCAAAAUACACUAAAACAACAUAAGUCCACUGCAAAGAAAAUUGUGCAUUUCUUCGUCACUUUUAAUGCUUUUGAUUCACAACAAUAUUCCUUGUAACGCCUCCAUGUAAAGGUCAGUUUAGCAUUUUUAUUCUCCGAUCAGGACACCUUAAAUCUAGCUGUGAAUGUGCAUUAAAACAAAGGGGAAAGGCUGAGUGGUAAAGAGUGAAUUACCUUAACGGUGCAGUCUGAGUGUAAACUCUGUAUGUGUUUUCCAGGGAGAGCUCGGACCAGCUGGACCCAGAGGAGAAGACGGUCCUGAGGGACCAAAGGGCCGUUCAGGCCUCCCAGGAGACUCCGGUCCCCUUGGCCCGAGUGGUGAGAAGGUGAGCUCUUUUUUUUAAAAGUUUGUCUCCUACAGCCUGAAACCUCACAUGGAUGCUGUGUCCUCUGCCCUAAACUUUACACCGGCUCGAAGAACAGAUUAGAGCAAGUUGUUAGUCAGGAUUGAUCCGGGAUCAUCGCUCAGCGGGGCCUAAUAAAGAAAACAGAUAUUCAGAUAGUUUUCUUCCGCACAGCCACCGAUUUCUCAUCGCUGUUGCCCUUGAACUAGUGUGGGGCAUUAAAUGGAGUCACGUCUUUUACAUUGUUAUGGUUAAAUUGAAGACUGAGUUAACUUUGCUAAAAAUACUGCCGCAGUUUUUGUGGGAAAGGAAAACAUCCUCCUUUGGUCGAUGCAGCCUCUUAAUGGUCUUUCAUUAAAGCCUCAAAUUGAUCUCACAGAUGCUGCGCGUCAAUGAGGAUGUGGCGAGUCAUCAGUCAAAGUUUGAGGAAACAGCGUGACAGUAACUUUCCUGCAUGCGUGUCCUUUCUCUGUUUAAUGCGGCGCUUGUUCUGGAUUUGCUGCAGACGUAGAAGCUGAUCUGUAUCUGGAUCCCAUAUGAAGUGACAGCUGAGUCAUUUUCAUAUUUAAUUAGAUUCAGCACGGCAGCCGUCAUGAUGUGAGCUGCUUCUAAUAAACACCGAUGUGUUAGGAUGAUGCACGCUUGUAAUUAAACGUAGUCAAACAACUUGAACAAGGCUAGCAUACCCAUUGUUUACAUCAUCUGAGCAGUUACACGUGUGAGCCAUGUGCAGACAACCCGUUUUAUAUCAAAGCUGGCGAGGCGCUAAUUAGGAGAUUCGAUCUGUUUUGCAGCAUUGAUAAGACACGCAAAUAAAAGACACUUCAUGUUUAAAAUCAUAGUCAUACUAGAGUCUUGUAGAUGACAAGCUGUGUGAUUUCACAUAAUGAAGAUACAAAUACAAAACAGCUCUACAAAUAUAAGUGCUGUUUUUGUGCAAGUGGGAAAAAUUAAAGCUACUGUGAGCAAUAUUAUUAGCUGGUUAUUAAACAGGCUGCAACUACAACUGAUGUUUCUCCAUUAUCUACAAGAAAUAAGAUCAUCAGUGCGAAAAUCGACUUUUUCUUUGUGGUUCUUUUUAAUGUCUGUCACUACUGGUGGGGGGUAGGUGUCAGCUCUGGUAGUUCACUAUAUGCUGCUUAAACAGCCUUUAUUUUACCAUUUCUAUGGCAAAAGAUCGCCGUCAGGUCACAUAUUUGACCAAAUCAGCAAAGAAACUACGGGUGCUGUUUUGUCAACAGGAGGUGCCGAAACUAACAUAAACGUUAAGAUCCUUACAGGAGCUUUAAUUUUUCUAUAGUUAUUUUCAGAGGCAGAAAUAAAGGUUUUUAUGCUUAUUUGGGGCUUUAUUUUGACUAUUGAAUUGAAUUUUCUCAAAGGUAAAGUAACAAAAAUGUUUGAUUUUGUGGCCAAUUGUAGCUCUUUAAAGCUGCUGUGAAGAUUUUUCUGAAUAGAGUUGAUUUUUGGCGCCAUCUGUAAAAAGGUUGUACCUCUUAUACCUUUGCAGAUUUUGUCCUGAGAUGCAUUCAGCUCCUAUUUUAACAUCUUAUUCUGCAAGAGCGUUAAAUGCACUCAACGUGUUCAUGAGCUGCACAAUCAAUAGCAAUAAACUGAUUGCAAUAUAAUUAUUUGUAAUCAUUACAUUGCUGCAUCUGUUUAGUGGAGGCCUGGGUGUUAUGGCCGUGCUUUACACUAUGUUAAAGCAUGUAGAUGAAGCUUUAACUAGCUGCAAGCUACUGCAGAUUAUUUAGGAAACAUGAAAAAGCUCCAGUUUGGAUGCAUUUUAGAUUCAGGAGAAACACAGCUAGUUUGCAAAACAUGAAGACCAGCAAGUAAACAGCAGAAUCUGAAAAAUGUCUAAUAUUUGUUUAUUCACCACGCUUCUUGUUGACGUGAUAAUGUUGGACAAUUUUAUGCAGGUCUAGUUUUAGAUUUAGUCCUGAACCAAGAGCAGUAAAAGGAAGAGAGAGGACUUUUUGAUUAUAUAUGUAUGUCCAUAAAAACACACUGCAUUUGUAUGCCUUUAUGGUACAGCAGCAAAUAUCACAGAAAGAUGACACUUUAAAAUGCAAUGUAUCACCUCUACCAUGCACAAAGGUUCCAACCUGCAGCCUUUUGCAUGCUCCCUCUUUGUUUAUUCAAGUAAAGGCAGAAAUCCCCCCUAAAAAGCAACGAAAGUCCUACCAAGCAAUGUCACCUUUGAGAUUUAGCGAUAGUUUUGAUGGGUUUGUUCCUUUAAUUUGUUUUUCUUCAAUGUUCCAACUCAGAAAAAGUGUCAUGCAUUCAUUUCUUUCUGAUUGAUAUGUGCCUUUUUGUCACCAACAGGGUAAACUUGGUGUCCCUGGAUUGCCAGGAUACCCAGGAAGACAAGGACCAAAGGUAACUGCGCAUAUAAACACACCUGUACAUGCAUGUAUCCCUAUAGACACUGGCUCUGUUUCAGGAUAGUAUUUCCAUUAGUUCAGUGAUUUCAGUCAAGAGUUGCAAUACAAACAAGCUAAAUGUUUUGCCAAAGUGUCACCACAGACACGCUUGUUAUUCAAAGAGAAUAAUAAAUUGAGACAUCUACGUGUGAGGGCUCACUCUCUGAACUCUUUAUUGAUGGCUCACCCUUUAGCCUCUCUGAUACAAAGCUGCAGUCUGACAGCCGGACAUGCUUGAAGCUCUCUGAUCAAAGAGACGGGGAUUUCAAUAUGCAGUUUGGUGUUCAGCCCUCAGCUCCUGAUAUGACAACAAUAAAACACUGCUUUUAUUUAUGGCACACUCAAUUCCCCCCGCUGCAUUUAAAAUGCUAGGUGCUAUCUGGAGAAUAAACAAGGGAUAUAAUAUUUAAAGUUUGUCUCUGGGAUGAUUAAUUGCCUUGUUUGUUGCACACAGGGAUCUCAAGGUUUCCAAGGUUUCCCUGGCGCCAACGGAGAGAAAGGAACUCGGGUACGUCAGAUACACUUCUUAUUAUUCCUCUCAGUCCGAGAAGAGUUGGAUCAAUAGCGGUGGAGCAGGAGAUGGGCUCCAGAUUUAUCAACCUGGAGGAAGUUUCAUGGCUGGAAAACAAAAGAUUCUGACCAAGGACAGAAAGACGAUUGCAGUUCUGCUUUCUUACUGCUAACACAACUCAUUUUGAAAGGCAAAGCGUUGUUUAUCACUUUGUGCUACUUGGGCAAUGUUUCAUUUUCUUUGUUUAAGGAAUGGCCCAUUAGGUUGCCUGCAAGAGUAAUGGUUUUUCACCAGGAAUGGAGCAGGGCGAAUAAAGCGUUUCAUCUUCACAAAACAUUUGUAAAGUAUAUGCGACCCGGCUCCCUGACAGAACCGGGUAGUUGUGCCAUUAACUUAGUUUCAAAGGGAUAGUUUGAAACUUAACAGCCUUACAAAAGAUGUAAUUGUAUUCCGUAUUAAAUUUAUAUGCAGCGAGUGUAAUCAUAACACUGCUUAAAAAUCAUUUUAUUAUGCAUUGUUGUGUCUUAUUCUGAUGUGGCAAUAAGGGAUGAUAAAUGCUGAUGGAUAUUCAAAACAACUAAUCCCUAAUUAAUGAUAAAGGAUGAUCUCUCGGCUCCUUUAACGCUCGCCUCUGUUCAAAUGUGUUUGCAAAUGCUACUGUCUGCUGCCAUUAGACUCCGUCUUGUAGAGGAUGCAGCCGUUUAAUAAUGCCACUCCUUUGAUCAUUGUGUGUGCUCCUCGUGUCCACAGGGAACUGCAGGAAAGCCUGGCCCACGCGGACAGAGAGGACCGACGGUGAGUCUUACUCAGCAGACUCGUGCUAACAUGCAGAUGGCCAGCUUGGCACCUGAGGGGAAAUGGAGGUUUAACCUGAGCGUGCUCAGGGGAGAAAUACAGAAAGGUACAAAUAUCUCUCAGAGCGGUGUCUAAGACUGGAAUGUCCUUGUUUUUUUACUCCAGGGCCCCCGUGGAGAGAGAGGACCAAGGGGACCAACAGGGAAAGCAGGACCAAAGGUGCAGAGAAGAUCCCACCUCAAAUACCUCUUUUCACAAGUAACUUUCAGCACAAGAUGAUAAUUGAUCUUUUAUUCUGUCUCUUCAGGGUAACUCAGGAAAUGACGGCCCACCUGGACCUCCUGGUGAGAGGGUAUGUACCCAUGUUAAGAAAUGAAGCCAAUGCAAAAAACUGCAGUACCCGGAGUGUCCACUAGGGAUGAGUACUUUUGCUACCACUCCAAAUUUUUGCUGUUUACAGUCACUUUUUGUUUUAGUUUUGCUGAAACAGAUCAAAUCAGACUUCACAAUACCUUCUCUUCAGACAAUCUGCAACUAUGUUAGAAGCUUAAGUUCAUCUCUUUCUUUUAACGUCCUUAUCUUCGUCUUCAUCGCAUCAACGCCGGACAAACCGGUUAAUUUUAAUGAUCAAACAUGAAAGAAAAUGCGAGCAGUGUGGGAGGAUUACGCUCUCUCUGAGAAAGUGUGCAGUUUGUAAGACAUUUCCAAGAGACAUUUUAAAAGGGACUUCAAAGGAGAGACCAGAAACUAUUUAAAUAUAUCAAAUCUUGAAUCUUGUUAAGAAAAUCACGACCGAAUAAUAAUAAGAAGUGAUGCAAAAUCAAAAAAAAAAACAACAACUUUGGUAUCACUUUGAAUUCACAAAUCUUUUGUCUGUUUCAGGGUCUGCCAGGGCCUCAGGGACCAACAGGUUUCCCAGGACCAAAGGGCCCUCCAGUAAGUCCAAACUCAUCCACCAAACCCACCUUUUCCUCCACCUGUCUGUGCGCUGAAACUCAUGGAUCUCUUUUAAUGUCUUUCUCAGGGACCUGCAGGGAAAGACGGCCUGCCUGGACAUCCCGGACAGAGAGGAGAGACUGUGAGUAAAUCAGUCUGAUUACUCAUCUCUUCAGCUGUUUUCUAAAGAAGCCUUAUGCUACAUUAAUACUUUUUUUUUCAUUUGGAAAAUCCCAGGGUUUCCAAGGCAAGACUGGACCACCUGGCCCUCCAGGCGUUGUCGGACCUCAGGUGAGUCAUGAUCGCAUUAAAUCCAGCGUGGUUAGUCUCUCACUUGUGUUAUCAAUGAGGCUUUCUGCAAACUGAUUGAGCACUUCUAGAUCGGCCGAGUGUCAAAAGGGAUUAAAGUUGUGCACUAAAUCCAACAAAAGCCUUUAGACUUUAAAAAUCUUUGAUCAUUAGGAGCACUCUCAGCGUUUAGUCUCUCUGUACCUGUAUCACGAACCCUGACUCGAGUGUUGUUUACCUUCUGUCAUAUUAGCAACAUCUCUUCAUCCAUUAUGCAUAUCGAUUCAACAGACCUUCUCUCACAGCCGCGGCGCUAAUGCCAGCUGAAAGCAUUGAUAAUAACGAAGCUGUAUGUGGCCUUAAUGACUAGUAAGCCUCCCACGCAGCAAAUGCUCGAGCCUUUCUGCGCCAUGUUUUCCAAAAGGCAGAGAAAUUGUAACAUCUUCUUUGUAAUCAAAUCGCUGAUUUUGCUCACAGUGUUCCUUCUUGAUGUUGCCCGGCUUCUUCACACCUCCUCUGCCAUUUGGAGUCGUGCUGCAGUGUGAUUUUAUUGCUGUUUUCCGAUUGAAAUUGUAGGGACCAACAGGCGAGACUGGACCAAUGGGAGAUCGAGGCCAUCCUGGACCCCCGGGCCCACCUGGAGAGCAGGGUCUACCUGGUGCUGCAGGGAAAGAAGGAGCUAAGGUGAAGAAUGAAAAACUAUUACAUAUUCUAUCACCACUUUUCAGAUCCAUCUUCAGUUUUAGUUUUAUUUGUUGAUUUUAUUUUAUUUAUUUUUUAAUUUAUUUUUUAUAUUGAACAAAUUUCCAACUGUAUAGAAUAUUUGCGUUCUUCUCCAGAGACAUAGUUAGACAUAAAUUCUCAAGUAAAGUUGCAGUAGAAUAACGGUAACAUUUUACGAAGUAAAAUGAAACACUUUUCACUCGUCCUUUUUUCACACUCCUCUUGCAUUGUCCUGAGGGUAUCAACAAUCUACAAUACACAAUGCCCUCACUGCACAAAGUCUGCUCUCAAUUAAGACACAAAAUCAACCCAGUUUUCCCAGUAGUUUUUAAAAGUAUCUCUUUUAGUUUAGAUGAGAAAGUCAGCUUCUCCAUUCUAUAUAUAUAUAUCGAUCAUUACCUCUACCCAGUCUUCUACUUUUGGUGCAUCUGUUUUUUUGCCAAUUUCUAGUGAUGGCCUUUUUAGCCGCCACCAACAUUAUUUGAAAUAUGUACUUUUCUCCUGAUGUUGUUAUCUCCUGGUUCUCUUUUCCCAAAUAUAAAACUUUAAAUGUAAGUGGAAGUUGCACUUUCAAAAUAUUUUCCAUACUCUUCUUCAUCUCCUGCCUCUAAAGUAUAAUACCAGAGCAUCCCCGAAAAAUAUGAAAAUGAUUGGCCUUAUUCUCCCCACAUAGUCUCCAACAUCGUGUGUUAUUUGUUGAUUUUAUACGUCUAAUCCAAGCAUAAUUUCAAACACUCAGUCACACAAGUCUUAUUUGUGCAUUCAGUAAUAUUGUUUUGUUUUGUUGCCAACAGGGUGACCCCGGUCCUGCUGGCCCUGCAGGUAAGGACGGUCCCCCAGGGCCGAGAGGUUUCCCCGGAGAGAGAGGACUGCCUGGCCCUGUGGUGAGAGCUGCCUUCUGCUCAGCACAAUAGCAUCACACAAACUCAAUAUCUCUCACAGCUUGCUUAUUGCAUAAUAGUUCUGGGCUAUUAAAUCGACUGUGGUGAACUUCAAGAAUUAGACUCGAUAUCAGAUCCCUGAGUGGGCUUCAGAACAGGAACAGUGUGCUCCAGGCUGCUUAUUUUUUUAAUUUUUAAUGUUUUAUUCCAACUUGACAAAGUCGUGUCCUGGUUGUUAUGCAAUUCACGUUGUUUUCUUCCUGCGAACUUGUUAGAAAUGAGAGAAGAAGCUUAUUGUUAAACUCUAGUAUGCAUAAAUUAUGCCAUACACCUGUUCAUUUGUUGAGUUUAAGGACAACUAAAGCAGUUUUUUGUGAAAUAACCGCUAUCCUCAUCUGCUCUCAGCCUUCACUUUAGGGAGCUAUAGGAGGUUUUCCACCUCACGCUGAGCCUGUUUGAAGAUAGCAAACCUAGUGCAAGGCAGGAAGUGUGCUUCUCCAACAGAUGUGUUUGUUUUCUGAAGCCUUCGCUUUAUUCUGUUCCACAGGGGGCUCACGGUCUGAAAGGGAAUGAGGGUCCUCAUGGCCCACCUGGCCCUGCUGUGAGUACAAUUUGCAGCAUCCACAUCCUCAGUUUGUUACUCUCACUCGCUCACUCUUACACUCUGCUUUCUCUCUCUAUCUCUGGGAAUUGCCUUCAUAGUAAAGUUCCCAGCCUGGGUUGUUAACAGCUCUUACAUAAUAAAAUGAUAUGCACGGUUAGCUGCUUAUAUAAGAGAGGUCCUCUUAGUUAAUGCGCCUAAGAUUAAGACCCUGCUUCACAUUCAAUCUUCAAUGUUUUGGUGUAUUUAGCUGAAAUAGCUGCCCUGCUAACAUGCCUGUGUGCUUUAGGGUUCCCCUGGUGAGCGUGGUCCUGCUGGCCCUGCUGGACCGACAGGUCUCCCUGGUCGUCCUGGCCCUCAAGGACCCCCAGGCCCUGCUGGAGAGAAGGGUGGACCGGUAAUAUCAUCACAUUCUUGUUAAAAUCAGAGAAAUGCUUCACUGAAACUGCAUAGCUAACCCAUUUUUGCUCGGCUGUGUAAAAUAACACCACUCUAGGGAGAGAAAGGACCUCAAGGCCCAGCUGGAAGAGACGGUAUUCAGGGACCUGUGGGUCUGCCAGGACCUGGAGGACCUCCUGGACCACCUGGAGAGGAUGGAGACAAGGUGAGUCAUGUUUUUGUAUUAAAGUAGAAUUAUGUUUUGUUAUAUUGUUAGAGGAUGUUGAUGGGUAUAGAGAAUUACCUUAAUGACUGUAAUAUAGAACUCAUUUUACUCCUUAAAAAUACAUCUAUAGAAGUAGGAUCUGGGGUCCAGACAUUUGAAUGUGUUCACAAAGGUUAGCAUCUUACUGUUUGUAAAGGGGGUGUCUCCAUCAUUGUUGGAGGCAGCAGGGAUGAAAGAUGGUCUUGAAAAGGCAGCACAAAAGGGGGUCUAAAGGGGUCUAAAUUAGUCAUCGACUGAGGUUGAUUUCAGAUAAUGAUCAGAGCAAUAAAUACACAAGAAAAGAAAUCAGACAAGCAGCCAAGAAAUAGGAUUUCAUAGAGUGUAAUGUCCGGAGAUAGUGACCCCAAAUAGACUGUCUGGAAACUCUUAAUGUAGUCCUGAGAGACUCUGUUCCCAUUAGUGAGGCCAAAACCUGAUUCAAAGCCAAAGAGGAUACACAUGCUUAUUAAUAACUCUGCACAUCAGAUAAUCAAUUGCAGGUGAAACUUCGUUAAUCAGUUAAACUUUGGUCAAAUUAGACCCAGCAUCAAGUGGAGGGGUGGAGAUGGAUGGUUUAAAUAGAGCGCCCAUUGUGACGUUUGCUGAUUGGCUGAGCUGUCUGUUGACUUAGUGGCCUGCCUGAACUAACUCUAUGUUCAAUAUACAGUACCAAAAAUGUCUCGUUAACUUAAUUUGAAGAUACUGAACUCACAACAUGCCAUCAAUAGUAUUUUUCCAACCGCUAAUCUCGAAGAGCUGGGUUGUCUUUUAAUUUUAUAUUCAGCCCAGAUAUGUAGUUUAAUGAAACUUUUCGUCUUUGAGCUCUUUGCAUCACACUCAACCUCACACCAGGAUACAGUGCAUGCACUUAACCACCUUACAAAGACGCCAAACUUUACAGAAGAGAUCUGAGGCGGAUACCCUCCGGUCUCUCUCCUUGUGACCUUAAACACUCUGAGGGGAAUUUGUCUGACAGCGCUCGCAUCGAUCAACAGAUCUUUAAAAGGUGAACCUGCCUUGUUUCAGCUUUGUACUCUUCCGCGCAAACAGUCAAAGAGGAGGAGGAGGAGAGAGGUGUUUAUGUGGCAGUGACAGAAUGUGUGAAAGUGACCCUCUAGUAUUCACAGGCAAGAACAACUUCACAACUUCUCAUCGCGCUCUGAAAACAUUUGCAGGAAGAUCAGCCGCAGAGAUACUCAGAGGAUAAUCUCUCAUCCUUUUGAAAAAGGCCUCAGUUCUUAGCGGGCCUAACAACAGUCCCCCCGCGGUGCAGGCGGACACUGAGAAUACAGCGGGGUAUUUGAUAUGUAGAUAAAAAAAGGAUCUCGCGAGCUAAUGUUUACACACACUCUCUCAUUAUAAGUCCGGUCCACGGGGAAAGAAGAACCCCAGGCUUUUAUUUAAGACACUAAUACUGCUGCACAAAAGAACAUUGUCUGACUCAAACCAAAUAGUCAAUGCCUCUGGCUGCUAUUAACAUUAUUUCUCCAAACACCCACAGCAUGUGCAGGCUGUGAAGUAAAGGUGUAAGGUUCUCCUCCGUGGGAAUGAUGGUGCAAACGGGCGGAGAUGGGGGCUUAUUAUCAGGUCUGUUUUGGCGGGUAGUAGCGCCGGUGACUCAUCGUGAUAAUCCCCCUCUUUAGAUGUGGAUUAUAUUUGUCAGGGAAGGAGGGAUGUAAUUGAAAUACUAAUGGACAGACUGUUAUAGAGGUGUCUUCUCCAAAGGUGUUAUAUUGUUGAGUUGAGAUUUUAUGGCGCCUCUAAUAUGUCAGGUUCUGUUCUCCUGAGAGUUAUGUUUAUUUUUGUUACCGUUAUUUGUCGCCACAUUUUCAUCUUCCUCUCACUUUUGUGUUGCUCUGAAUCUGCUCUGUGGUUUACACUGUGAUUAUUUUCUUCUUUUACAGGGUGAGCUUGGAGAGCCAGGACAGAAAGGAAGCAAAGGCGACAAAGGAGAGCAUGUAAGUUGCUUUUUAUCAAACAAAAGUUAAGUUUUUGUAUUUUGGCAUGCUAUUUUAAAAGUGUUUUCUCUCCAUGUAUAUAAUUUUCAUUUCCUAAUCCUUGCCUUUUCUGUUUUCGUACACAUCUUCUUCCACAAACUCAUAAUUGAAUGACUUGUUUGUUUUAUUUCGCUGCCACUUCACAGCGCUACACAGCCCAAAUAAAUCCUGCUUACACAUUUUCUCUCUUUUUAUUCCAAAUCAAUGCUGCCACUCUGAUUCUGUUAGCUCUGCCAUCUGUUGUUAUGCUGCUUUUGUUAUUGUGAAAUAUCUAGAAUGUGCAAUUGAGGUCGCUUGGUUAAAGCUCCUGUGAUGAAUUUUUGGCAGGUUGUAAAACUGACUAAAAUGUAUUUAUACCCUCCUUUAUUUGUGAAGAAAAAAAUAGAUUAAAUUACAAGAGAAGAAGAUUAAGUCUCUAUAAAGUUAAUUUUGAUGACUGAAAUCUUGGACGUAGGGUAGGUGCCAGACAGAUUUUUUAUUCGUAAUACGUUUGAGUGCUUAAAGAAAGCAGGAUGAGCUUUUGCCCUGUUUGUCCACAGGGGGCGCCAAACUCAACACAAAUCCUCACAGGGGCUUUAAGUGUUGCUCCCUACACUCACACACUGACUCCAUAUUUCAGCGCUUAUUAAUUAGCUUGUCUUCUUUCUCCUCCACAGGGUCCACCUGGUCCCACUGGCCCUCAAGGACCUGUUGGAGCACCCGGUCCUGCAGUAAGUCUUCAGUUGGCUUUGGUUUAUUUCACCAUCAUUCGCCUCAUUUUCAUUUUUUUUUUUUGGACCGCUGAUACCGCCAACUCUUUGAUCUCCUGGCUGUGAUCAUUUCAGGGUGCAGAUGGUGAGCCCGGUCCAAGAGGUCAGCAGGGUCUGUUCGGUCAGAAGGGAGAUGAAGGAUCAAGAGGAUUCCCCGGACCUCCUGGUCCAGUUGGCCUGCAGGUGCGGGAUCAAAAUGGAGUGCAAAUGUUACUCAUAAGAAACACAGAGACAGUGUGGUUAUAUCUUCAUUUGCUCUGCUCACUCUUCAGGGUCUGCCCGGUCCUCCUGGUGAGAAAGGUGAAACUGGAGACGUCGGUCAAAUGGUGAGAGCCUCUUUAAGAAUACAUGUUAAAUCACCGUAUGAGAUAUAAAUCAGUGCUUUUCAUUACAUGAAGUCUGCAGGACAAAUUUCUGUGCUGAUGAGCCUGUAAUCUGUCUUUUAAUAUAGGGCCCACCUGGUCCCCCAGGUCCUAGAGGCCCCUCAGGACCCCCAGGAGCUGAUGGCCCUCAGGGACCUCCUGGUGGUAUUGGAAACCCUGGUUCUGUUGGAGAGAAGGUAAGACUCCUCGAUGUCUCUUUUUCACUCUGAAUAAAAGACCUUAGCUGAGGAGGUUGAUGUGGUGCAGGUGAGACCUGUAUCUCAGUUCAAGACAUGUAAUUUAAAUUAAACCACUGAUGCACAACCAAACAUCAACUAUCUAAUUCAGUGGUUCUCAACUGGUCUCACUCUGGGACCCACAUUUUCCCAUGGUCCUUAAGCCAUGGCCCACUUUUAUAGAAUUCAAAGCAAGCAAAUUUAUUUUUUAUAUAAAAAAACCUUUAAAUACUCAAAUCUUUAACAUAAUUACACCCAUUUUAAUCAGUGAACUACACUUCAGAGCACAUAAAUUGUGGACAACAACUACUAAAGUUGCAUAUACAGAAAACAUCAUAUAUCAAAUUGCAUAUGGAGACCAGUAAAAUGAAAAAUUUGACUUAUUUGGAUCUCUGCAUUCAGAGCAUAUUCAGGAGAACCUGAGGAGGACCAUGCAACAGCAUGGACAAUAGUGAAUAAAUAUCAAAUAGCACGAAGACCAAAAAAGAAAAAAACUGUGUUGUUACUGCAUUCAGGCCACAUUAAUAAGAAACCGAGGAGGACCGCGACAUAAUGCAUGCCUUUUAAGAUAAGCUAUUUUUCAAAAUAAAAGACAUGUCAAACAUCAGAUGCGUAUUAGAUAUUUACUUUUUUGACCAGCUGUGCGUGACCCAUCCAGAACGUGUUCGCAUCGCUGAAGGUCCAAUGAGGUCUGAAGUUUGGGGACAUUUUACUAAAACUCAAAUGAAGAAGGAAAAGAAAUACAAUUUGUGUUGCAAAAUUAUCUCUCACACUGAGCAGGACGAAACCUCCUCCAAGGAUAGGCUACUUUUGAAAUUUUCAUUAGUUUUUGUUUUUAUUUUCAGUUUAGUUUUAAUUAGUUUUUAUUUCUCAUGCAAAUAUUUUUCAAAAUGCUUCAUUUUUAAUUUAGUUUUUAUUAGUUUUGGGGUUAGCUGGAGUCUUUUAUAAUAUGGUACUUGUCAGAAGUAAGACCCAGAAAAAACCUUCAGUAAAAAAGUGCUCUUAGUAAAUGUUUCAGAGAAAAACUUUUUAAAAGUUCUGUAAAAGUGGACCACAGAAAAUAGAGUAAAAAGGAGAAAAAAACAUCACUUCUGCUGGAAGAACUUUAGAGAAGGACCCUGAAGGAUUUCAGUCAGUUAGUUAUUUUUUUUUCUUCAAAUUUUUAACAGUUUUUCAAUGAGGCCUUGUCUUUAUCCUGAUUUCAGCGAACAAAAAUGGUUUUGACCUUCUAGUUUUUGUUGUUUCGUCAGUUUUUUCGAACAUUAAUGAGCUUUGCUGAGCACAGACUCUCCGUCACUAAAAUGUUAAAAAUAGUUACAGAGCUAGCUGGUCUAGUGGUCAAAGCCUCAUAUAUACUGUAGAGGUUAAAGUCUUUGUUGCAGCGGCUACUAAGUCCCUUUGCAGAAUGCUCCCCACAUUUUCUCUCUCUUAUUUAUCUAAGAGGCAAAAAAAUCCAAAAUCUUCAACAAAAGCAGUAAUUUUGUGUUGAAAUUGGGUUCAAUCAGCAGGAUAAAAGCUCGUACGCUAGCUUAACCAGGUCUCCUAUAAUGAUACAAAGAUUUAUGAGGAUUCCAGUCUGGGUCAGUGAAAUCAUUAUAAAGGCAGGUUAAGGAAGUAAAACCUCGCUAUGAUGUGCUUAAAUGCCACAUGAGUAAAAAGAAGGUAUCAACAAACUUUGAAAGUCAUUUUGUUUUCCAAGCAAUAAAAAGAACGUAUUAGAAAUGUAAUCAAAAGCAGUUUAACUUCCAGACACGAGCUAUAAUCAGCUUAUGUUGCGUCUUCAAUACUAUUAAAGACAAGAUAUUAUUGCACAGAAAGAUUAGGGGGAAAUACAGUAAUUUAUUUCCACAUCACUAGAAUCAUUAGUCAUAGUCUCCGCACCGAAUAAUAGACUAAUAUAGACAGAGGUAUUGACACAGACUUGGAUCCUGUAGGAGUCUCUAUAAUAUUGUCAGAUUAAACUGAAAUAAACUAUCCCCAUCACGGAAAUGAUCCAACAUUAUGUCAGUCUUCAAAGGCUGUUUUUGAGCUGCAGCACCAGAAGAAGCUGUGUUAAGAGACGCCCUGUAAGCCACCUCUACAUGCUGACAUGCGACCCUUUAAUUGAUAGUUUACGGCUUUUUUUUUAAACUCCAGAUGGCACCUCUGGCUGUCCUCCAAAAGACAAAAGACACAGCAUAAUGCAAGUGUGGAUGUAAAGUUUUAAAACAAAGAUUUAGCAGUUUUUCCUGACAAGAAAAGACCUGAAGAAAAGGUCCCAGAGGAAGCGUGGUGUAAUUUUCUGACUGCUUUUGUACCUGAUUGAGUGUGUAUUUUUCACUGCGACGUCUCAAUAAGACAGGUAGGGUUCACUUUCUAUCCAGCUGACUGAUUCAGCGUGUUUGCAGUUUGUUUGAUUGCCCUGCGGUAAGAUGCUGAAUGAUGCCUCUUUACAAGGCUUUUGCAUCUGUUAAUAUUUCCCAUGCCUAUUUGUUCUGUAUGAUCCCCUUUUAAAUGUGACAUGAUCAUUUUUUCCCUGUCGCAAAGUAACAGAUGCGCGGCGCUCUUAAUGGACGGGCUGCCUUCCUCUGCGGUGCUGUUUGUUGGUGCAGAGAGUGAAAAUAAAUACUCGCAGGCCCUGUUCUCACAAUCCUCAGAUGAUAAAUGCAUUAUUAAAAUCAGCUCCUGUUUUGUAUUUGUUGCUGCGGUUUCAUUAUGUCGCUUUUUGCAGCAGUCCAGCUGCAUUGCUGCACACCUUCUCAUCCCUCUCUGCUCGUAUUGAUAGUGUGAUUUGCUUUAUCUGGUUCAGUCAAUAGAAUCACCUUUUGCUCCUUUAUAAUCUCCCUAAGGAUAGCUUGUCCUUCUCCCCGUGCAAACAAACACAGCACUCUGUUGCCCCCUAAUCGCUCUUUAGCUGAUCUGGCAUUUUACUCGGAGCAGGAAGCAACAAGAACGCACCCUUCUUGCAGUAUAUAUAUCUGUGAUGAGCAGCUGUCUUUCAUGCUUUUAGUUUCCCUUUUCUCAGCAGAUUUUCCCCUGUGGGAGAACAUGAGCAGGUUGUCAUCGGCCUGUGCAUGGUUCUUCUUUAUGCAACAUUGCAUAAAUAGCGGAGGAGUGCUCCACUAAUACAAGAGGAUCAGUCAUGCUUUCAAACAGGCGUACCAACUGCUUAGAGUGGAUUUUUUGAAGGCAACAAGAGGGAGUUUGGAAAGCAGCCAGUCGCUAAUUUAGAGUAUCAGCUCACAAUGCAGAGCUUUUUGUUCAUGCGAGGGAGAGUCUGGAUAUGCUCAUCAUAACACAUCACCGCGCAGCUCGUCAUUCAGAGCUAUUGAUCGACUUCAAGUCCGCAAACAUGGCACCGGUAGGCAUUUCCCCCCUGAAGCCCGUGUGGCAGACUUUAUCUGCAGCAAACCCCGGCAGGGAGGACAGUCAGGCCUGUGACAGUGAGUAACGAGAGUGCCCGGUGUAUAGGUGAGUCGAGAGGGGCAACUAUCCAAUAAGGCAUGAGGAAGAGAAUAAGAUAUAUGUGCAGGGUCCUGGGAGAACAGUGAGGUCAGCGCCCUCCAGAGCUCCGCUAGCCCAAUCUGCCCACGCUUGAUGGAUUGAGAUCUCUUGUGUCAUCUCUUUCUACCGCAAUUUGGGUGACAAGGGCACCGGGACAGUCCAGGCUGCUGUAAAUGAUGGGAUUUUUAGAACCAUGUUGGCUCAACAAAUCAGCUUCCUGAUAAUAUAUGGUCUCUCUCACCCUCCCUACCGUUCUCUCUCUCUGUCUUUGUCUCUCUCUUACCAGGGAGAUGCUGGUGAAACAGGAGAGCCAGGCCCUCAGGGAGAAGUUGGCCCACCAGUAAGUCAUCUGAAUUUCUUUUUCCUGUUUAUACAUGAGCAGAAAAGAAAGAGAACCAUACAGUAUAAGGGAUUUGUUUUAUUGUUUUUUAUCCAGCUUUUCAAAUAAGAUAACAAACUUUAAAAUAUUCCAGGGUCCAAGGGGAGAGCGAGGAGAAAAGGGAGAAGGCGGCCCUGCUGGUGCGGCUGGACCUCCUGGCCCCAAGGGACCCGCUGGAGAUGACGGUCCCAAAGGCAGCCCAGUAAGCUUCUUCUCACUUUGGCGCCUGACAGAGAGAAUUUCUCUUAAGAUAACCUUUUACCUCCAAACCUGAUUUUUCCUUCAAGUAAUGCAGCUUUUAUUGAUUUUCAGGGCCCAAGCGGUUUCCCUGGUGACCCCGGCCCCCCUGGAGAGCCCGGUCCUGCUGUAAGUAUGGCAUGAAAGCUCAUCCAACCCCUGAAUGAAUUGUGCAAAGUCUAUUGUUAACCUUUAACAUUUGGAUACGUGACUGAGGAUCUGUUUCAUUCUUAUUCAGGGGUUAGACGGUCCACCUGGUGACAAGGGAGAUGAUGGAGAGGCUGGUCAACCUGUGAGUGCCGUGGACUACUUAUUUUGCACUUAGUGUCGUGUCUGAAAGGGACUUCUUUUAUAAGAGAGUUGACAUAAAAUCACAAAAUGAGUAAUGUUUGAUUUUCAAACUAGGGUUCCCCUGGACCCACUGGAGAGUCUGGUCCCUCUGGACCACCUGGAAAGAGAGUAAGUCCUAUUCCAGUCACUGCAGAGUAUUUAAAAUGUUCUUUUUAUUUCUACAGAGUUGAACUGUGACAUCCUUUUUUCUAUCAAACAGGGCCCACCUGGAGCUGCAGGACCUGAGGGAAGGCAAGGAGAGAAGGGAGCGAAGGUAGAGCCUCAAACAGACACAGAACCUUCUGGUCUUUUGUAUAAGACGCAACAAAUGGGCGAAGAAUCAACGAGUGUGUGUAUUGUGUUUUUGUUUGACAGGGAGAGUCUGGUUUGGAAGGUCCCCAAGGAAAGACAGGUCCUGUUGGACCUCAAGGAUCACCUGGCAAGCCUGGUUCUGAAGGUCUUAGGGGUAUUCCUGGCCCAGUGGUAAGUAGAGUGUUUCAUCUCUGUUGACCAAAGCCACAUUUUGUUAUCUGAUCUUCCAUAACGGCCUAAAGAGAAAGUGUACCCUUUGUUCUGUACACUGAGUUGAGCUGAAGCUAAAAAGACUGUGUUCUUGGUCCACGCAGGGAGAGCAAGGUCUUCCAGGUGCUCCAGGCCCUGAUGGUCCUCCCGGACCCAUGGUAAGUGAACUCAGCUUUUCAGUUGAGGUCUUCUACAGAAUAUUUGAGACUGAGCUGAAAUCUCACACAACUGAAUCCUUUCCUUAGGGUCCUCCUGGUCUGCCUGGUCUUAAAGGAGACUCUGGUGUCAAAGGAGAAAAGGUGAGUCACUUCAGCUUUGAACAAAAUAAAAGCUUUCACGCAGGACUCAAUAAGACUAAUGGGUCUGUUUACUGACAGAUUGAUUAGAUCAGUUGUUUGCCUCCAGCCAUCAAAUCAUUACCUCGAUCAUUAGAGGGUCUGUCAGACGGAUGUAUUAUACAGCUAAUGUUUAUAAUGGUGCGUUAUUGACUGUUGUAUUGAUAAUAUAUACGUGUGUGUGUGUGUGUUGCUUUCUUCCCUCAGGGACAUCCGGGUCUUAUUGGUCUCAUUGGACCCCCAGGUGAACAGGGAGAAAAGGGUGAUAGAGGUCUUCCUGGUCCUCCUGGAUCCCCUGGUGCCAAGGGAGACUUUGUAAGUAAACAAAACCACACUGUGGGAAAUAACAAACAAAUGCUCACAUGUUAGAGACAGACUGGGUAAUGUUGGAGAGUCGGGCUGUUUCUUCCAGUUAUCCUCUUGUCUUUAUCAUUUAAGUCUUUCACAUCCUGGUCACACUCCUUUAAUUUCUGUUUCAGGGUAUUUCUGGUCCCACAGGUCCUCUUGGUCCCAUUGGUCCCCCUGGAUUACCUGUAAGAUGACCUGCCUCAUUAUGUGUUAUUAAUUGAUAGUGUUAUGUCUAAAAGGUAUUGAUUUCUAUGUCAUCUUUUUGUUUACAGGGUCCUCCUGGUCCCAAAGGUGCUAAAGGAUCAUCUGUAAGUGUUCUCCCUAUAAGUUCUUCUUCAUCAGAAACAACAUAAGAACUUUUAAGUCCUCUCUUCAAGUAAUUUUUUGCUGGAGUGAAACUUUUCUGUGAUUUGUGCCACUUAGGGUCAAACUGGACCAAAGGGAGAGACUGGUACACCUGGACCCCCUGGACCUCCUGUAAGUGAAAUCCUUACUUUUUUGUAUGACUCAUUAUUUCCUCAGUUUCACAGACACUCAUAUCUCUGACUUGUCCAUGACAGGGACCACCCGGCGACGUCAUCCACCCACUCCCCAUCCAGGCUCCCAUCAAGGGCAGAUCUCGCAGGAACAUUGAUGCCAGCCAGAUGGUGGACGACGCAGCCAUGGACGCCAACUACAAGGAUUACGACGACGGCAUGGAGGAAAUCUUUGGAUCCCUGAACUCCCUGAAGCUUGAGAUCGAGCAGAUGAAGCACCCACUGGGCACACAGAGCAACCCUGCUCGUACCUGCAAAGACCUGCAGCUCUGCCACCCUGACUUCCCCGAUGGUUUGUGUUGACUUUGCAGAUUAUUUCAAAACGCCAUUUUUCGACCAACCGAUUACUUGGGCUACCUCUAGUCUGUUGGGUUAUCCAGUUUUAAAUAGUCAUGAGUUUCAACCGUAUUAGGUCAAUCAUCGGUUUGCUAUAUGAGCAUGUUAGCAGCUCAUCCGUCAUAGCUGCAUUUUACUUACCAUUUGUGCUUGGUUAUAAGUUCAUAUGCUGUGUUAGAGUUACCUCUGAAGUCAGGAGUCCAAGCUGAAAAUGACGUCACACCCGAGUUCCCAGCGUUUCAGUUACCAAGUCGGAAAAACAAGAAUGGCUACAUGUACGAAAAUUAUUUUAGCGCAUGCCUUAUAUUCAGACUGGGCAAGCACUAAAAUAACUUUCGUAGAUGUAGCCAUCUUGUUUCCGCCUCUGAUUUUGCUUUUUUCUGACUUGGUAACUGAAAGGCCGGUAACUCGCAUGUGACGUCAUUUUCAGCUCGGACUUCUGACUUCCGAGGUAACUCGAACGCAGCAAUAGUCUGGUAUUUUCAUCCUGUUCUCAAAAGAGUGAGAGACAAAAAGUCAACACAGAAGGUGUUUGUUGAAAUAUCCUGUUUUAACAAUUCUACAUUUGACUUCAUCAAAGCCAACAACUUUACCAACAACAGAAAGAUGUUAUUUUUGGUGUCUCAAAGAUUUGAAAUAUUUCCCUAAAGCAAGAAAAAAUAGACUUUUCUUACUAAGACAUGUCUGAAUAUGAUGGAAGCAUGAAAAACAUUGAUAGUGAAGAAUAGAAAAUAUGUUUUCUAUUGAUAUUCAGCUCAGAUGCUCCCCAGUACCUUUGAAGCCUAACAUGUACACCUCCAGGUCAGAGCAAUGUCCUACAACUGCACACCCUCUAUAAUGGCCUCCCUCGAUCUGUUUUCUCUCUCCUGUCCUCCAGGUGAGUACUGGGUCGAUCCAAACCAGGGCUGCUCCCGGGACUCCUUCAAGGUUUACUGCAACUUCACAGCGGGUGGAGAGAGCUGCAUCUACCCAGAUAAGAAAUCUGAAGGGGUAAGCCUGACCAUGUUUACAAGAAAUAAAACACACAGUAUGAGCACUAAGGUUUGGGAUGCAGCAGAUAGAAGGGUUGGAAAUAAGAGUUGUAAGAUGGUGUUAUAUAAAAAAAGAAGAAGGGAAUUAUUUUCAGCCUGCAGGUUGUGCAUGUUGAUUGACGGUAAAAUAAGCUAAAUACUCCUGAUAAGUGAUGAUUUUCUUACUUUGCGCUCAUCUGGAACAAGCUGCUGUGUGUUCUUUUUAGAAAAACCUGAACAUCUCAAGGCAGCAGUACCUGCAAAUGGUACUCUUUUAUACCUACACAUGAACUUUAGUAAUUAGUCUCCAUGAGAAUACCGGAUGGGUUUCUACCAAGAAGAUAAAGGAGGUGACUGUGAAAUACUCCCUGAAUUCCUUAAAGGCUUCAAAAGCUGUUUGUGUAUGAGUGUGUGAGUUUGUAAAAUAUUUUCCCAAAGAUUUAAAAUCUGAUCUGUUGGUAGAGUCUGUGACCCAGCAAAGAUAAAACUCCCUCUAAAUAUUUCUGUAACUCCACAGAGUCAGAAAAAGAAGUUACUUUGCAUCAGCUGAAAUUCCCCGUAAGAUACAAAAAACUUUUCACACCUCGACUGUGUCAGUUUUAGUGCCUAUAAGAAUUUGGAAUCCAGUUUGUGUACAUAUGACCCCACAAUAUCAGGAAAACAUGUUUGUGUGUUUCAAAGGAAUUAUAUUAUAUACAUAGAAGCCCACUCCAAGAUAAGAGUGAUUCGUGUGUGUUGGUUACAAAAACCUAAGGGUUUGAACAACAAAGUAUGUCCCCAUAUUGAUAUAAAAACAGAUUAGUAUGUGUUCAGGUUUGUUCAAUCAAACACACUAAUCCAGUUAGUGUCUUCAAGUCAAUCAGUAAAAAUACAUGGCCAGGUUUUUUUUAUGGGACCCCACAAACAUAGGAAAACAAGUUUGUGUGUCAGUUAAAAUCACUGCUCAAGCAUCACACUGCAUACAGAGUGUCUGUUUGUGUGGGUGUGUGUGAAAACGUGUGUAUGUAUUUUUGUCCAUACCAAGAAACCACUACUUUAGAAACGUGUGUUAGAGAAAAAAAGGUUAAAUAUUAUAUAUAGGACAUAUACUUUUGCAGGUUUGCAGGUUAGCUGAACUUAAAAAUGCAUGAAUCCAGUGAUGUGACCCAACCAAGAAGUGCCACAAAGACAGGAAAACGUGUUAGUGUGUGCCAGUUACAUUCAUUUAAAGGCAUUGUACUGUACACAGAGUAUGUGUGUUUGCGUGGCCAUACAAAGAACUAACAUUUUGUAAACGUAUGUCAGUAAAAAAUCUGCAGAUGCGUGUCCCUUCAUUGACAUCAAAACGUGACAGUUUGCACUUUAUGCAAGAAUCCAGUUUGAGUGUGUAUAUGACCACGCAAAGGUCAUUUUUGGCUCAUGAGACCCCACAAAGAUAAGAAAACGUGAAUGUGUGUGUAAGUCACAAUUCAUCCUUUGGCAUUAUUUACAGAUUGUGUGUUGACGGUAAAACAAACCUUUUUUCUGUUGUUGUUAAUGAAAGUGUUUUUGGCAAAUAAUAUUUCAAGGUAGAAUAACUUUCUUUUGGUACUUUCCAUGAAGAUAUAAAAACAAAACAAGUGUGUGUGCAAGUUUGCAGGUAAGAACAACGUGCAAAUCUGUAGCUCUGACAGUCCCGUCUACAGGGAGGUAAAUUCAUGCAUCGACUCUUUGCAUUCAUAUUGUUUCAGCGCCGUUUUUAGAUACAAGGCCAUUACGGACUUUAUCACCUGUAAAGCCUUGGGCAGGUGACAGGCACUCUGAGAAGAUUUUUACUUCAUUAUACAUGAGUAUGUGGAGGAGAGGAGAGAAAUAGAAGAGGAGAGCUAGCGGUGUGGUGAAACAUUGGGAACACUUUCUAUGACAAGCCGGGGGUUGUGUAAUAGCGCAGAGCUACAGCCACUUUAAUGAUCCCACUCACUGGGCCUCAGAGGAGCAGGAGUUUGCUUUAGCUUGGAAUAAUGAAGCAGACUUUUUAUAGCGUGUCAGUGAUGGGCGGCUCUCAUUUGUGUCAGGGGGUUAAAAGAAGAAGCCAGUUUCUGCAACCAGAUUGCAAAGACUCCCACAUGUGUUAUGAUUGGCGUUUUUUAUUACUAGAGCACAUAGUUAUCUGCAGAAUCACAUCGCCUGACAUGCUAUCAAGGAUACUCUUUGUAGAGGGAGAUGCUGUAUGUUUGCCGCCUCUCCACUCCUCUGCAAACUGAAGGUCACCUUCAAGGCAGCAUGGGUCUAAUGCAUGCCAUCCCCCUAGCGAUGUGUGAUCUCCGGCCCAUCAUUCAUUAGCACAUUAAAGCUAUUGAUGACAGUUCCAUAUCAAACCCCGCUAUCUCAUUAAGGCGAAAUUCAUCAUUGUCAAAGUGGAGACCAUUACAGCUGUGCCCUGUUGGCCAAUUCACAGUUUUUAAUAGCAUAACAAAGUCAGUUCACCCUGGCUGCACAGCGCUAACACCGAACAGCAGGGAUACAGGCCGCAGUAUAAGAUCUCCUCGCAGGCGAUCAUUUCUUAAUUAAUCACUGUGUACUCAUGAAUUUUUCAGCAGCAAUUAGCUGCCAGCUACAGUUUGUACUGUACAAAAUGGCAUAAUGGCUCGCUAAAAUUUCCUGCCCUGGACCGCUCCCCCUGAUCUCACCGGGUGCUGGGGAGAUUCCUCAAGAGAAGAAGAAGAAGAAGAAGAAGUGAAAGGAAGAAAAAAAAAGGGAAAGAGGGUGUAUUUGUGUGUGUGUGUGUGUGUAUGUGUGUGUGUGUUUAGAUGUUGCUUUAACACGGUUGUUUUUUCCCUCCUCUGCCUCUCUGUUGAUUCACACCCCCAGGCUAGGCUCACAUCCUGGGUUAAGGAGAAUCCCGGCUCCUGGUUCAGUGAAUUCAAACGUGGUAAACUGGUAAGCCCGACUUUUCCCAAGUCCUUUUCCCUUCCCUGAAUGCCUUUUAUAUUUUACAGAGCAAAAUGGCAAAAUGGCCCAAAGACUCUCCAGGCACAUGGUAUAGUCACUACAAGAGAGGUUCCCUGGUAAGUAGCCCUGCCUGCGGUACCAGAAGUCCUCGCUGCGGCCUGGACUCUGUGUGAUUUAAAGGCUCUGCAUGGUUCUGGUUCUGCCCUCUGAAGUAUGUACACGCUUCAGUGUUUUGCUUGUCGGUUGCGGUGCAUGAUUGAGCGCUAGCUGCACUCACCUUCAGUCCAAAAGCAAAGCAGGUGAUGCUCUCACAAGGCAAUGGAGCGGAGGUUUGUGGACCAUACCGGCGAGUUUCUCCUGCAGUGGAACGAGAAAUUUUACACCUGAUGGAGUUGGACAAAGAAAACAGUGUACUGCAGUUUAAAUCCUUGACUGUAUAUCCACGCCUCUGCUACAUUAAGAGAGCAUCUCCUGAGAGUGACUGUGUGCCUUGAUACUUGAAUGACUCAAGAAGCAGCAGCAGUAGAACAAAACAAAGAGGAUUUAAUAGUGCAGGAAUAAAACACCUGAGACUUUAUGCAUCACUUUACGCCCCUCUUCCUCACACAUUCUAUUUCUUGAACCGCCUCAGCGGGUCGUUCGCUCCUCACGAGAGGGGGGAAACAUAAGUGUCACUCCCUCUUUCCACGGCAGCCAUUCAGCCGCACUCACAUUCCCAGCGUCUCCCUUAAAACACUGCUUAGAUCCAGCCGAGCGGCUCUGAGUCAGACCAGGUCAGGCACUCAGUCACCACCCAGGGGCUUCUGGGUACUCAGUCACUGUUGACUUGCGGCUGUGAUGAUGAAGAGGUAAUGUGUCUCUGGCGAUGUCGGGCUGGAUCCACACGCUGAGCAGGGUGGGGGGGGUUGGAAGUGGGGAAAAAGAAGCAGUGGUGGGGUGAAAGGAAAGAGCAUGGAGGUGAAAACCCCAGAAUAGUCUCCACCACAGUGCUGACACUCUCUGACAUUUUGCAGAAAGUCUAAAUUCUGCUCACACUUUGAUUUAAACCCUUUAAAAGCUGCAAAAUAAAGCAGUAAAAAUUCUGAUUUCAGUGUCAAAUUUGAGUGUCGGCCCUCUGGUUUGUACGUGCAUGUGUGUAUGCGUGCGUGAAAAGUCGCUUCUAUGCAAGAGCAAGUCCAGAAAGAACACAUCAGGUCUCUUGCUGCAUGGAUGCUGCACGGAUGCUGCUGCUGCUGCAUGCGCUCUCCUCUCAGUAAGUCCUGUUUGUCUGAAAGACGAAGCGAACCAUGUGGAUCUAAUGGAUUCCUGAUGGUUGGUAUGCAGAUCAGUCACUUUACGGACAUUAAUCGAAGCGCUUCCAAACAUGCCGUGUUAUCAGGCAGGAUUACAAGGCGAUACAAUCAGCUUAAUGGGAUAUAUCUCCGUUUUCUGAGAGAUGAGCUCAAAAAGCUCAAAAAUACGAGGCUAAUUAUAGGUUAAUUACCAGGCAAUUAGCAUAUCAUUACUCCAACACAUUUCCUAUUAGGAUAAUUACAUUUUCAUGUGCUUGCUAUAAUUUCUAAUAUUGGAUAUGCAUUUUACAUAAUUACAUAAUCAAGAUCUGAAUGAGGUGUUCAGUUAUGCUUAUUUUCUUGUACUUUGAAGGCAGAAUUUUCCACAUUAAGCCUUUCACAUUAGUGCAGCUUCAGGGCAUUAGACCUAGAAAUGUUCUGCACCAAAUCCUCCCCAUCUUAUAGUCAAAAAUAUACACUCUAGAGUUUAUGUUGUAAACAAAUCACAGUUUAAAAACUAUUCAAAAAGGAAGUAUCGGUAUCUAAAAAUCUAAUUUGUUAGGUUUGCCUUAAAAAAUACAAGCUAAAAGAAGAGUAAUAAACAUAUCAGUGAGCUGUGCAGCUGCUCCGGUUAACACAGUCCUCAUAUAUGAUGCACAGAGUGAAAGCCUCAUGGAAUAUUUUCAUGUAUAAAUUAUCAGUAGUGGCUAAAUAUGUUUAAUUAUGCAGGCUAAAAUAGUCCCUAAGAAAUGAACUAUUUCAUAUUUGUGUCACACCAUGGUGCCAAUUAAUUUGAGUAAGAAUAAGAAUAACUUUAUUUAUCCACUAAGGGAAAUUCAAUUAUAUUCAAUAGGUUAGAUUAAUACAAAUUUCUUAUUUAAUGCACAACUUAUAAAUCAUUGUCUGUUUCUUAAAUUGUAAACAGAGACAAUUGAUUCCCUUCUAGUGGAUAGAACGUAAAAAUAGUGCCCCCUAGAGGCACUUUUACCAUAUAAAGCACGAAAAAGGCGCCUUGAAUGCCCCUCAUGUAAAUAAAACGUUUAAAAAGUGCCCUCUAGAUGUCCUUCUGUUAAAAUUAAGAUAUAAAAGUACUGUCUGACUGCCCUCCAAUAGAUUAAAUGUCAAAAGGUGCCCUUCUCGAGCUAUUAAAGAUUAAAUGCUUAGUUGAUAUUCAAGAUUUAAAAACUAAAUUUGAUACUCCAGAAAGUCAUUUUUUCUAAAUUUAGGUGUCAGAUGAAUUUAUUCCAUGAUUGAAUUUUUAAUUUAAUAUUUCAAAAUGACUAAAUGAAAAUCUUACUUGAAUACCAGUCUCAUGCAGAAAAUCACCUUAAUUUUUCUGCUAAGUUGUUAAAAUUGUUUUAGUGAUUAUCUUCCAAAUUUUCACCACUAAAUGUUGCAUAAAUAUUCUUCAGAGUGCAGGGAAUUUAAAUGAGUCUUACACUGUUAGUUUUAAGUGUUUGAAAAACUAUUACAUUUCUGUAACCUUCAGGCUGCCCACCGUCCAGGGUCUUAAAAUAUGUUAUGCCAUAUUUAACAGGCUAGAACUGACGCUAUUGUGGAACAUGGUUACAAAAUGCUAAAAAGACAGAAAAUUAAAGAGCGAUAAAUAUUUAGACUUGUAUUAAUCGCAAUCUUCUGUGUGCUGGUGCCCUUUAUAUUAUUUUUGCCCCUGGCCCUCAAACAGCCUGGAUAUGCCACUGGUCUGGAAUGGGUUUCGAAGUUAUUUAAGUAAAAAUGGUGCCAAAAGGCAAAUAUUUCCCUGUUUCAGUGAUUGUUCUUAAAAAUGAAAGUGCGCUAAUGUUUAAACAGAUGAGUUUUGAACCAAUUUAUAAUUUCUUAAAACUGUGAUUUGUUGUUUAUUAAAUAAGAAGGAAAAGUUCAGAGGGUAGGGCAGGUUAGUGUAACUUAUUCAUGUUGGUUUUUUUUUUUUAAAGGGAUUAGUAGCCAACAAGAAAAAUAUGGAACACCUGGAGCCUCGCCCUUUAUUGAUCAAGCACAUGUACUUCUCUGCUGGGCACAGGCGAAAUGAAAUCCUGUUAGUUUUGUUUGUGCUCUCCCGGAGCAUGGCAGUUUAUUAACUCUGUGUCCUUGGAUGACGCCUCCUUAUUCGGACUCUGUUGUCAAUACGAAACACGUCCUACACAUCUGAACACAGCAGUAAAGCAAAUUAAAAGUCGUAAAUUAAAUCAAAAUGACCCCCGGGGGACGAAAAAGCUGCGGUGUGGAGAUUAUAGCGUGUUCUAAAUCUUUUUAGGAUCCCUCCCUACACUCCUCCUGUACACCAGUCCCUCCUCUUGUUGUUUUGUUCUUGAGGCUGAACCAAAUCUCUCCUGCAGCUCUCCUACGUCGAUGCAGAGGGCAACCCCAUCAGCGUGGUCCAGAUGACCUUCUUGAGGUUGCUGAGCGCGGCGGCUCGACAGAACAUGACCUACAACUGCUACCAGUCAGUGGCCUGGCACGACCAGGAUCAGGACAACUACGACAAGGCCAUCCGCUUCCUGGGCUCCAACGACGAGGAGAUGUCUUAUGAUAACAACCCUUACAUCCGCGCCGUGUCGGAUGGCUGUGCGGUGAGUUUGUGGAGGCCUCUUUUGAUGGAACGCUGCCGGAGAAUCGAGUCCCUCUUGUCUUUGUAGUGGCAGAACAAAAAGCGAGUGAUGUCUGUGUUUUCGCGGGAGUAUAGGAACACACUAACCCUCCCUUCUGCUGUGUUUUCUCUCCCACAGUUGAAAAAGGGCUAUGAAAAGACAGUACUUGAGAUCAACACACCAAAGGUGGAGCAGGUGCCAUUUGUGGACAUCAUGUUCAACGACUUUGGCGGCUCCACGCAGAAGUUCGGAUUCGAAGUGGGCCCUGUCUGUUUCAUCGGCUAAGACUGUUUACCGAGCAAAUGGAGAAAAAAUAAAAGCAUAUAUUUGUUUUCUCAGAAAAAAAUAAAACAAAAUGAAAAUGAAUAGGACAUUUGUAAAAAAAAAAAAAAGUAACUUUUUUUUCCAUAAAGCAACAAGUAUGAGUAAAAAUGAAAUCAAGUGCAGAGAAAUCCUAUAGGAAUAGAGGAAAAUAACCUUGAAACCUCAGUGUGCCUUCUCCAUCACAUGCAAGUUUUGAAACUGGAUGUCAGAUCCUGCCUCUUCCAAACGCCAAACGCACGCACAGUUCUGUAGCCCGCCUGUGCCAUCUCUUUUUUUUUUUUUUUUUAAUUUUCUAUUUUUGACCCAAACUUCGAAGGCGACCCUGAGAUCUGCAGCCGCUCCAGACGGUCGCAGCAUUUACCACGGACUCCAUCUGAUUCGGCUUUUUAAUUUUUUUUUUCUUGUUUUCAUUUUUAUUUUUCUCUCAUGUUCUUCUUCAUCGCCCUGGCUUUUCUUCCACUUGUCUCCUUUACUUGGUUGUUGUUGCUUUGUUCGCUCAUUCACUACGGGAGCUUUGUUUGUGCAUAAUUGUCCUCCCCAUUCUCUUGGAAUGGAUCUUAUAUAUAUAAAUAUAUAUAAAUAAUUUUUAUGUUUGUAAGUACAUUCUGUAUAUUUUUUUUCCUGGUAUUGUUUAUUGCUUUUCUGGCUUCAAAACAUGCAUGUGACUUGAUUCAUUGUGAGGUAGGAGAUGACAGAAACGGGGUAACAUCUUUAUAAACAAAAAAAAAAAGAAAAGAAAUUGAUGGAUGCGUAAAGUGAGGAAAUUCGACUUGUAAAUUAGAAAACAAACAAUUGGGAAGUCCUGUCUUGUUGCCGUUGUGGAGCACACCUUGUUGUAAUUUAAGAACAGAAUGGAAAUAAAAGACGGAUUCAAGCUCUGUGAUAUUAUGUGACAGUUUGAUUUGCAUAAGAAAAAUACUACAUUCCUCCUUUUGUGCCCUCUGAACAGAACACCUACUCCGGUGGCAAUAUCAUUAACUUAAUAACAGCUUUUUUUUUUUUAAACUUCUCCUUCAAAUACUCACCUGUCUGACUAUGCAAUGGGAGAUGAUGUCACAUUUUAAUGGCGAACACAAAGAAAUCAAAAACUAGGUGCUAUUUUCUCUCUUCUGUGGUGCUAUGUAAUUUUCUAGUUGUUGUAUGAAUGAAAGGAUUAUUUGGUGAUAAUAUUCAAUCACCAGCAAACUCCCCUUCCCCUCCCUGAGACUCUUUCCAACCACCAUGUUUGGACGUAGGUGGAUCUCUGCUGCAUCCAUUUGUAUUUUUGUUUGUUUUUUACGCCAAGCGGUGGUGUUUGCAUGCCAUUUCUCUCCCUGAUCAGUGCAGCAUGGUGGCGUCUCUUAUCUCCUGCUUCAGCGGGCCGCACAGAUAAUAAACUUGUACCAAACUUGUGGGAUUAAGCAGACAGAGGGAUAAGAUGUUGGCUUUUGCAUAUGAGCGUGCUGCAUUUGUGCUCUUGCUGUCAGAUCACCCGUGUCACAUCAGAGUGACGGAGUUGAGGAGUGGACAUGUUGCGAUUGGGCCAAAGGGAAAAGGUCCAAAGUUUUGAUUUUUGGUUGAUACCCCAAACCCUUCCACCAAAGGUUUAUAUUUGUAGCUUUAUGGGCCAUGAUGGCUUGAAAUCAAUUGUUUUUUAUACGGGGAACAACUUGAAAAGUAUAUUUUCUUGAUUUAACCGCAGUAGCAGGUCGCUAAAUUAGCCAGAUUACAGAGUUAGCUCACGCAGCAUUAAAGUAAAAGAUCGCUAUUUUUUAUUUCAUUUUUUUUGCCCUUAUUGUAAUUAUGCUCUUUGUUCAAACUAUGCACUCUCUAUGCUUAUGACCACUAGUAUCUACCACAGAAUUUUUACAGCUCUCCAUACAUAGGUUUGCUUUACUUCCUUUUAUUUUUAUUUUUAUCUUCCAUAUGUGACUUGAACCAUUUCUGUUAAGGUAACUCAAUAUGCUUGUAGAUCUUUGGCUUUAUUUUCCAUUGUGAUGCAGUACACCCAAAUUUAAACACGUUGCUCUCAAUAAAAAAAAAGGACAAAUUUUUGUAAAUUUCCAGAACCAGCAGUGAUGCUGCCUUUGUUUUUGUUUUUUUGUUUUAUUUUGUAGAUUUCAAUUUGUCUGUCUGUUUUGUUUGUUUUCACAGUCUUGUCAAACCUGUGUAAGGAUAAGAGGAUAGAAGUUAUAUUGGUUUUUAUGUCAAUAAAUUCAAGUUUACUGUGGCCAUCCACUCUUGUAUGUCUUUUGAAGCAUUAAAACCUAUCUGUAUGCAUGAAAUUGUAAAGUUUUUUCUCUUGUUAUAACUAAUUUGUAGAGUGACAUGACCUCCAGUCCACGUCUCUUCUUCUUCAUCAGGAUACGUCAGUUUUUCUACAGUCAUGUCCACGAUUGUGAAGUGGAGAGAAAAAUGAUGAACUUGUAACUCUACCAAAGCCAAUGUUCAUUUGUAGUAUAUUUAUUGUAUUAUUUAAAAUAAAAAAAUAAAUGUUAAAUGACACCAUAGUGUAAGUGUAAGAGGCGCCCUCUUUAUAUGCACAUGGGUAAACAAAAGUCUAACGGUUACUAACUUAUUACAUGUUGUUUCUGCUUCACACAUGACUUCUUUAAAUGGAGCCCAUUCGGCCACAACCAUUUAAACUGAUCAUUCAGUCUUUAAUAUGACAUUUUCUGGCCCUUUUGUGUGUGAGAGUGUGUGUUUAAGUUAACAUUUAAACCAAAUAAAUGAGCGGGUGGAUGUCUGAUCAAGUCUGAAACGGACUAGGUGACAGUAAAAAUGCGCCACAUUGAUUUUUCUGAAGUCAUUUUUUGUGAUUUUUGCCUUUAAGAGGGGAAACUGAGAGGAUACAGAGAGGAGAUGGAGGAAGAUGUGCAGCGAGGGGGUCCAACCAAGCAACCCCUGUGAUGCCUCUGUGUAGAUUUUCACCUCAUGAUCAGAGUCAAGAUGCCGGAGAUGCUAAUGUACGCCAUUUCAUCAUUCCAGCAAUGCAAGAAGUGUAAAGAAAUAUGUACACUAACUCCCCCUCGGUGUACAUAUUUAAUGAGGACUCUCCUUCGUUAUCAUUAGAGUAGUUUUUUCUCCCAUGCACCACUUAUUCAAUAAUCUUUUAUAUUUGAGCUUUGAUCAAACUGAUGCCUGGGAAGAAGACUUGCAACACUCUGAGCGUCUCAUUAGCAGGGAUUCUUGCACCGUGCACAGUUAGCCUUGCACAGCAAAAACAAAAAAAAAAAAAAGGAAAAGUUGUUCUGCAUGAUACCAUGAUCAAUAUUUAAUGCAGUCUUUACAGGAUGGAUUUGGGACGAUCAGAUCAGAGUGUGUGGAUUCUACUGAGGCAGCAUCCUGGUGAGUCAAGAAGAAACCGAAGCGAGAAAUAGAAAAAAAGCUAUUUCCUCAUCUAAGUGCAGAACUACUUUCAAAGCAGGGGUGAUAAGUGGGACAUCAAGAUAGGCUGAGGAAGUAGAGUGAGGAAGGAAGCAGCCAACCAAUCACAGCAACAGGUGACACGUCGAAAGACAAGAACAGCAUCCAGGUCUAAUAAGCCUGUAAGACUUUUAAGAUGAGCAGCUCCUGGAUGUGAUUUGGGCUUUAGCAUGUGGAACUAAACUGCUUUGGGACAUGCAAUUAUAUUCAAAGAGCAGCAGUACUCCAGGAAAGUAAUAAUGGAGCGAAUCAAUCAGCAGGCACAGAGCUGCAGAGAGGGAGCAGGCUUCAGUCAGUUAUAAUAUGUAUUAAUAUUUUAGUUUUUUAAACGCUGCUUGUGUAAAAACAUGGAAAAUGUUCUCAAAAGCAAAGGUGCUAGUUCGUCUGACAAAUUGUGGCCCUUAUGUUAUAAACCAAUAUCAAACCAAUAUGAUCAACAUGCCCUCUUGUAGCUUAUCAGUUUCCAAAAAUAUCUAAUGUAUCAAACGGGAUAAUAAAUAUAUUUGUUAAAUUUUAAGGACAUUUUGAUUUUUCUGGUUUUCAGUGGUAAGUGAAACAACUCCAAAAAAUUUGAAUUUUUUUGGCCAUAAUUUGUGGUGUCAGGCGUUAAAGGGCUUCAAUUAAAGGUGGGGUAGGCAGGAUCUGAGGAGGUGCCCGUUUUUGGGAGAAAUCUUGAAUGUAAACUCUACCCCUCCCAACCAGUUUUCCCCUCAGCUCCUCCUCUCCCCUCCCUCUCUGCUCCAGCAAGCCCCGCCCAAAAACAGACACUUCUGCUCGCUCAUAUCGUUCCAGUUAAAUUCAGAUAUAAUGCAGAUAAAUACUUCAGAUAAUUACAAAUGGGGCCCAGUAAACGUGAAAGUAACAAGCAUUGGUGCUACUGUAGAUGACAACAGACUACCAGCAAACACAAAGUUUGCAGGACUUCUACAACUAGGAUAAAGUGACAUAGUCCGGGACCUGAGGUCAACAGUUUAGUGGCGCUACAACACGCAGCAGGUCCCAUUUGACAAGAAACACUUCUGUUACAGACACUUGGCUUACUUUGGUUUACCUGUCCAGGAGAAAGGUUACAGGGUCACCAAGAUCCCAAGCAUCCUCCAUCUUUGUUGACCCGGCUUUUUAGCUCUUGUCCAGUCUACCUCCUUUUCCAGCGCCCGUUCUUCCACAGGAGUCUCCGGUAUUUACUUUGUUUUCUUGCUUGUGUCGGCACUCAUGGCCAAAGGAGGAUUCAGACAAUUUUCUGUACUUUCUGGUUGGUUUUUACUGUCCAAUAUUGCAGCACGCUAACUUUGUUUGGGCUCCUGAACGACUCUGGGGAGCAGCGUCUGCCUCACAACCAAUCAGGAUGGGGGAGGCGGGGAAUGGCUUUGUUUACAGUCAGAAAGAGUGGAGUGAAGUGCUCUGAAAAUUUAAAAUGUUGACUACACAGACAUGAGAGAACACAGUGAUAUUGUUAUAUUCCCAAAUAUUAUCAAUAACUAAUAGCUAUUGACUGAUAUUAAAAGCUUUUUUGUAUAUACACCACAAAAAAAGAUGCUUCUUUAAUGGAUUCCUGCCUACCCCAACUUUGACAUUGGCCUCCAGUUCAUAAAUCUUUCAUUUUUGAAUAUUUUCAACAAACAAUUGUCUAAAAGAAAUUCAAUAAAUAAAAAUUGCUGUUGAGCUGCUCGGUGUAUGUUACUGUGAUGGUGUUGCAGCCAAAGGGCAGCUCACUUUUGCUCUUGGAGGCUGUAGGAAAGCAAACACUGAGCAGCAAAUUGAGAGAUUUUAUACUUUCUCUGCAGUCAGCAGUAAACUUAACAGCCUGUUUUUCUUUUGAGGCUUUUUAGAGAAAUAAUGGAGGAAAAAUACAAGAAGAGCAUUUGGGUAAAAAUAGAGUUAAAGCUUAGGCGUCAAACUGGAAAAGUAGGGUGAAUGUUUUGGGGUAACUGUGGCUGCCAUGGAUUUAUUGAUCUGUCACUGUCUGGCCAUUUUAGAGGCUGAAUGAGAGGACAACAGUAAAGACACAAACAUGCAGUAAAUGUCCUUCUGGAUGGUGUUGUUGUGCUUGUAAACUUCACCCAGCUGCUGUUACUUACUUUUAAUUGACAACCACUCUUGCUCCCUGCAUCCUAUGACCGCUUAUUAACUCCAAAAUUGAUGCCAUGCAUGCCCGAGUAUCUUAAAGUCAGACAGUACAGGAAAGUCGAAUCAUUAAACGCUGGAAAGUGCUGUUAAUGUGUGGUCGGGGCUUGUUAGGGACGAUCUAAAGGGUCAAGCAGCACACGUUAAAAGGGGGAAAAUUGGGACAGAGCCCCGGGUUAAUGUGUAAUUGCUUUGAGCCUGUGGAUCUGUGGCUAACAGAGCCCAUUCAUAGCAAGGCCCAGCACUGCUGACCUACUUACAUAUGAAUCAGAUAGCGGAGGGAGAAAGAGAUAGUGUUACAGCUCAGAGAGUGUCAUAUUGGGGCAUUAUUAAUAACCGGCUUUUCCGCUCUAAUAGACUUUGAGAUUAAAGGGCGGCUGCAGUUCACGAUUUUUGUCCUGAUGUGAUUAGGAUUGGUCAUCAGAGCAUUACACCUCGUGAAUAUCAUGUGUCGUCGCAGGUGUUUUAAUCUC